GUUCCAGUCGGGCUCCGGAUGGUGACUACGAGCUUUCCUUGCGCCGCCCCGAGGGGCUGCCUGCCUGGGGCCUUGAUCGGCGCAGAAGGGGAGUAUCCCGAGCGGCGGAGGGAGGCGGGACGGGCGGCACGAGAUUCCGGAGAUUUUGGCGCCUCCGCCCCCCGGGAGGGGCCGAGCUCCCGCCCGCCAGCCCGCCCCUUGCUCGCCCGCCCGCUUUCCGGGUGGGCGCCGUCGACGCCGCCGCCUGGUGCACUCGGGGCUGACCGGAGCGCAGCGCCUGCACAGGGACGCGCCUCCACCUCCUACCGCCGCCGCUGCUCACCGACGGCUCUUUCCCGAGGGCUCCUCCGCCCAGGCGAGGCUGGGCGAGGCGGGCGCCCAACUGGGAGGAGCCGCCGAUUCCGCUGUUGCUGCUGGUGGUUGGCGCUCGGAGAAGACGACAGGCAGCGGGCGAGGGAGCGAUCUGCCGGGCAGCGGCGCUGCUCUCCGCCGGGAGACUCCGCUGAAGCGCGCUCGGCUCCCUGCGCCGAGGCAAACGACCGCUUGGGCUCGCCCUGCCCGCGGUGAGGAGCGCCCGAGCGGUGAGUACCAGGCAAGGGACGAGGGGUGCGUGUGGGACUGGGGACCCCCUCCCUGUUCCAUUGCGCCGCGAUCCCUUCCCAAGGCUUGGAUUUUGCGCGCGCGCUCUCUCUCCAGCUUGCAGGCUGCCUCUUUUUGCUUCUGGGAGUCCUGUUCACACGUGCCGCCGUACCAGACGCGAGUUUGCCACGGAACGGGCGCUCGUGGAGCCCCCUCCCCAUGCCAUAUCUAGAUGACACACGUGUUCGGCGAACACAAGUUUGCCCCCACCUGUUGAUCUCGUGUUUCCAAGGCCAGUGUUUUAAAACACAGCUUACUGGGUUCGUUUGUUUUCUGAAGAAUGGGUUGCGUGUGCGCCGAUACUCGAGAGCCGCCUGUUUUGGUUCGGGGUGAGCUGCAAUUCUGCAUGCUUCUGCCUUGGGGGAUGCUGAUGAGAAUGGCUGAAAAAUGGGAGACAAACGUUGGAGACAACGAAGCAGAACCCUUUAGCAGAGACACGUUGGAGACAGAGAGGCAGGAAUCCUAAAAAGGGUAUUUCUGUGUGAGUGCAGAGUGCCUUAAACACAGCCAGCCCACACAUCGCUGGGGGCAGGGAGAAUGGGCUUCCAGGUUAACGAGAAGCAAGCAGACUGAGGAGCUGGCAUCUGCCAUUUUUAAAGUGGGAUUUUGGGUGACCCCCCCCCUUCUCUGGUUGGUUGGUUUAAUUUUGCAGGGAAGGGGGUGCUCUCUUGACAGACUGUGGAAGGCUGCGGUGUCUUGGGGAAACGAAAGGCAGGAUAGAAAUGCAAUAAAUACUUCAAAGAAAAAUAUUUCAAUAAUUUGUAUGCCACUUAGUUACAGUACUAAUUAAUUACAGAAGUUAAAAUCAGCCUUCUAAAAAGCAAUUAAAAACUCCCAGUAGCAAUUGCCUACUCUCAAACAGUUUCAGUGUCGCUGCCAGAAUGCAGGAACACCCUGCAACGUCCCAGAUGUGGGGACCACCAGCCCCUAGUAUUUUCUUUCUUUCCAGGGCUGAAGCUCAGUCUAACCCAAGACUAUGGCUUCAGGUGUUGUCGCUGGAUUUGGUUCCAACAGUGCAUGGAAGGCCACAGGUUUGCCCCUUCCCACUUUACGACCUGAUGUUGUGGCACCCUGAAGCACCUGUGCACAGUUUGCUCAUUCACACCUGCUAACAGGUCUCCAGCAGGGUGGAGAGGUGCAGAGCUUCAAAUCAGUCUGCCCCCAUCUAGUUUUCUCUGCAUGUUUUGGACUACAACUCCCACCAGUCCCUGUAGCCAGCAGCACCAGUGGUCAGGGAUGAUGGGAAUUGUAGUCCAACGGCACCCAAAGGGCCUAACCCAAAAAGGUUGUUGGGCAACCCUAAAAUGCACUUUCCCUCCACUUCCCUAGGCCCUCUCACCACAAGAACAACGGCUGCUGGCCUGAGGCCCCUCUUCCAUUGGGGCCCCUCAUUCCCUUUUUAUUGGUAUGGCGUCCUGUCUAUGGGAUGUAGUCACCAGUGCCACUUGUGAUUCCCCCCCCUUAAAAAAAAAAAAGAUACUCCCUACACCUGUGCCAGCAGGUGGUUUUCAGUACAGUAUUUAGAACUAUAUCUGCUGUUACUCAUUGCUCUUUGGUUUUGUAGUAUUGGGGGUUUGAAAACUAACUUUAGAGAGACUUUGCAUUGUGGGGUUAAAAAAAAUUAUAUAAAGUGGCUUACAUAAGGCAAGAUAGCUCUUUUAAAUUAAGGAAUAUACAAUUCAGUGUUGACUGCUUCAUUGAGUAACUGCAGCCGAAAUAUAAAUGGAAACUAGUGUUUCAACCUCCCAACGGCUGCAGUUGUUACUUGCUUGUGUGAAACUGUUCUAAUUCAUCUCCUUAGAGCACUACUUCAUCUUUUCCUUCGCUGGAGGUUUAUUAUUGAAGGUCUAUUCUUCUUCUUCUUCUUCUUCUUCUUCUUCUUCUUCUUCUUCAAUGGAAUGAUAGCAAAUAUAGUAACUCUGUAUGUCCAGAAAUGUCCCAAUCGGGGAGCUUCGCACAGGUGUCUGGUGGGUCACAGUGAGAACAGGAUGCUGGAUGAGAGGGGACCCCUGUGUCCUGACCCGGCAAGUCUUUUUUUGUAGGUUCUUAUGAAGAGCGUAUUAUAUUCCUUUAAAAAGGGGGAAAGAUUGGGGUGGCAGGGGAGUGUAGAAACAGCAUUCACCACAAAGAAACAAAGCGGGGAGAGGAGGUCUACAUGAGAGGAGGGGGAAAAUAUCAUAGUGUAUAAAGAUAAAUGGUGUUCUGUUUUAAUUAACUGGUUAACUGAAUUAUUAGGAAGAACUUUCUGGCAGUAAGAGCUGUUUGACGGUGGAACAGACUCCCUCCAAAGAUGGUGGACUCUUCUCCAUUGGAGGUUUUUCAACAGAGGUUGGGAUGCUCCUUCUGUCAGGGAUGCUUUAGAUGUGAUUCCCGUGUUGCAGGGAGUUGGGCUAGAUAACACUUAGGGACCUUUCCAAAUGUACAUGGAAUGUUUGUCCCACCCUAACUCCUAAAGGAGCCCAGGGUGGCAAAAAGAUGGAAUUAAAUAUAAAAUGAAAACAACUUGAAAUAUUUAAAGCAACGAAAAGAAAUCUCAAACCAUUAAGAGCAUCCAAAAGCACUUAAGAACAGUCCCAUAUCCCCAUUAUCCUAUGGCCGUGCUGGCCUGGGCUGAUGGGAAUUUUAGUCUCAAACACCCAGAGGGCACGAGACUUGGGAAGGCUGUUCUCAGCCAUUAAUGUCCAACCUGUGUGCCUUGAAAGAGCUGCCCAUGUGCUUUGGUACAGUAGGUGAAACUCCAGUGAACUCCAAAGAGUUCAUCCAGAAAUGAGGAUCCCCACUGCAUCUCUGCAUGAGUCAUUGCCCUGGUAGUUUUGCUGCAUCUCGGAAGAGGUUUUGUGUGUGUGUGUGUGUCACUGCAUGAACUCCUGCUUGGGGCUUGUCUCUUUUAAAUGAAGAGGCCCAGCCAAAUCAGCAGUCCCAACAGAAGCACAAUAGCAUGGGACUCCUCUGAGCAUACAAAGCCGCCACAUACCAAGGCAGUUCAUUGCACUUGUCUGCACUGGUUUCAGAGUUUGAAGCCAGAGUCGUGGCUGGAUGGCCAGGGAUUGAGCCUUCUGUGUGCAGAACAGAUGCUCUACUACCUUCCCUGAUGGCUUCUCAGAGGACCUGUGACUUACACCUUUGGAAACAUGAAGGUGAACCAUAGCUAUCAGAAGUUGGGACGUGCUGUUGCAGAGGUUGGGGUCCCAGUCUUCCUUGGCACUUGGCUUGGUUCUGGGAAGUCCACACACACACUGUUCUCCUCUGUGAGAACUCCCCCUGCUUUGUUCUUCUUGUUAAGCUCUGCCUGAUACUGCAUUGAUGUUUUGCCUGUAUAAACUCAAGUUCCUGUCUUCACCUGUUCUGGGUGUAUGUGUGUGGGAAUCUCCUUUCAACCUUCGCAAAAGCCAUGGCAGGGAGAUGGAGGCUGGCUCUGUUUGCAGCAGGUUAUGCCCUGGUGCAACUCAGUGGCACUUGCGCUAUCGAAUCAGGGACUAAAUGAGAUCUCGUAACCCCAUUAAUCCAUCCCGAUUUUGCAUUUGGUUCUGGAAAAUUGCUGUAAUUACUGUGUCCUACUUGUUUCACUCUCUCUCUCUCUCCUGCUAUUGAAUAGAUGGUGACUCGCUCUCUGCAGCAGUUAUCUGAACAAUAUAUUGGCACUUCCCCAAGAUAAGUGGCUGGAUCUCUCAAAAUGUAGCUGUAUAGAGAAAGUUCAUUGCUUACAAUUAAGCUGCCUGUUCCUUUUUCUUUUUCAUGCCUUCAUUCAAAUCAGAUUCCAUCCUCCCUGUCAGAAUGCACUUGAUCUCUACUAGCUUCUGUGGCUUACAGUACCCAGUUCAGACAUUACACUUACCUAGAUAAGGUUAAGGAAACCUUGGUUUGGCAUGGUGUCUGGAUGGGGAAACUGUGGUUACUGCCCUUAUUUCAUUUCAAGGGAACCCUGCAGUGGAGCACUGAGCAGCGCCAUAAGACAAAAGAUUACUCUAAAGCUGCAGGUCUGGAAGCUCAACCCAUUGUUUGUGUUGUUAACCAUGGUUAGCCCAAACUGUGGCUUGGGAUAAUGUUGACCUGGUGUAGCGUGGUUGAUGUUCCUUGCACUCACCCACUGUCAAAGGAAGGCUGGAAAGGGCUCAGAGGUCAGCUGAUCCAAGCUCUGGUCUUGGGGGAAGGCAAAAAGGUCUAAGGGUUAGAGACUUUUGCCUGUCCAGGCCCAUUGUGAAAUGAGAUCACGUCCACCAGUGAGAUUUAAAUACUUCACUCCAUUAAGUGGGUAGUUCUUCUGCUUGCUUGUGUCUUGAGCUGGGCGUGUUCCCUUGGCCUCUGUUUCCCCUCUGCCCUUGGAGGCAGGCUCAGGCAGAGAAGGGAGGCAUCACUCAAGGAGCCACUGAGCCCCCUCCCCCAGCCCAACUCCAGGUAGAAAGUCUCAGGUUCAACCCCCACCAGCCGCAUCUCCAGGUACGGCUGCAAAUGUCCCUUGCCUGAAACCCUGGAGAGCCCCUCCCAGACAGUGCAGGCAGUUCUGACAUAGAGGGACUCGUGGUCUGAUUUGGUAUAAGGCAGCUUCCCCUAUCUUUCUUUGAAGGAAGAACAAAGGUGAUCAUUUGAGCCUUAGAGGUCCUUUUAAUGAGCAGGCAUUGAACUCAGGAAGACAGCACUUGGAGCUUCUGAAAGGCCAGCUCUUUCUAACAGUUCUAGGUCAGAGGGGCAGCUUCCAGCUUGAGCGCUGGUUCUCAGGUGUGCUGGAGACAACGUUUCCAAUUCAUUGGACCCACAAGACUUUAAAGCACAUUCAAAUCUGCUUUCUGCAUCCUUAUUACAACGAGGUUAUCCAAACUCUGUAAUAACAACUGCCAUUCAAAACACAAACUUAAGAGAGAGGUCGACCCUUCUGACAUCUGGUUUGCAUGUUAACACUAGAUCUUCACAUAUUUACGCUUCCCUAGAAUAUAACCACAUGACUUUCGAAAUUGAGAAAAUUGUCAGAUGUCAUUGGCAUAUUCUUAAGGACAUCCCUGGGUGUGAUAAUACCCCCCUUUUUGCCAAACGACGCACCAAGUCACUAAAAGAUAUAUUGGUGCAUAUGGAUUUAAAAUCAACACCCAUACAACGUACGUUGGCAGGUCCUCCACGUGGUUUCUUUAAACGUGGGCAUUGUACCUCCUGCAAAUACGCUCUGCAGGUAAAAGAGUUUAACAACAAAGAAGGUUUUAAGUUCGUUUUACAGGCAUUUGCCACAUGUGCUACUGCACGUGUAAUUUACAUGAUUAGAUGUCCCUGUGGAUUGUUGUAUGUAGGUCAUACUCUCAGACCUAUCAAAGUAAGAAUAUCAGAACACCGAUCUAGGAUCAGGAACAAUGUAAUAGAUGCUCCUUUAGUACAACAUUUUAUUGAAGCGUCUCAUUCUAAUGAGGACUUGACAUUUAUUGUAAUUUGGACGUUUUCAGGUCCUGUAGAACGAGCUAAAAAAAUCCUUAUGCAGAAAGAAACUAGGUUUAUUUUCUUAUUCAAUUCCUUACAUGCCUCAGGUCAGAAUACUGAAAUUGAUUAUAGUUGUUUUUUGUGAAUUUGUACUAAUGUUUACAUGUAGAACACCUUAGCAUGGACUAAGUUUGUUUCACCUCUGUGGGCCAAGUGGAUUAUUUUGAGUACUUAAUUGUGCAUCUGUGGAUUGCUAUUAACUUUAGAUCCAAAAAUUGUUUACAUUAAUGUAUGAGUUUGUAUUAAUGUAUAUAUGUAUAUCAUCUGAACAUGGAUUAAGUUUGUUUUAUUUUUGCUGUGCUAUAUGGGUCACUUUAAGAAAGAUAUUCUGUAUCUGUGGAUUGCCAACACCUGUAACCCAAUCAAUAGACUCUGUGAAAGGAUUUUGUGGAACUGUAACAACCUUUCAUGUGGCUUGUUUGGACUUUAUGAACAGACAGGUGGAAUAGACACCAUUACACGGAUGGACCUUGUGCAUGAACUGACUAGAGAAUGAUCUGAUCCACUGGGUCUUCUGCUUUGUUUGUUUGUUGAACUUUAUGAGUUACUUCUGUUGAAAUUUGAUACAAUGAAUAGUAUACCUUAUUUAUCUAAGAACACAGCUGGUUAAGUCUCGUGUGUUUAUUGAGGAGACAACGUUUGGGCAGAUCUGACAUUCUGUUGCUACCAUGUUUGUGGGAGGCUAUAAAAGUUGUUAUAUGCUCAAGAUUCUCUUGGCCCCUGAGAGAUCUGGUAGGGGUGUGACAGGCUCCAAACCAACCCAGAACUACAGCUUGCUCCUCUGGAACUUCUGGGCUUCUGUGGUUGCAAUGCAAAAGGCCUUGUAGCAACUGGUAGUUCCCAGUUCCUCCACUGUGCUCUCUGUCUUUCAAGAAUGAGUAAGCUCUUCACUUUCAAAAGCUGUUUUUGGCUAGUUGCCCUCAAUUCUUGUGGGUGAGGUUGUUGUUGUUUUUUUUACAGCAGUAAGCAGACUUCUUCCAAAUGUCAGAAGUUGUCAGACUGCUUAUCCUUCCAACCUGGCAGAAGCUUUUGAGGCCUGGGCAAAGAGGAGAGCUUCUCCUGCCCUCUCAUCCUUUCAACUAGAGACCCUGAGGGUUGACUCUGGGACCUUUGCAUGCCAAGCGGGUGCCCUGCCACUGAACUUGAGAUGUUGGCCAAGGCACAAAAGAUGAAUCCUUAUUAAAUGAUGUCUGAUAAAGGUUGCUAGAGCCUCUAAGGCUCAGACCAUGAGACAGGUGGAAUACAGCUUGGUGGGUCUGGCUGCGCUUGGCGGCUGAGGGGGUGGAGCUUGAGCUGGGGGCGGAGCUAAUAGCAAAAGCUCUCAAACUAAGCAGAACACAGCCUGCUGUGUGUAAACAAAGAAUCAUUUCCCAGCAGGAAAUAGUCUUCAGCUUAUUUGGCAAUAAUGUGGGUCAGGAAGGUGUAACACCUUUCUAGCAAAUGGAUCUGUUGAACAGAGAGAAAGACCUCACCUCAGAUCUGCACACCAACCUCUUAUGCCCAAGUGCUGCAAGACGACUCAGUUGGACAGAAGCUCUCUCUCCUGGGGACUGACUGGGCUGGGCAUAUGUGUGCUGCCUUUUUACUGGCAGGCUGUUAAACAUGGCCCUGCAAGCAGAAAUCUAGCAGGAAAGGCUUCUUCCAUCACUGUGUGAUGCCAGUAAGAAGCUUUGCUUGCACUCCCAGGGACAUGUGUGGAUGGUGUAGAUUUGGCUGAGGCUCCUGGAUGUGCCUGAGGCAUGUUGCCAGGCACCCGGGUGACUCUCAAUCAUUACAGGGGAGACUCAUGUUGAAAACACAGGAUGGUUUCCCCUCCUCUUUCUUUGGCCGCCUCGUGUGACGCAGCACUGCCCCCUCUCCUCAAGCCAUAGGCUGUGUUCUUAAUGUUGGAAUUGGAUUUGUUUGUGAGCUGGAUUCGAUUUUGCACUCACGGCUGUAAUUAUAAAGGUUGCCUGCUGCCACAGGAGAGAGAAGUGGGCGUGCUUGUGUAUGUUUCAUUCAUUGAUUCCCAUUGAGUAUUAGAGGAUACACAAAGGUACAGCUGAUUGCCACUGCCAAACGGUGUUGUGAGCUGUGUGAGAACAGCGGUGCCAUGUUGGAGGGGGUUGUCUUUCAGCAUGGCCAAUCAUAUUAUUGCUAGUCAGACAUAAUGGGUUAUACUUCCAUUCCUGGGGGGUCUUUUCAAGUAAGGAUCAAAAGCGCCUUGCAGAAAAAAACAUUGUUGGAGGGAAUAAAACUGCACCAUCGAGAUCCGGAUACCAAUUCUGGGGAAGAGGAUGGCACAUCAGAUACCGCCUUCUGUGCCAGACCAUUGAUCGUCCAACUCAGUAUUGGCAGUGACUCUUCAGGGUCGCUGGCAGGGACCUCUCCCAACACUACCUGCCAGGACCUUCUGCAUGCAAGGCUGAGGCUCCGCCAUUGAGCUACAGCCCUUCCUGUAGUUGAUCCAUUAUUUUGGAUUAUCCCAUUUUCUGGAAAGACAAGAUGGCGCCUUCUCAGUUCCAGGCACAGAAGCCAACCAAGACUGGCAGCCAAAUCUGACUCCAGCAAGGGGAGUGCUGGCGAGGGGACAGGCCCAGAGUGGUUUAACUGCCCAUUCCUCUUCCAGGGAACAUUGGGAAUUACAGCUGUGGGAGGGGAAUAGGGAUCUCCUGACAACUCUCAGCGCCGUUAACAAACUACAUCUCUCAGAAUUCUUUGGGGAAAAAUCAUGAUGGUUUCAAGUGGCAUAACGGUUCUUUAAAUGUAUGGUGUAAAUGUGGCCUUGGAUCAUUUACUCUUUGUUUAGAGAACUUAUAUGGUCUCUUUCAUUCAUUGAAAAGUGUAAGCAAACUGGAACUCACUUCCAGGGUGGCUGGUAGCAUUAGCAGCACUUUAGUAGUCAUUUUAAAAUGAUUAUUUAAGGUUCAAGAAGAAUUUUUAUCAGAGUAGAUGAGCCAUGCCAGGACACUUUUUUCCUACCCCCCCCCACUAAUCUGAGCUGUUUGACAGGCCUGGCUGCGCAUUUAAGCUCUGAGCAGGAUUUAUUUUAGUUGUAUGUUAAUAUUUUAAUACAUUUUAAAAUGCAUUGGCAUCUUUCUUGAGGUUCCAGGGAUGGGAAUAGCAAUAAGUUUGAUAAAUCGUUCAUGCAUCCUCUUCAUUUUGCGGUCCACCCCAUUGGCUCAUAGCAGAUAACACGUUUGCUGCAAAACUCCAUAUUGCCUUGCUUAAACCCCCAGCUUGCUUUUUCCAUGGCCACCAGGAGUCAAUAUGAAUUGUGGUCAAAGUUCGCUUUGCUUCUGGAAGAACCCUGUCCUUGUUCUAGGCAUGCUUUGGAAUAAGCCGGCAGAGUCCUGACCGUACCACCUGACACUGGACUGCACCACCUCAGAAUGCGGAUGAGCGGGGGAAUCACAUUUUUAAAGCACUAUCUGUGAAAACCCCUCUCUGAAUAUCACCCCUGUGCCACAGGUCCAAAACAAAGACCUCCUUCCUAGUCUGCUAAAACAACAACAACAACCUUCCAAGCUCCUUGCAAAUAAAAAAGUAGUGCAACAAAGGUCUGGGAUGGAUCCCCCCCCCUCCUAUUUUACUUUUGGGGAAUCAUGGCUGAUUUUUUGUUUUGUUUUAAGCAUAGGGAAUCUGUACUUCCCAGUCUGCAGUGGUAACAUUCAUUCUGCCGCUGCAAGACUCUCCCAUCUGACUCUCCUGCCCCAAAGCCUUGCAUGGCCUCUCCCCAUCAUCUGCAUGUUGCUUGUGACAGGACCCUCUUGGGGACUGGAUCUCCAAAAGAAUGGGCACUCUGGGAUCGUGCAGAGCCUGUAUGUGUAGAUUCCCCUUUUCACCUGUCUCACUGAAUGUGAAGAUCUCAGAGGUAGGGCUCAUAGAGACUGGGGGAGGCGGUUCUCUUAUCCUCUCCAUGCGCUGUAUGUUCACAGGGAGUGGCCCAAGUAAACAUCCUUCUAGAACUUGUGCUUCAAUGAGUUUCCAGGUAAUGCCCUCCUGUAUCCCCUUGUGGCCCCAGUUUGAAGCACCAGUUACAAGUAUGGCCAGGAGUGGUCUCUUAAUCUCCACUUGCAUGAGCUGACAUAACGAUGUAGGCAAUCUCUUAGACCUGCUGGGUCCAGGGUUUGUGUGUUGUGUGUGUUUGUGUUUGUGUAUACACAUACAAUCUCUGUAAUGCAUACAUCAAUAAGAGACUGGAGCCUGCUCUGGCUGGCCAGUGUCCUUUCCCCCCUUUCUCUGGUCCUAUCUGCCACAAACUGCCUUGUGGACGGGAACAUCGGAGGUUGACCCCUCUUCCAGGAGGUCUAGCUGCUUGAUCUUCCUUUUCAGUGUAUAUCCAUUGUAUCUUAUCAAUGUUUUGGCAUCAAGCCAACAAACAAGAUGCAGAAUGACUAAAUAUAUGACACAGGUAAAGUAUUUAUUUUUAUUUAUUUUUUUGCACUUCAUAUAUAUGCACAUAUGAAUGGUAUCCCCAUCUUUCCUCCAAGCAGCUUGUGGCAGCCGGGCCCCUCCCACUUCAUUCUUUCCCCUCCCAACAUCCCUGGGAGGUUGGUUAGGCUGUGACCAAAAUCAUCUAGUGAGCAUCAUGGCCAAGUAUAAAUUUGGAGCCAGGUCUCCCUGGUCCUCCUGUGGUGUUCUAGCCCAUGGGGGUGGGGAGCUGGUGCUCAUCAAAUGCUAUUGGGUUCCCAACUCCCAUCAACCCCACAGCAUGGCCAGUGGACUCAGGGAUGGUGGGAGUUGUAGUCCUCCAGCAACACGCGGAGGGCUAGAGGUCCCUUUCCCCUAUGCUAGUCCUGACCCCAGUCCUGGCUCUAAAGUAGACCUGGAGCUCUUUUGUCUUCAGUGCUGGCUCCAGGGGAUCUUUGGCAGGAUGCCCUCAAAGGAUUCCUUCCACCGCCAUUGGUGCCAGCUGUUGCUUGCUAGGCAGAGCCAAGGAAGAAGCAGAUGGUGAGCCUGCCCCUCUCUCUUGACACUCCUGCUGCUGUUUUCUUGCUCUUACCCUCUGGGCCAGAGGGAGCAGGUUGCAGUCUCGAAGGGGAGGAGGAGGAGCUGGUCCAGGGGGCUCAGGUCAAUGGGCUCCUCUGCUGGGGUGUGGGGCCAUUGACAGAUGCCUGAGUAUGCCAGUACUUGGCACCAGCACUGUUCACCUUGACCAAACAAGCAUCAAAUUCACUCUGGGCAUCCGCCCUAUGGCAGUGCCUUGUUGCAGUUUUGUGAAGUAGGCUUCUUAAGGCCUUUGCUGGGUUCCCUCCUUGCUUUAGAUUGGGGCUGUUCUUAAUUAGCUUCACUCAUUAGCUUUGUUUGGCUUGCUGCCUUGCAUAAUGGCAAAAGGUGGAAAGGAGCAAUGCAAGAAGCAUCCCAGUAGAACAAGAUUCCCAUCCGCUCUCCAGUCACCUGCUGAGGAUGGGAUGAAAAUCAAGGGAGAUGCUUUUUUUAAUGGAUCCCUUUAAGAAACAACCCCAAGCUCUUCACUUUGGUCUGGCUUUCAUGAGCUGGGCUCUCUUGUUCCUGUUCUCGGACCCUUUUGUACGGACCAUGUGCAUGUGGAGCAAGCUUGUUUUCUGCUGGGGAGGACCUGAACCAAUGGCCUCCAAUGACAAGACAGGAGAUAACAACUAAAGGUUAGGAAGAACUUUCUGAGGCUAAGAGCUGUUCGUGGACUGGACUGCCUUGGAAGGUGGUGGAGUCUCCUUCAUUUGAGGCUUUUAAGCAGGGGUUGCGUGGCCAUCUGCCAGGGGUUCUCAAAGGCAGUGGUAGUGAAGGCUCCAUCUUCCAAGAACUAGGGAGCUUCACGGGUAUCUUUUGCUCAAUAACUAAGUGUGACCCAGCAGCUCUUCACCGCUUGACUGGUGGUUGGGUCAUGUUCAACAGCUGAGGGAGAUGCUCCAUGAUUCCGAUUCUGUGCCCUCUAGUAACACUUGAAGUGGCACUUGCAGCUCUUCUCACCUGCAGCUUGAUCAAUGACCUCUGGAGGUUACCUGCAGCUGCCGGUGAGAUUGGCAAGUGGCAUUACUUGUGGGAAUCAGAGGUGUGAGAUCCUUCCUAUAGAGAUCACUGUGUCCCACUGGGUUUCUCCAUUCCACCAGUAUUCCACUAUGCUCCCUGUAUCAAUGCCAUCCUCUUGAGACAAAGCACUCCAGUCCACCAUAUUGUCUCAGAGGCUUCUAGCAUUGGUGUAUAAACACUUGUAUAUAUUAUCUCUCUCCAAGUGUCUUUGGCACUUGUGGCUUGACUUGUAGUGCUUUGGCCUCUCUCAAUUGCUGUCCCGUGCGCCUGUAGCCAAAACGCCUAGUUCUCCUCCAUCCCCAUUUAAUUUAAUCAUCUUCAUUCAUACCUGGGGGAGAGAUUCAUUCUGAACCUGAUCCUCCUCAGCUCCUGAUACUGAAGGAAUCAGCCCUGCGUCCCUUCCUUCCUACCUCCCCUGCCUUGUGGAAAUGUACAGCCAGUUUGAAUGCAUGCUGUGAUGUCAUUGCAGCUCCUUUACUCCACAUUACCGGUUGUCGUUUGGAAUUGGGGGUGGGAAGCACAAACUUUUGACACAAUGAUGUUAUGUCUCGGGGAGUAGGCGGCAACCCUUUGAUAUUCAUAAAAAACAACCAAGUGUCUUUUUACCCUUUAAAGAUCAACAGAUUUAUUGUGGCAUAACCUUUUCUGGGCUAGAGGCCACUUCCUCAGGCCCAUGCCAGAACAAAUCUACCGGGCUUUUUUGCUGCCACAAGACUGUGCUUGCUACCCCUCUAUAAAUAGUUACCACUCUGCAUGUAGCAUCUCACCUUUGCCGAAGCGAAUCAUCUCUGCCUGACCUUUGCUAAAGGAAGCAUCUCUUUGGAGGCGGAUAAGUGUGCUCAAUGCACCUCUCUCUGCUGAGAAGAGAUUCACUUCUCUUGGGUGAGCAAGUUCUUUCUUCCCAACUGUGAAUAAACUCUACAGCACAGGGAUAGGAAUUAGCAACAGAGCAGUCCACAUGCGGCUGGCUUGUGUGAGCUGGCAGUGGAGCCAGGAAAACUCUUACUAGCUGUUGCUUCUCACUGCUGAAAUCACAUGUCUCCCUUGUGGUAUAUUAAAUUGAGCAAGAGAAUUUGCAAAAGUGCUUGUAAGCAUGGCAUGCGGGGGAUGGGAAAUGGUCAGAGGUUCUGGAUGAGUUCAGACAUAACAGGAAGCUGUCAUUUCCUACAGGGUGUGCCUUAGGCUUAUGUGUUUUAUACCCUGGAAGGAGGUAUAGAUGGAUACGUGCUUCAUAACCUUCAUCUAUGGCCGUUCCUCAUGUGCCCCAUCCAACAGAGGUGUGGGUGUGGGUGGGUGUGUGAUGUGAGAGUGAGGCCUUUUCAGUGGUAGCUCCCCAUUUGUCAAAUUCUCUCUCCAGACCUCUUGAAAUUAACACAAGAAGAGCCUGCUGGAUCAGGUCAGUGGCCCAUCGAGUCCAUUUCUCACAGGGGCCACCCAGAUACUUCUGGGAAACCAGCAAGCAGGGUUUGUCCACAAGAGGACUCCCCUCUUGCGGCUUCCAGCAACUAUUAAUCAGAAGCAUUCCUGCCUCUGUCUAGUUAGUACAGUGGUACCUCGGGUUAAGUACUUAAUUCGUUCUGGAGGUCCGUUCUUAACCUGAAACUGUUCUUAACCUGAAGCACCACUUAAGCUAAUGGGGCCUGCUGCUGCCACUGUGCCACUGGAGCACGAUUUCUGUUCUCAUCCUGAAGCAAAGUUCUUAACCCGGGGUACUAUUUCUGGGUUAGUGGAGUCUGUAACCUGAAGCGUAUGUAACCCAAGAUACCACUGUAGUCAUUGACGGCCUUCUCCUCCGUGAAUUUGUCUAAUCCUGUUUUGAAGUUGUCUAGGUUGAUGGCCAUCACUGCCUCCUUUGGGAGCAAGUGCCAUAGUUUUAUCUCUGCACUGUGUAAAUAAGUAGACUUUAAUGGACCUAACUUAGCCAUAAUAAAUUCAUCAGGUCUACUCUGAGUAAAACAUAGUUGAGAACACCCCCUCAUUUUUAAUUUGGAGGGUUGUCAGUGCCUUUUCUUGCACUCCUUGUUCAAGCUGGGUGAGCAGGACAUGCUGUUCUAAAAUAUAUUGUCAGAUGAGUGUCUUAGUCUGAUUUAAAGAUAAAAAACCAUGGGAAGGUAGGUGGGAGCCUUGAAGUUUUCACCAGCACCCAGUGAGCCGACCCACAGGUCACCUGGUUGCAGCCUCCCGUACUAUACUGAGGUGCCCUGUAAUUAUAGCAAUUGUUUCUAAAUUUGGUUCUACACAUAUAUUAAUCAGCUUAUGCAAAUUUUAUACAAAUCUCUGUCCUCAUUUCUCCUUUUUUAUUUUGUGUGCAUGUGAUUUUUUUUCUUUUUGGCCCUAAGAUACAAACUUUGACAGAGGUUUGUAUAUUAACCCAGGCAGCUGAAUAUAGCACAGUCCUAAUUGUGUGACAGUGCCCAAGGCAUCUCUGAUCAGUAGCACAAUUUCUUUCCCAAAGGUGAUGCUCUUACUGACUUCAAAGGGAAAGUACUCUCCUGUGCAUCCAUGUACUUAAGGUAUUGUCUAUCAAAGUUGGUGAAGCUGUUUGUCACCUACAGCAGGGAAAACCCAACGUGGCUCUCCAGGGUCUCUCUAUUUAGUGCUUGGCGAAUUUCAAAUGCUGCUGGAAAGUGUCCUGGAACUCUGACCUUGCCUCUUGCUUGUAUGGGUGGUGGAUAAAGACAGGCAUGUGUGUAGAGGUAAAAGGAACAUUUGUUGCUCUGCCCACCUUUCCUUCUAGCUCUGUCCCCUACUUGCCCAUGGCCUUCGGAAAAUUGCCCAGGUAGGAAUGCAGCUCCUUGGGCUGGGGAAAGUUCGUUUCGCUGACCUCCAGAAAUCCUGCUUCCAUUUUUUUUUUUAAUAAUUUUUUAUUAAGGUUUUAAACAAAGAAAAAAGAAAAACAACACACACACAAAAAAAAAUACAAAAUUUAACAAUAAAAACACAAAACAUAACAAUUAAAAACAAACUCUCUUUUCCAUUCCCAAUUUUAAAUUACUUAUUUUCUGGACUUCCUCAUACCUCCCUCUUUUGUAUUCCAAUCUGCAUUAUUUGUCCAGCAGUUUCUUUUCCACUUUAAACCCAAUCUUUAAUUUAAUAAAAUAUUAAAAUAUAUAACUUCAACUUUUUUAAACAUAAUCCUUGUUCUUAAUGUCAUAUACCUUUAAAUUUUUCCCUUUUAUUAUCAAAUUUCCAUUUCUUUAAACAUCUUUAAUCUUGAUCUUUAAUCUUAAUCUAUCCUUAACUUUAACCUGUACAGCUGGAAACCACUUAUUUUCAAUCCAACAUCACUCUAACAUUCCUUAAUUUUGCAAUGUUUCUGAAGAUAGUCUUUGAAUUUCUUCCAGUCUUCCUCCAUCGACUCUUCUCCCUGGUCACGGAUUCUGCCAGUCAUUUCCGCCAAUUCCAUAUAGUCCAUAAGUUUCAUCUGCCAUUCCUCCAGCGUGGGAAGUUCUUGUGUCUUCCAAUACUUUGCGAUGAGUAUUCUUGCUGCUGUUGUUGCAUACAUAAAGAAAGUUCUAUCCUUUUUUAGCACCAUUUGGCCCACUAUGCCCAGGAGAAAGGCCUCUGGUUUCUUGGGGAAGGUAUACUUAAAUACCUUUUUUAAUUCAUUAUAUAUCAUUUCCCAGAAAGCCUUAAUCUUUGGGCACGUCCACCAAAGGUGAAAAAAUGUACCUUCAGUUUCUUUACAUUUCCAACAUUUGUUAUCGGGCAAGUGAUAGAUUUUCGCAAGCUUGACUGGGGUUAUGUACCACCUGUAUAUCAUUUUCAUAAUAUUCUCUCUUAAGGCAUUACAUGCCGUAAAUUUCAUACCAGUGGUCCAUAACUGUUCCCAGUCAGCAAACAUAAUGUUGUGUCCUACGUCCUGUGCCCAUUUAAUCAUAGCCGAUUUUACCGUUUCAUCUUGAGUAUUCCAUUUCAGCAGCAAGUUAUACAUUCUUGACAGAUUCUUAGUAUUGGGUUCUAACAAUUCUGUUUCUAAUUUUGAUUUUUCCACCUGGAAGCCAAUUUUCCUGUCUAAUUUAAAUGCCUCCAUUAUUUGAUAAUAAUGAAGCCAGUCUCGCACUUUGUUUUUAGUUUUUCAAAACUCUGCAAUUUCAGUCUAUCUCCGUCUUGUUCCAAAAUUUCCCAAUAUUUCGGCCAUUUGACCUCCAUAUUGACCCUUUUCAAGGCUUUCGCUUCCAUUGGUGACAGCCACCUUGGGGUUUUAUUUUCUAGCAAAUCCUUAUAUCUUAUCCAAACAUUAAAUAGCGCUUUCCUGACAAUGUGGUUUUUAAAUGCUUUAUGUGCUUUGACCUUAUCAUACCAUAAAUAUGCAUGCCAUCCAAAUACAUUAUUGAAACCUUCCAAAUCCAAAAUGUCAGUGUUUUCAAGAAGUAGCCAUUCUUUCAACCAGCAAAAAGCUGCUGAUUCAUAAUAAAGUUUGAGGUCUGGCAGGGCAAAUCCACCUCUUUCCUUUGCAUCUGUUAGUAUUUUAAAUUUUAUUCUAGGUUUCUUGCCCUGCCAGACAAAUUUAGAAAUAUCUUUCUGCCACCUCUUGAAACAGUCCAUUUUGUCCACAAUCUGCAAAGUUUGAAACAAAAACAACAUUCUAGGCAAUACAUUCAUUUUUAUCGCAGCAAUACGGCCUAGCAGUGAAAGCUUCAAGUUUGACCAAAUUUCUAAAUCUUUUUCACUUCUGACCAACAUUUUUCAUAAUUAUCUUUAAAUAAAUUCCCAUUUUUUGCUGUCAUGUUAAUCCCCAGGUAUUUAACUUUCUUAACCACUGUUAACCCUGUCUCAUUCUGAAACCUCUCUCUUUCAAACGGUGUUAAAUUUUUCUCUAAAACCUUGGUUUUUUAAUUUGUUCAAUUUAAAUCCUGCCACUUGACCAAAUUCUUGAAUCAGUUCUAAAACCCUUUUUGUACUAGAUUCUGGCUCCUGUAACGUCAAUACUAAGUCAUCUGCAAAUGCUCUCAAUUUAUAGUGUUUAGUUCCGACCUGUAUACCUUUAACCAUCUGGUCCCUUCUAAUCAUAUUCAGCAACACCUCCAGGACCGAAAUAAAAAGAAGAGGGGAAAUUGGGCAACCUUGUCGUGUCCCUUUUUCAAUUUUAAGUUCUUCCGUCACAACAUUAUUUACAAUUAGUUUAGCCUUUUGUUCUGAAUAGAUUGCACUUAUACCAUUCUCAAAACCUUGGCCUACCCCCAUACCCUGAAGAUUCUUCUUCAUAAAAUUCCAAGAAAUAUUGUCAAAGGCUUUCUCCGCGUCUACGAAUAUCAACACUGCUUUAGUGUUUAUAUUCACUUCUAGUUUUUCCAAAAUAUCAAUUAUAUUCCUCAAAUUAUCAGACAAGUGUCUUCCUGGGAGAAAGCCCGCUUGGUCUUUAUGAAUCUCUUCCAACAGCACUUUUAAAAAUCUCUUCGCCAAAAUAUCUGCAAAAAUUUUGUAAUCCACAUUAAGUAAUGAUACUGGGCGGUAGUUCUUUAGUUGUGUCUUUUCAGCCUCUGUUUUUGGUACAAGUGUAAUAUAUGCUUCUUUCCACGACUCUGGUGCCCUCCUCCCCUCCAUUAUUUCGUUGCAGACCUCUUUCAAUGGUUGAAUUAGCCAUUCUUUUAAGGAUCUGUAGUAUCUAGAGGUCAAGCCGUCUGGGCCUGGAGAUUUACCCAGUUGCAUGUUUUGAAUGGCACCUUCUAUUUCCUGUUCUGUUAUUCUGUCAUUCAAAAUUAGUCUUUUUUCUUGAGAUAUUUUUGUAAUCCAUUUGUUUUCAAAAAUUGGUCUAAGUCUGUUUCUUUCACAGGCCCUUGAGUGUAUAGUCUUUUAAAAUACUUCUGGAAACAACUUCUUAUCUCUGCAGGGUUCUGUAUAUUCCUUCCAUCCACUUCUAAAUUCGUAUCAGAAAUCCUGCUUCCAAGCCCUUCUCCAACAGCUUGAAGUAGUGCAGCCCAAGGAACGCUUUCCAUUUGACCCUGCCGGUAGUCAUGCGAACUGGCCCCAAGUGCACUCAUGCUGGGGUUCUGUUCCAAGGGUUCUCCGUCUACGUGGAAAUUGUGUCUAUCCAAACCAGUAGAACAGCCUCGUGGCUAGCAGGUAAGGGAGAGAGAAAGAACUCUCCUGUUCUCCCAGGACCCAUAUGCUGAGCGGGCCUCGUUCCCCUACCCGCCCCCCCCCCACAAGCAAGGUAGGGAGCUUAAAAUCUUGACACUGGAAAACCUUAAAAAGAUCUGGCACAAAGAGAGUUUUUAAACUCUCUGUCAUUCUUCAUUUAAGUGGUGCAGUUUCAACCGGCCAGCCUUCAACUGCGUAAGUUCAAGACCUCGCAGGCUAAAUGAGCAUAAGAUGCAAUUGUACUGUAGUUGCAGGUAAAUCUCAGCACCCCCUCCCUACAUUGCUGCUGGAUCCAGCUGAGCACAUGACUUCUGGAUAUCCCCCCCCCCAAAAAAAUCUGUCUUUAACCCUACCCUACGGUGUAUUAUUAGUACAGUUGGAAACUCCGUGUUGCCCGCCCGCAAGUGGUGAUUAUCUACUAGAGCUCUGCAACUCAGCGUUUCCACUCAGUGAGACUCGCUUUUCUUUUAAUUGCACCUUUUGAAUUGUCCUGCGAGUCUCCUUCCUCUUAUCUUUCAGCCAGGCUCCUUAGCUUUGUGUUAGCCAGGCCUGGUGUCUCUUGCACUCCACCGACUCUCUUUCCGUUUUGUCGGCAUAAACUGACCGAAAGAAUCCCCACGCUUGCAGACGCACGCAAGAUCACGAUGUGUUCCAUCUUUAGCUUGCAGAAGUCUAUUGAGAUUGAAGGUGAGUACUUGGGAGUCCCUUUGAUUCUCUGCUCUGUCUCCAGAUCUGCCCCCCCCCCCAGCUCAGGCUUCUUUUUUUAAAAAAAUCCCACCUCAUAUCUUCCACCCAGAGGCAGACACCAAGGACUCAGUUCUAAUCCCUGGUUAAGUCUACAGGUUCAUCUUUCUACAAAGCAGACACUGUGGAACUUCUUCUGUGAGUCUGCUGUGCAAUUUGAUGUUAUUUUUUGUUGGUGCAUCUGUGUUUUUAUCACUGGUGAGGAUGGUGUGGAAAAUGCUUGGUAUUUAAGCUGCUUUCGAAAACUGCUUUGGAGAACUGUGCACCUUCCCUUUGAAACAGCAUUGCUAAAGCCAGGGCUGUCUUAAGCAUAUGCAGCGCCAGGGUGAAAAGAUCCACCCGGCGCCGCCCCCCCCCCCCAGGUUGCCCAGUCCCAGGCGUGCAGGAGGGUGGAGCCGGCCGGCCGGCCGCCUCAGCGUCUCGCUGGCUUGGUCACCCCCAAACUCACGGCGCAGAGCCGUCCACAGCAGAAGAGCCCACCGCGGUGCUCCGACUGAUGGGCGGGCUCUUCCCCAGACUCAACUCUCGGGUCCCGGACUCUUGGCCUGGUGCCCCUGAGAGCCCAACGCCCGGGUGUCCCGCACCCCUGGUGCCUAUGGGUAAGACGGCCCUGGCUAAAGUCCUGCUUGAUGUCAUUGUACAUGACAAAUCUUUGCUGGAAGAUACAGUGGUACCUUGGUUUGCAACCGCUUUGGAUUACAACCAUUUUGGAUUACAACCACGUCAAACCCGGAACUGCGUGUCCCUUUUUUUGGAUUACAACCCAUUUUGGGGGGGAGGCCCCAUAGGUGAAAGCACGCCUUGGGUUAAAACCUGUUUUGGUUUACAGCCGGACCUCCGGAAUGGAUUAUGGUUGUAAAGCAAGGUACCACUGUAGUAGAGAAUCCACUCUAGUCAGUGACUGAAAUCAAUUCAUUCUUGCUAGAGAAUCUCCACUGGUAGGAACUUAACUCCUCUCAUGUAUAUGAAGCUUCUUCACAUGGAGUCUAACCAUUGGUUCCUCCAGAGUAGACCUUCCCUAUCCAGGUGCCUCCAGAUCUUUUAGACUGCAACUCCCAUCAUUCCAAGCUGGCAAAGCUGAGGCUGGUGGGAGUUUUGUAGCCAAAAUAUAUGAAGGGUAGCAGGAUGCUUUGCCACCUGACAACUUCAGUCCUUUUUGUCCCUCGCAGGGUUCUGUACGUGUUCGUGCUGUAAACCUAGAGUGGGGAACAUGCAUCCAUCCAUGUGUUUUUGGACUACAACUCCCAUCAUCCUUGACCAUUGGCCAUACUCAUUGAGGCUGAUAGGAGCUGCAGUCCAUGAGUAAGCCACCUUUGUGUUAGGAUUGUAGGCCCUUAAAAUUGGAACAUGUUUGGUGUUGGCCCCACACCUGGCAGGUGCUGCUGGGUAGGGGGAAUAUUGUUGGCCUGAACCAUGAAUGAGGGAGAAAUUCAAUUUAGUAUCCAUUUAAAGAUGAAUUUAGCAAAUGUGUGUUUUCCAAAACAAUAAAGCCGGGGUUGUUUUGGAAAGCUAUGUAAGCUGGGAUAGCUCAGUCAGUAGUGGGUGAGACUCAGAGUCGUGGGUUUGAGCCCUACAAUGGGUGAAAAAUUCCUGCACUGCAGGGGUUAGGACUAAAUGAUCCUCGUAGUCCCUUCCAACUCUACGGUUUUGUGAUUCUGCUAUUCUGAUUCUGUGGUAGAGUGCUCUAGCGUUUGAAUCCUACUUGCUGGUUUCCUACAAUUUUAUGAGGACACUGUCAUCCUUUGCAAUUUGUGCUUAUCUAAAUUUGCAAUGCACUUCUAUAACCAAAAUGCAUUAUGUUAGGGGGAAAGUGUACAUAAGAAUUAAUUUAUUGGUGAAACUAAAAUUUUAUUAGGAACAACUACUUACAAAAAUGUUUUCAUUAGCCAACACAGCAUACAAAAAAAAUCAAUAAAAUACAGAAGACUUUUCAUUAAAAUAAUUUUAAUAGCGAAUUGUUGCAGAUAUGUGUACUGAAUGUCAGCUUGGAAAAAGAAGAGUACCAAAAUUGGCAAGGUCCUUACGUUUUUACAAUAAUUUUUAUUAAUUUUCCAUUACAAUCCAAUAAUAGCCUCAUUAUAACAAUACCAAAUUAUAAUACACUUGCUAAUACCAAUCAUUCAUAUACCGAAUUAUAUAAUUUACGUGGCCACCCGCUUGCUAGAUUUGAUAGUUUUUUUAUUUCUGCAUUCCAAAAUCUUAUUAAUUUCAAUUACAUUCCGGUCAAAAUAAUAAUCCCUUAUACAACAACUGCAAUAUUAAUAACUUCUAUUUGUGUUGACACGUUAAAUGAUUUAUAGAACUACAAGUGAGGCACUCAGACUAUAUCCUUGUUCUUCCUGUGUGUGGCAGUUAUUCUGUCUGUGGUGUUUCUUCCUGUCCUUGUAAAAUGCUUUGUCUAUCUUUUCCUGGUUGUUGCUGUUCUCCAUCAUGCCUUGGGUGGAGCUGAUAUCCCAGGCAAGGUCCUUUCUUCCCUGAUUCUACAAGUAACUCAUAAGGAGGGAUGGUAGUUCAGUAGGAGAGCAGGUGUUUGUAUGCAGAAAGUCCCACUAUCAAUUGGCAGGAUAGAAAAGUGGUUCCCAAACUUUUUCACACCCCUGCCUUCUUGAUUCCACAAACUCAUCCCCCUUCCUAUAAAAAACGUUAUUCACACUAGCGGUUUGCACCACCCACUAAGGAAGAUAACGGCACAAUAAAAUUCAAAAGAAGCAAAAAUUAAUUUCACAAUAUUUAUUCAAAAUCCAAUUAACAUUAUUUCAUUCAAUCCGUCCAACAAAACUGAUAAACUUGAUCCAGUGAUGCUAGCUUUUCAAAGUCUGCUAGUCAUUUAGCAAGAACCUUAGAUGCUAUGUGUAGUAAAUACACUUCACUGUUCAAGUAAAUGCUUCAUGCAAUGUUUGGGCUUGAAGAAGUGAUGCCAGUCUCCAAAUUUCUGGCUUGAAGCCACUUAGCAGCAGUCUUAACUCACCACUUUCAGUGCCUCCCUUCCUCUUAGCACCCCCUAGGUAAUCCCCUCUGCUGUGGGUGAUACUGCCCCAUUUGAGAAUGGCAGGAAUAGAUCAGCAUCUUGAGACUCUGGAGAGCCUCUGCCAGGCAGUGUGUGAAUCUGAGGUGUGAAACCUUAGGCCUGGGGGGCUGUGUGUGGCUUUCCUGGCCUUUUCUAUCCAGUCCUGAAGACCCACCCUGACCCACACCCCCUGCCUUGCCUCCACCCAGCUCAUGACCCUCCCACCAACCCUGCUCUGUACCAUCUUUGAAGGUUUUUAUUGGCUGUAUUGUGUCCUCAGAUUCUGAACAUGCUGUUAAUUAUUUAUUGCAUUUAAUGUAUAUGCCACCUUUUUGUCCUCCACGGAGAUCAAGGUGACGUACAUGGUUCCUCUGCUCUCUCAUUUUAUCCUCACAACAACCCUGUAAAAUAGGUUAGGCUGAGAGACAGUGACUGGCCCAAGUUCACCCAAUGAGCUUCAUGGCUGAGUGGGGAUUUGAACCCUGACCUCUUCCAGGUCCUGGUCUGACAGACUAACCCCACUGGGAUAGAGGGGUGUGUGUGUGUGUGUGUUGAAAUUAGCCUACUGUACAAAGGUAAAAUAUUUAUACUUUGCUCCCAGCAUUUUUGCUUCUGGCCCUUCCCAUCUCUAGCAUGUGGCCCCCAGAAACUUCCCAAGGGACAAAUGUGGCCCACCCAUUUCUGGUGGAGGCACUGCUGGGUUUGAUGGAGAAGAUGGUCUGACUUUGCACUUCCUGUUUUCCCUGCGUACAUCCAGAGAGCUAUUUUUAAGUGUGCCUGGAGGACUCGCAGGCACCCAGCAAGACUUCCACAGCCGGCCUUCAUGUGAAGCGUCACUGAAUCAGUUGCUGCAGAGAAUAUACUCCAGAUGGGGUUGGUUGCAUUUCUCCAUAGUACUCAAAAAUAACACAAAUGAAGUAAAAAAAAUAGCAGCACUGGGCUGCCUGUGGAGGGGGCUGUUUUUGUUCCUUGUGCAAAAUGGUCUCACGCUAGCAUGGCCCAGGAAGGCUUAUUAUUAUCAUUAUUAUUUUCUUAUAUAUAUGCCACCCCUCUGACUGGGUUGCCCCAGCCAGUCUGGGCGGCUCCCAACAGAAUAUUAAAACCACAAUAAAGCAUCAAACAUUGAAAACUGACCUCUCUUUCUCUCUCUGCCCCCCGUCCACAAACAACAGAGCCCAAACUGCUUUUGAAACUUCAUGGCUUGCCAUGCCUGGCCCUGGAGAAUGCUGCAAGGCUUAAAGCCUUAGUGGCCUUGUGUACCUCAGAGUUUGGCUCACUGUGCCUACAGAGAAAGGGCAUUAAAUAAAGUAACAAAAUGAGCUCAUCUUUCUCCCAUCAGAGCAGCGGGGUGGUUGGGGCCAUGUGCGUGACUAAUGGCAAGGGGCAAACCAGCAAGCUGCAAGUCUGUCAUUAAAACCAGGUGCAAGUUGGAGAACCCGUCAAGCUGUGAAUGGGGAAAACACUCUGCCUUGUUGUUAAAAAAAGAUGAUGAAGGAGCAGCAGCGCAGAAGCUUCCUGUGGCUUGCUCCUGGAAAUCUGGGUGCCCCUGGAGCACCCUGGAGCAAACCCAGUGCAGAUGGAUGCAGGAGCGAGUGGGGGUAUUGGUGCAAAACCCACAGAUCUGGUGGGCACUGGAGACCUUGCUGAAAUGGAUUCCAGUGGAAAAGUAACAAAAAUAGCAUGGAACAGUGUAGAUGAAGAAAGAGAAAGGGAUCUAGGAAUCUGCAUCCUACACAUGAAAAAAAUGACUUUGGGCCAGUCCAGUGGACAUUCCGUUUCAGCCAUAUUUGGAGCUCGUCUCCCAGCUUGGGAGCAAUCAGUGUUAUAGUUCAGGCUGCAUUGCUAGUUUCCUGCUGUGCUCAUGGGGCUGUUGUGGAGUGAAACAUGCCUACCUUAUCACCCUCCUGGUGUAAGGGUGAACUGCUAUGGAUGUGCCUCCUCUGCAGCCAGUGUCUAAAUGUCUGCAGUCUGUUCUUGAUCCUGCAGGUACAGGUUGAGCCAUUCAUUCAUUUUAUUUGUACGGCGCUUUUCCAGAAAAGAAAUUGUUCUCCAAGCAGCUUAAAACAAAAGAACAGGAGUACAUUGCAAACGAAAGCUAUUUCAUAAUAACACAGCAAAACAACAUAGCAACAGUUUCAUAAAAACAGCAGGACAAUAACAUAGUAACUGUUUCAUAAUAAGAUUUGCAAAUUAAUAGCAAAUCUAAUAGUACACAAAAAACAGAUCUCAAUGCUGUAAAUGUAACAAGAUUACAUAAAUAACAUGCAGCAUCCUCUAGCAAAAAUAACAAGGAAGCUUCACGGUUUGACCGUAGCCCUAGGAACACCCCUCCCAUGAUGUUGCUCACAGUCCCUUUCCUGCAGCAGCUUCUUAUAAGGCUUCCAAGAGCAAGUGGUGGGGUAGUGUUUCAGGUGUACAUUUUGCACAUCCGAUGCCUGAUGCAAGAGCAUAGGGCCUGAAGGUUUAUCCUAGCUUGUGUGCUUUGCUUGAUUUUAAAAUGCCAAGAUGUCAGUAUCUGUUUUUACAGAAAUGCUCAGAAUGUGCAGGUGUGCCAGUGGCAUUAUUUAGCUGUGAUUCCUGCACAGCAGCUGGGUUGGGGUUCCUGCCAACUCUACAGUGCUAUGAUUCUAACUUAAACACAAUUUUAAAGGCUUGUUGGUGCUGACCUUUAAAACCCUAAACUGCCUCGGUCCAGUAUACCUGAAGGAGCGUCUCCACCCCCAUCGUUCUGCCUGGACACUGAGGUCCAGUGCCAAGGGCCUUCUGGCGGUUCCUUCGCUGCGAGAAGCCAAGUUACAGGGAACCAGGCAGAGGGCCUUCUCGGUAGUGGCACCCACCCUGUGGAACGCCCUCCCACCAGAUGUCAAAGAGAAAAACAACUACCAGACUUUUAGAAGACAUCUGAAGGCAGCCCUGUUUAGGGAUGCUUUUAAUGUUUAAUAGAUUAUUGUAUUUUAAUAUUCUGUUGAAAGCCGCCCAAAGUGGCUGGAGAAACCCAGCCAAAUGGGUGGGGUAUAAAUAAUAAAUUAUUGUUGUUGUUUUCCCUCUGCCAGGCUUAGGCCAUCUCAGCCAGCAGUAGCCCCACUCCUGAGCGGAGUUUGGAUCUGGCGUAACUUUACACAGGUUUAAUUUACUUCAGUUUCUUCCUUCCCCAGUGGAUGGGCCUUUGAACCUAACUUUCAUUUUCUUCCCUACUAGUCUAUCCCUUCAGAGCUAAGGCCGGUGCCAACACAGCCGUUGCAAAUUUGGUGUUGGUGUGGAAAAAUGAUGUAAAUAGAACAAGCCUGCUUAUUUUAAGGCUUUGGUUGCAUGAAAAGUGUAUUUAAAAAAAUAAUAAUGGUAGGUGGAAACACUUCAUUCUAGUCUGGACUUAUUCUCUCUCUCUUUUUUAAAGGUUUUUUAACAGGCCUGUAAAAACAGAGUUCUGAAGGUUUAUCUAAAUUGGAGGGAAGUGGAUGAUUAAUAACCCUGAAGUCUAUGACCUCAGGACUUUCCCCCUUCCUGUAGACUUCCCUAUAUAGCUAGUUUUUGUUUGCUCCAAGUCACACUCUUUACAAACCAAAACACCUUGCAGCAUGGAAAAACGUGAGGCUGGACUCUAAGGCUGCCUAUGCCCUAGAUCUUUAAGUGCAUUCUCCACACGCACACCUCACUGAUUUUGCAUUAUAACAAUUCAAAACAUGUAUGCAGUGCAACAAAUAAACAUUAGUUAACAUGAAAUAACCAUAAUGUCUGCUUAUAUACAGUGGUACCUCAGGUUACAGGCGCUUCAGGUUACAGACUCCGUUAACCCAGAAAGAGUACCUCGGGUUAAGAACUUUGCUUCAGGAUGAGAACAGAAAUCAUGAAGUGGCAGCGGGAGGCCCCAUUAGCUAAAGUGGUACCUCAGGGUAAGAACAGUUUCAGGUUAAGAAUGGACCUCCAGAACGAAUUAAGUUUUUAACCCGAGGUACCAUUGUAUACACAUUUAAAGUACCUUCUUUCCCUCAAAUAAUUCUAGGCACUAUAAUAAUAAAUUUAUUAUUUAUACCCCACCCGUCAGGUUGGGUUUCCCCAUCCACUCUGGGCGGCUUCCAACCGAGUAUUAAAAACACAAUACAGCAUCAAACAUUAAAAACUUCCCUAAACAGGGCUGCCUUCAGAUGUCUUUUAAAAGUAAGUUUACUAUAGUUUACUUCUCACAGAGUUACAAUUUACAGCAACCCUUCACAAACUACAGUGCCCAGAAUUCUUUGAGGGAAAGAAUGUGCUUUAAAGGUAUAGCAUGUGCACAGCUUAAGGCUCAAGAUAUUAAGCCUUGGGUAUUGGUAUAAUAGGGCCUGAGGCCUAUGUUGUGAUAGAUUUCCAUUCCCCUCCCUCCAACCUCUCCCUCUCUCCUCCUUGGGCACUCACAUUUAGCCUAAGUGUUCUGCAUAGCUCUAAGCCUCCUGGGUGGUUUUCUGCUUAAUGCUUGUUUACUAGUAUAGAAACCAUAGCAUCAUUAAAAUGAUGUCCAUUACUCUAACAGAGCUGUAGUUAUACUAAUGUGGAAACACCCAAUUCAUGCAAGCAGCUAAGACAAAGAAUCGGCCUACCAAAACACAGGCAUUAAAAUAAAACACCCGCCAUCAAAAAAUACCACAGAGCAAUCCCACUAAAACAUUAAAAUAUAAACACCCAAAGUUAAAAUGUAAUCGUAAACGUAACUGGAAACCGUCAUGUAACAGGAAAUAUAAAAACUUACAAAUGUGCACGUUUAUAAAAUAAUAUUGAAGGAUAAUGAAGCACUGGGUGAAUAGAUAAUGGUGUUUAUUUAAUUAGUGUCAUCAUCACCAUUUAAUUUCUAGCGUUUUAUUAUUUUUAUAUAAUAUGAAUUGCUUCCUGUGAAACAUCUCAAAUGAGUUUAACAAAAAUAAAUAAAACAAUUUCAGAUAUUAAAAAUCAUAUAUAAAAACAAUUACAACAAUUUCACAUAUAAAAACAGUUUCAAAUCCAAUACAGAUACAAGUGAGGAUAAAAAAAUCUCCCCUCAAAAGGUUUGUUGAAAAAGGAAGGUAUUGAAUAGGUGCUGAAAAGACAACAGAGAUAGUACUUGUUUCAUGUAUAUUAGUAUUUAUGUAGUCAGUUUCAAAGUACUUAACACACAUGAUCUUAAACUACAGUCCUAAAUACUUACUGAAGCAUAAGCUCCACUCUGUGCAGUAAGACACACUUCAGAGCAAACAUGCAUAUGAUUGUGCUAUGAAUCUUUAUGACAGUUCUGCAAGGCAGGAUAGUAUUAACUCCAUGUUGCAGUUGGGAAUAAAGCUGACUGUUCUUAGACCUCCUGGAAAGGAAUCUGUGGCUAGGGCAACAUUUGGAUCAUAGAUUUUUGCUUACUCCUCCUAGUUUGCCCAAAACCCUUUUGAAAUUGUGGUUCGGUUUCAUGACGGGGAUGAACAUGAGGUAUGGAUGCUUUCCUACAAAAACGAAGUACAGUGGUACCUUGGGUUACAGACGCUUCAGGUUACAGAUUCCGCUAACCCAGAAAUAGUACCUCAGAUUAAGAACCUUGCUUCAGGAUAAGAACAGAAAUUGUGCUCUGGUGGCGCAGCAGCAGUGGGAGGCCGCAUUAGCUAAAGUGGUACCUCAGGUUAAGAACAGUUUCGGGUUAAGAAUGGACCUCCAGAAUGAAUGUAAAUCCGAGGUACCACUUUAUGUCUUUUUUUUUGUCUUUCAGAACUAUUGUUUUUCUUAACACGCAGUUUCAUUUCAGUGCAAUUGACUACCCCUUAAUCUAUAACUAAGCCAACAAAGAUUUUUUUAACAGCCUGACCCUUAUUUAAACAACUACAAUUACUGCCUGAGCAUGACACACGAGGGGCUGCAAGAUUUCUCCCGCCUGUCCUUCAGAGAAAUUCAAAAGACUACAGUGUUACCUCUGGUUACGUACUUAAUUUGUUAUGGAGGUCCGUUCUUAACCUGAAACUGUUCUUAACCUGAAGCACCACUUUAGCUAAUGGGGCCUCCUCCUGCUGCUGCGCCGCCGCUGCACGAUUUCUGUUCUCAUCCUGAAGCAAAGUUCUUAACCCGAGGUACUAUUUCUGGGUUAGCAGAGUCUGUAACCUGAAGUGUAUGUAACCUGAAGCAUAUGUAACCCGAGGUAACAAUGUAGCUGUUUUUGCUGCAGCGAAUGGAGUAACAAAGCUACCUGAUAAGUAAUUUGCAUAGGAAUGUAGGCAUGAGAGGCAGGAUCUCUGCAAGGAUCUGUAAGUUUGUGAAAUAAAGACUCUGAAGUUUAACACACCCUAAUACAUGGUGUCCUCCAGAUGUUUUGGACUAACAGCUUCCAUCUGCUCCAACCAGCAUGGCUUUUUUUUGGGGGGGGGGGAGACUCCUUAGAGAGAUUCUGUUUCUGUAGCUGGUAUCAUUGAUUCUCUCUGCAUCUGCAAGCAACUUGGAGUAGAGGGGCCCCUGAAGCAUGUGCAGAGCUCUUCCCAGCCAGCUGCUAUACCUCUGUAUUCAGGAGCAGUGACUGUAGAGCAAGCUGUCUUUCUGCAGAUUGAGUCCUCCCUCCUAACCUGGCUGAUGUUGUUCUGCCUCUCUUACGGACAUGGCUGGCCUGCCACCUUCUGCCCAGGACUUGAAACUGUCAGGAAGAUGUGACAUCUCUGUUGGUGGAGAAAUUGAGAUGCAGCUGAAAGGGCCUGGGGCUGGAGGAGCUUGGAGAGAUGGCUGACCCUGAACAGGAUGAAGAGCACAGCUGUCAGCAGCUGCCCACAGGAAGAGACAGCAGAGCCGUCAUCCGUGGGCAAUCAUGCCUUUUGUGAAUUAAAAAAGAGAGGGCGGUGAAUCAGGUUUUAAUGCUCUCCCAUAGGGAUGCAGAUGCGGUCCAGCGAACCGGGCAGAGGAUGCUGAAGGUUUUGAGCUGGAGGGAGUGGCAGUUCCAAGGAUGUUCACCUGGGUGGCCCUUGUUUCAGAAACGGAGAUGUUGAAAGCAGCGUGUCAGUUGGGAUUGGUCACUUGUUUGUCCAGAUAGCUGCACAGCCAGGGCGGGAAAGUCUGUUCAGUCCAGGGAUUAGGAACCUUCUGGGCACAAGAAGGAGCCAAGGAUGGGACUUAACCUUUGUACAGCUGGCUGCAUUGCAAAUGUGCAAAAGCCAAUUGUAUAUUUAUCUCCACUGCAUUAUAGAAUUGUAGAGUUGGAAGGAACCCAAAGGGUCACGUAGCCCAUUGUGUGUGUGUAUGUGUGUGUGUGUGUGUGUGUGUGUGUGUGUGUGUACAAGAGGCAUUAUCACAGUUCAGGGGCAUGUUCCAGUUAGAACAAAGCACUCAAGGAAGGUGUGGAGCCAUUGAUGGGGUGCCUUGGGGAAGGUUCUGAGAGCCAGAUAGAGAUGCUUAGAGGGCCACAUUUGUCCUCCUGUGUCAUUGUGAGAGUCACACCCAUCGUUCUGGCCACUUUUGCCUCUGGCCACAGCCACUGUUUCUCUCUCACCUCACCUGCCAGUGGCAUGUGGCCCCUGGAAGACUCUGCAUCUGUCAUAUAGAUUCCAUCACGCAGACAGAAAAAUGGCAAUAGAGCAAGCCAAUAAAAAUAUUCAAAAUAAUAUAGAAGCAAUAAGAGAAGCAGUGAAAUAGGGAAUUAAGAGCAAUGUGUGAAUUAAGAGCAAUACGAAAAGGAGUGAAAUAGCAGCAAAACAUAUUAGCAAUAAAUAGCAACAUCUAACUUGGCACCAUAUCAUUGUACUGAAUGAAAUAACUCAUCGCUAGAUCAAUGAACAGCAGUGAAAUAUACUUGCCAAGGGAAACCAAUUUGGAGCAAACCUGUCUUAAAUGUUUGUUUGAAGGGACUUAUGGUCCUCACUUGAAAUUGAGUUCCGUCAAUGUGCAUCUUGACACAUCACCUCAUUUUGUUUUAUAUUUUAUUACACUUUAUGUUGAAUUUCUGAAAUUAUAGAAAAAACAAAACUUCAGUAUCAUUCUCACAAUGACCCACAUUGGGGACACAAUGAAGAUGCUAAGCAUAAGCGAUAUUAAUUUGAGCUUUCAGCGGUAAGGAAAAUAAAGCAAAGACCCAAAACUACACCUCUGUUAGUUUGAUGGAAGAAUAAAGUUGUAACAAGUUGCAGUCUUAACCAUAAACACAACCAAGUUAAAACUAAAAGCAAUGGGGAGGGCAGCUGAAGCUGAGAAGAGGGAAUCUGCAAGGGAGUGAGUACACAGGAUUAAUAUGACAUUUGAACUCAGAACUUGGCUCACGUGUUUGGCCACUAUGUUACAUGGGUGGUCAAAGCACCAGCAAGGCUCCUCUCUCCUUGUAGCAAAUGCCUUUUUUAUGGGGAAUUUAUGAGUUUCAUCCCUCCCCUUGUACUAAUAAACCUUUCUACCCUUGCAGAUUGUCGGGAAUUGUUGCUGCCUGAGCUGAUGGCGUACACAACCAGCUCCAGCCCUUCCGUGCCAGUGGGGCCCCAGUACUGCGUUUGCAAAGUGGAACUGUCUGUGUGUGGCCAAAAUCUUCUGGACAGAGAUGUCACCUCUAAAUCUGACCCCUUCUGUGUCUUAUUUAUGGAAGUCAAUGGCAAGUGGACAGAGGUAAGGCCCAAAAUGUUGCCCUGUGUCAGGAAUGGCCAUCCUCCAUUGGCCAGUGGGUGCGAGUUACAAAAUGGCUGCCACAGGAGCAUGGCAUAACACAAAAUGGUGGUUGUGGCAGAGUGGUAUAAUGGAUUCAGUGUUGGAGAGGCUGAGACAGAUGAUCAGUUAACAAGAAUUUUGUCAUGGACUGGUUGGAUGCAGAAGAGUGAUGGGAGGCACCGGCUGUGGAACCCCCAAGGGAAGAAGGCUCAGAGCCAGGGGAUUGGUGGUGGGACGACACUGAGUGGUUGGAGAGAGAAGAGGGAGCAGACGGGGAGGAGGUGGUGUCAGAAGCUGAGGAGGCAAGAGGGUUUAGUUAGCAGGAAGAGUCUGUGGCAGAGAGAGGUCCAGAAUCAGCGGCAGAAAAGGAGGCUGGAGAGGAGAGGGGCCAAGAGGCAAUAUGCUCCUGGCAAUGAUAAGAAUAUUAAAGUUCAUUUAGAUAGAGAACCAGAUUUGACACACAUUCAAGCAUUUACAAACCUAAUCCUGGGUAAGAAUUCAAGAGGGUGAGGGCUGGCCAGCUACAGGCAUGCUUGGAGGAUACGGAUUCUCUAUUUAAAUACUAAUAAUAAUUUAGGUUUUCACAUAAUACAUCUUAGGAACAUGAUAUAUUACAAUUCUUAUUUUUCUGUGACUUCCCAUUUCACUCAAUAAUAUCGCCACUCUCUGAACUGCCCAUUUGUGAGGAUGUGGAUUCUCUCUAUCCAUCACAAUCUGGCUUGAGGUCUGGGUACUGCUCUGAGGCUGCCUAGGUUGCCCUGAAGGACGCCCUUUGCUGGGGAAGAAGCAGAGGGAGUGGAGCACCGUUGAAUCUCUCCACCAUUCAAGCAGCGUUACGAGUUAUAAUCCAAUAUUUGUAAGCUGACCCAUUGGCUUUUUUGUGUGAUUCCUCCACCCUGGAAAUAGUUGAUUCUUGCAGUCCUGGGUGCGGUGGAAGGUGGUGGACUCUCCUUCAUUGGAGGUUUUUAAGCAGAGGUUGGAUGGCCAGGGAUUCGCUAGCUGUGAUUCCUGCAUUGCAGGGGGUUGGUCUAGAUGACUCUUUGGGUCCCUUCCAACUCCACAAUUCUAUGAUUCUAUGAAAGUUUGUGAAUCUGUGGCCCAGGAAUCAGUUAUUCUCUGGGCAGAAACCUCAAUGGCUUCCUGCUUGCUUUGGUCAUACAUUUCUGUUAUCUCCUCUUUGCAGACGUCUGUUUUGAUUAAAUCUGCUGGCAAAUUGUUCCCUUUCAUAGACUUCUUAAAACAUUGUUAUAGCUUUAUCAGGAAGUCCAAAGAGCAAGCAGUUAACCCAAGGAGCAACGGUCAGCAAUCACUCUGCAGGGAUUCCUUGUUGUCUGUUCAGCUUACUGGCAGUAGAUUGUCCGCCACCCUCUUCUUGACUGGUGCCAACUUCCCACAAGCUCCUCCAAAAGGUGGAGACUGCAGGCAGACUGGCCAACAAGCCUGCAUAUGAACCCUGCUGCCUCCAUCUCCAUCCCUGGACAACCACUAGGUUCUAACCAGUGUCAGUUCUCCUCAGAGCAGACCCAUGAGAAAUAAUCAUUCCAGUCAGCCUACUUUGAGUAUUUCUUGGAUACAACCCAUUGUCCAGAGUCUAAAACCACCCAACUGCCCCACUCUUAAGCAAGGUUUUCUAUAGCAGUUGUUCACUAUCCAAACAGAUACUACUGUUGGCUUUCUUUGACAAGAAAACCGCAUGCCGUGUGAAAUGGAGUACGGACACACACACACACACACACUGACUUGAAAGAUGGUUCCUCUCUUCUGCGCUAAUAUAUUCAGAGAGAAGACACGUCGUACUGCCCAGCAGCUGGGAUUUGCAUGCUCUUGGGUUUAUUUUGUGAAUAACAUUUUUUGCCCAUAAGGAAGAAUCAGCCCUGGUUUCUCAAAGCGGACGACGUUGUUGCUUUGGAUGAUAUGGGGCGGGGGUAACAACUCUGUUGUGAUGAGAGGCAGAUGGACACAGGAAAACAGCUGUGUUGUAGAACUGCCCAAGGAAGGAAUUGGAAGCUUGUUUACACAGCUUUGUUUACAUGGUCAGAAGCUGCCAGAAGGUUCUGCUCUUUCCCCUUGUAGUCUGCACUGGAGUCAUUUACUCUGCAAUCACUUCUUCUGCCAAAAUGGUAUCUGACCUUUGGAUGAAACAGUGUGGUAGGGCAAAAGCAAAUCCACUGUGAUGUUCGUGUGUAUGCAUUUACAUGCAUGCAAAACCAGAUUGAUCCACCCCUAUGGAAGGGAACAUAACUUAUUUUGGCUGUGUACACAUCAUACAUUUAAAGUACAUGCCCCCCCACAAGAAUAAUGGAAACUGUAGUUUGCUAAGGGUGCUGGGAAUUGUAGCUCUGUGAAAGGCUAAACUACAGUUCCCAGGAUUUUAUUUUGGGGUGGGUCGGGGAGGGGUGUUGUGUGCUUUGCAUAUAUGGUGUUUUACGCAGCAUGUUGAAGCGGUGAACUCUGAAGAAUGGCAACUCUGCCGACCUAGUCUGAGCAAAUUUUGAGUAGGCAAAAGGGGGAGAUAGUGAAUUUACCAAGAACCAGAAAAUACAGUGCCUGUCUGGUGAAGGAGCGGGUAGCAACUCCUUAACUGAUGUCAGUUUGCUAUGUUCAUGCUUGAUCCAACCAAGCGGAUUGUCUGGAGUUGAAGGGGGAGCCAAAUACAGUAUAUUUGUGGUUCCAUGUUUAUCUUCAGCUGCAGGGGACAGCAUGGUACAAUUUCAUGGUGAAGACUUUAGGUGCAGAAGUUUCCAGGUUCAGUCUGCAACAUCUCCAGAUGGGCUGGAAAAAGACCCUGGAGAGCCAUUCCUGCCAAUCACUGUAGACAAUACUGAGCUAGCUGGAGCAGUGAUUUGACUUGGUAUAAAGCAGCUUCCUAUGUUAUUAUGUUCUUCCAAUGAACAGUAUUGUGAGGUUCAGACUGCAGGGCAGGGGGGAAAGCAGAUGGGAGUAAGAGAAGUGUUGGGGCAACUGAUUUUGGAGCUAAGGAAACAGGGAUGGCAAACCAUGCUUAGUAACAUAGGCAGUUUCAGGGCUGGGACUGACGGGGGUUGUAGUUCAAAACGUCUGGAGGGGACCAGGCUGGUGAAGGUUGGUGUAAUAGGAAGUUUGUUCCUGAAUGAAAAAGAUUCCCUUUCCUCCUUUUUGUAUUGUAAAGUUCCAUUUUUCACUGCCCUGUUGCUCCGAGCUCCUUCUCUGUUCAGGGUUUUCAUCAGAACUGAAGUGUAUGUGUUUCUUUCUCUCCCUCCCUCUCUCUCUGUAAUGCCAAGUUUUCAGAUGUGUGGUUUUUAUUUCUCCUGGGUUAUUUUUGGACUAUUGCUUCAGAAAAACAUGCGGUGCGGAAUGUGAGAGAGAGGAGUCUUCAAUGGGCAGUCUGUGAGUUGCAGGCUGUUUCUUGCUGCUCUGAUUCUGAAGGGAGGUCAGAGGAUUGUCUGAGCUGGCAGCGGGUGUGGAAAAGGGGGAGAGGGCAUAUUUUCAGCCUUCCCACCAGAACAUGGGCAGCCUCCAGAAAGAUGUGAAAGAAAGAACAGACAUUGACUCCUCCUGAAUGUAAAAGUCUCCAGUAGGAAAGGUUUGCUGGCAGCAAGAAAUCAAAAUCGAGGCUGCAUUUUUAAGUGUCGCUUGAAAAGUUCCCUUUCAUCGGUCAGAUAAUAGUGGUUUGGGGGCAGAAUCUGGCCCACUAGGGAACAAGAGGGAGGUAACAGCUUGCUGAGUGGGGACCCCCAAGGUUUCUGAAAGUACAAAAAACAUCGACCUGCUACAAAGCCCCCAUAGGGAUGACUGUGCUCGGUAGCAGUGGAAAGCUGGGCAUCAGCUGGAAAACAAAAAUAGAAAACUGAGAUGGGGUGUGGAAUGGAGUUUCUGAGGUGCUCUAAGCAGAAACACAUUGCAAAACUCUAUCACAGGUCCCACUUGUUUGUGAUCUGCAAGGAAAAUAUCACAACUUUGCGCUCUCUCUCUUUUCCACAUUCCUUUGCAUGCCGUACCAUGGAUGGUUCAAUGAAUCUAUAAAGAAGGCAGUAAAAAUGUUGUUAGGCAAUAAUUUCUUAUUACUUUUUUUGCAGAUGCGUAUAAGCAGCCUUUUAUGGGGCAGGACACACAAAUGUGUGUGGAUAAAAAUGGGUUGUGGGUUUGUUUUUGCAACUUGCUACCUUUUCUUUUCUUUUUAUAUAAUGAAACUUAAAACAUUAAAAACUUCCCUCAACAGGGCUGCCUUCGGAUGUCUUCAAAAAGUCAGAUAGUUGUUUAUUUCCUUGACCUCUGAUGGGAGGGCGUUCCACAGGGCGGGUGCCACUACCAAGAAGGCCCUCUGUCUGGUUCCCUGUAAGCUAAUUUUUUGCAGGGAGGGAAUCACCAGAAGACCCUUGGUGCUGGACCUCAGUGUCUGAACUGAACGAUGGGGUUGGAGAUGCUCCUUCAGGUAUACUGGGCUGAGGCCAUUUAGGGCUUUUUUUUUUUUUUAAUGAUAUUUAUUGGAAAUUUUUUUUUAGAGUUACAAAAGAAAACAAAGUAGAAAAAGAACAAAGAAAGAACAAAGAAAAACACAAACCACAUCCCACAAUACAAAUUUUUAAAAAACACACAAAAAUACACCGCAAACAUUUAAAAACAAAUCCAUUAUUCUCAAAUCCUCAACUGUCAUUACCUUCUUUCUUUGACCUCCUCUUCCUCCUCCCUUUUUUUGUAUCCUAGUUGUUAAUUGUUGCAGCAAAUCCUUUCCAUAUUUCAUAAAAUUCUGUCAUUACAUUACCUUAAACUAUUUUAAUCUUAUCUUACUAUAAAAAACCUUGAAACUUAAAACUUAAAUCUUAUUUUUACCAACUUCUCAUAACCAUAAUAUUCUUACAUAAUUCUUUAAACAUUUUUACUAAAGCCAAGUAAUUUCAUUCCAACAUUUUUCUAACAUUCAUCAAUUUUAUAAAACAAUCCUAGUAGUAGAAAAAGAAAUAAAAACAAUCCAAUCUUCAUCCAGCGUCCCUUCCUCCUGGUCCUGGGUUUUGUCAGUCCUUGUUAUCCCAUCGAUCUAGCGCAUUAACCUGGUAACCUUAUAUCUGAGGCCCUUAAGUCUCUUCCAUGUCCCUUCCGCAGCUCUUCUUCAUAUUUGUAACUGUAUUUUCCCUUGUCUCCUGCUCGUUUCACUCGUGGGAACUCCAGCUUAACAAUAUUUUUGACCCUUCUCGACAGAUCAGCCCCUUUCCAUAAUCCACACUAAAUUCCAUGUGGUAUUUAAGAACAUGUUUCAAAAUCCCUCCAAAAUUAGGAGCCCCCACAAUCCCAGACAUCUCACGGCCCAUUGCCAGACUUGAAAAGUCCAAACAUCCCUGCAUAGGGGGGUCUAUCCAACCCCCCAUUUCCAAACCAAACCAAACUUUUUCUUUCCAAAUCUGGCUUUUUCCAAGUUCAUUUGUCAAAUCCGAAAGCUCAUGUUCCUGUUGGGCCUGUUCUGUCAGGGCACACUCCUGAUUUAAUUCCUGGGUGGGCUCCACAUAUUUUCCCACUGCCUGUUCAAAAUUUCCCACUGCCUGUUCAAAAUUUCUAAUCAAAUCAGCCAUUAAAUUCGUCUUCUCAUGUAGCUGUUCCAGUAGGGCAUUUGUUUUAUAGAAAGCACACAACAGAGCUUCUGAAUACAUUGUCCUGCAAGGUCAGAUGUCUAUUCCCACGAUUGUAAUCUGUAACAGCUGGCAGCUCCCGGAGUUGGUUACAGUUUCACAGUCUCCCUCUAGGGGGAAAACUUCUAUUUGUUCUUUCUUUUAAAGACAAGUCUAGCAACAAAAGUUUCCUUUUUCAGAUGUUUUGUCAAUAUUUGUUCCUUUAAGAAGCGAAGGGGAACAAUGGAAUCAAAGUUUCUGUUCUUAUAGCUAUCUGUCAAAAACGUUGUCUCUGGUCAAUGAGCUUCAAAAAACGUCAGUCCUAACACCCCGCUCCAGGAUCAGGACGGUGGAAAGUUACUUUACUUUACCCUCACUUCUGCAGGUUUAAACAGUCCAAAAAAAAUCCCCCCUCUUCUCCUGCUUCCGAAGGGGGUUCAACAAUUUUAAAUGGUGAAAGUUAAUCUUUUACAGGCGAUUUUCUGAGCUCUAGUUUGCCAUGUCUUUGCUUUAAUCUAUCUACAAAGAAACGGAAGGCUGACUUCCUGUUUAGACCUUCCCGUUUCAGCGCCAAAUUAAGGUAAACUUUUAAGUCCAAUUUUCCUUUCUGCUCACAAGUCCUUAUUUAGAGUCCAAUUAUCCGAGUUUAGGUACUCACGGGUGAUUAUUUUAGAAGCCAGAUUGUCCCAGGAAAAAGGCAGCGCUCUCCAGCAACGGCUGUGCAGCUUCGCUCCACGGAAGAAGCAGUUGACUCUCAGCACCGCGCCACUUCCCCCUCUUCGCUCCGGAGCCCAUUAAUGGGUUCUUUUCCGGGUUGGGGGGGGCGCUAAGGGUGCCCGCCAAGUCCCAUGGUCACAGGCUUCAUCCGCCUGUGAUUUUUGAAUGGGUCCCCGCUUCGCCGUAGUGGAAAAGACCCGAUUCCCGUGGAGCUGGUCCCUCCAGUUCAGAGUGAAUCCGUCAUUGCCGAUGGCGCCACCCCGGAAGUCUCCAUUUAGGGCUUUAAAGGUCAGCACCAACACUUUGUAUUGUGCUUGGAAAUGUACUGAGAACCAAUGUAGAUCUUUCAGGACCAGUGUUAUAUGGUCUCAGCAGCCACUUCCAUCCAAGGUGGUCAGCCACCAUUUUUAUUUACUCAAGAUGCAUGGCCCUGAAUAUAACAAACAUUGUUCCUUGACCUUCCUUGGAGCACUUGGUGCCAUAUUUGGAUCUGCAGUGCCAGCCUUUUUGUGAGUAAUGACUAAAAGCUGGAACAAGAAGCAAUUAACUCUGUAGCUAUGCAAAGGAUGUUCAAUGAAUUCCCUCUAGUUAAUCAGUGUUGGUGUGUACAAAUUAACUAGACAUAUUUCAAAAAGAUUAAAAAGAUCUGCUGAAAUCUGCAGUUUCCUUUAAAUCUGAGCCGGGCUGGGGGGUGGGAGAGUCCCAUGGAAAAUGAGCUCGGAUCCUGAGUUUGAAUCAGACCGAAGCCAAGAAAUCACAUCUUAGAUGGGUGAAUCAUUCCCAGCCAUACAGUCAAAUGGACUUAUUUGUACAACCUGCAGUUAAAUGAGGUUAGUAGUACAGCUGCCCAUUGUUAUUUAGCAGAAAUGUAGGUAUAAAUACAACUAAAAUAUAAAAUAAAUUUACAAAUGAAACAAAAAAUAAAGUGUGAAGCUGCAGCAUACAGUGCCACAGUGAAACAUAUCAUUCAGUGCAGAGAGAAACCACAAUCUACAAUCAAUUUCAGAGUUUCAAGGUUGUGCUAUGUAAUUACUACUAAUACGUAGCUGAUUAUUUGAUUGCCAUCCUCCCAAAAGAUCGUGUAGGAAGCUGUUUUGAGAAGAUAAUAUUCCUUUUCUGCUCUCUCUCCCCCCCCCACCCCCGACAGCUGGUCCACAGUAACUCGCUGUUCCAUUUCCCUUCCAACCUCCCCUUGUAUUUUUAGCAAAAUUACCAUAUUGUUGAUGUGCAUUUCCAAACAUUUCUCCCAUUUUUAAAAAUACAUUUCAGCAGAACUUCUUUCCCUUUUUCCCUCUCCCACCCCGCUCACCAUUUUUGACUCUCCCCCAACACACACGUUGCGUACCUAUUUCUAGCUUUCAAAUGUUCACAGGUUUUGUUAAUAUCCUUUUCCUGUUUGGCAUCUAUGCGCAUUGGCAGGGUGGAAUGGUGGUGUGCCUAAACGAAACACGAGGAGUGAUGGCGGACAGUAAUUUACAUACCUCUAAAAAUCUAUGGUAAAGAAGUCUAUCAAUGGAUACUAGUCAUAAUAGCCAUAUUAUGAAGCUUAGGGUUGUGCAGCCCAAGAACUGUGGAAUCCCUUCCCUUCACCUUCAUGAUACAGCCUUGCUGAAGUUGCACCUUUUAAGACCCUGGCUGUUUGAAACUUGUAUGUUCAUUUAUUCUUUUAUGUAUUACAUUUCUAUACCGCCCUCCAUCCAUAGAUCUCAGGGCAGCUGACAACAUAAAAUUACAAUAUUAAAAAAGCACAAAAUACAGAAUAAAAAUAAGAACAAAAACAAAGCCCUCCCAGUUGAGAGAGAUUUUAGGAAUCACUGUGUUCUUGUGGUUGUAGUUUGCUUUGUAAUGUUUUUAUUGUUGCAUUUUAAAUUGUUGUGACAAUUUAACCCUGAUGAUGAAAGGCGAGGGAGGAGAGCAGCAACAACAUAAAAAGCCUGCUGAAUCAGACCAAUGGCUCAUCUGGCCUAGCAUCCUGUUCCCACAGUGGCCAACCAAAUGCCCAUUAUGGGAAGCCAGCAAGCAGGUUUCAAGUUUAAGAGCACCUCCCCUCUUGCAAUUCCUAGCAGCUGGUAUUCAGAGGCAUACUGCCUCCAACCAGGGAGGUAGAACAUAGCCAUUGUGACUAGAAGUUGUGGAUAGCCUUAUCCUCCAUGAAAAGGCAGGUAAAAAGUGGUAGUAGUAGUAGUAGUAGUAGUAAUAAUAAUAAUAAUAAUAAUAAUAAUAAUAAUAAUAAUUUUUAUUUAUACCCCACCCGCCCUGGCCAGAGCUGGGCUCAGGGUGGCUAACACAAGUAAAAUUACAGUAGAACAUAAUAGGGAAAAAUACCAAUUUAAAAUACAGGUUAAAUGCAGCCUCAUUUUAAAAGUAGCCCAUAGAUCAAAACCAUAAUGGGAGGGAAACAUAAGGGUCAGACUGAGUCCAAACCAAAAGCCAGGCGGAACAGCUCUGUCUUGCCGGCGCUGUGGAAAGAUGUCAAGUCCCGCAGGGCCCUAGUCUCUUGUGACAGAGCGUUCCACCAAGUCAGGGCCAGUACUAAAAAGGCCCUGGCCCUAGUUGAUAAAUAAAUAGAAGCAUACCCACUUGUGUGCGAUCGACACGUGUGCGACCGUGUAUAUGUGCAGCACCAGGAAAGAAGUAAAUCAUUGAAUUCAUACCUAGAAAUGGAGGGAGAAUGCUGGAGAGUCCUUGUGGCUUGCGAGGAAACCCUCCCCGGAACCCAAAGAGGACUUCGGUGAGGGCAGAGAGGAGACUGGAGGUGCAGCGGGUCUUCGUUUAGGCUGCUUAGCCUCCCUGGCUAACAGCUGGUAUGUGGGGUAGCACAGCCAACACUUUUCUGCCCGUCCUGCAGCCUCGUGUCAGCCCCAGAGCUUCAAUACUAGUUGUGUAUAUUUUUGGUACAGUAUUUUUGAUUUUUGGAGAGGAGUAUUUUGAAGAGAGAGUAUGGUAGAGAGGGCAUUUAUGUGAUUUUCACUUUUGCUUGUGGGGCGCCGGAACCUAACCCCCACACAUAACCGGGGAGUCGCUUGCAGUCUGGAACAAGUUGGCAAAUGCUAAUACAGUGGUACCUCGGGUUACAGACACUUCAGGUUACAUACACUUCAGGUUAUAGACUCCGCUAACCCAGAAAUAUUACCUCAGGUUAAGAACUUUGCUUCAGGAUGAGAACAGAAAUCGCAUGACGGUGGUGCGGAGGCAGCAGGAGGCCCCAUUAGCUAAAGUGGUGCUUCAGGUUAAGAACUGAACUCCUCAAUGCCUUCUUUGCCUCAGUCUUCUCCGAUAAAGGAAACAAUGCCCGACCUGAAGAAUUUGGAGCAAAUGAUUCAGCAAAGGAAACACAGCCCGGAAUAACUAAGGAGAUAGUACAAGAAUACUUGGCUAGUUUAGAUGUAUUCAAGUCUCCAGGGCCAGAUGAACUGCAUCCAAGAGUAUUAAAAGAACUGGCAGAUGUGAUCUCAGAACCACUGGCAGUCAUCUUUGAGAAUUCCUGGAGAACAGGCGAAGUCCCGGCAGACUGGAGGAGGGCAAAUGUUGUCCCUAUUUUCAAAAAGGGAAAAGAGAGGACCCAAAUAAUUACCGCCCAGUCAGUCUGACAUCAAUACCAGGGAAGAUUCUGGAGCAGAUCAUUAAGCAAACAGUCUGUGAGCACCUAGAAAGGAAUGCUGUGAUCACCAAUAGUCAGCAUAGAUUUCUGAAAAAUAAGUCAUGUCAGACUAACCUGAUCUCAUUUUUUGACAGAAUUACAAGCCUGGUAGAUGAAGGGAACGCAGUGGAUGUAGCCUACCUUGAUUUCAGCAAGGCAUUUGACAAGGUGCUCCACGAUAUUCUUGUAAAGAAGCUGGUAAAAUGUGGUCUUGACUAUGCUACCACUCAGUGGAUUUGUAACUGGCUGACUGACCGAACCCAAAGGGUGCUCAUCAAUGGUUCCUCUUCAUCCUGGAGAAGAGUGACUAGUGGGGUGCCACAGGGUUCUGUCUUGGGCCCGGUCUUAUUCAACAUCUUUAUCAAUGACUUGGAUGAUGGACUCAAGGGCAUCCUGAUCAAAUUUGCAGAUGACACCAAAUUGGGAGGGGUGGCUAACACCCCAGAGGACAGGAUCACACUUCAAAACAACCUUGACAGAUUAGAGAACUGGGCCAAAACAAACAAGAUGAAUUUUAACAGGGAGAAAUGUAAAGUAUUGCACUUGGGCAAAAAAAGGAGAGGCACAAAUACAAGAUGGGUGACACCUGGCUUGAGAGCAGUACAUGUGAAAAGGAUCUAGGAGUCUUGGUUGACCACAAACUUGACAUGAGCCAACAGUGUGAUGCGGCAGCUAAAAAGCCAAUGCAAUUCUGGGCUGCAUCAAUAGGAGUAUAGCAUCUAGAUCAAGGGAAGUAAUAGUGCCACUGUAUUCUGCUCUGGUCAGACCUCACCUGGAGUACUGUGUCCAGUUCUGGGCACCACAGUUCAAGAAGGACACUGACAAACUGGAACGUGUCCAGAGGAGGGCAACCAAAAUGGUCAAAGGCCUGGAAACGAUGCCUUAUGAGGAACGGCUAAGGGAGCUGGGCAUGUUUAGCCUGGAGAAGAGGAGGUUAAGGGGUGAUAUGAUAGCCAUGUUCAAAUAUAUAAAAGGAUGUCACAUAGAGGAGGGAGAAAGGUUGUUUUCUGCUGCUCCAGAGAAGUGGACACGGAGCAAUGGAUGCAAACUACAAGAAAGAAGAUUCCACCUAAACAUUAGGAAGAACUUACUGACAGUAAGAGCUGUUCGACAGUGGAAUUUGCUGCCAAGGAGUGUGGUGGAGUCUCCUUCUUUGGAGGUCUUUAAGCAGAGGCUUGACAACCAUAUGUCAGGAGUGCUCUGAUGGUGUUUCCUGCUUGGCAGGGGGUUGGACUCGAUGGCCCUUGUGGUCUCUUCCAACUCUAUAAUUCUAUGAUUCUAUUCUAUGAUUCUAACAGUUUCAGGUUAAGAACAGACCUCCAGAACGAAUUAAGUUCUUAACCCAAGGUACCACUGUAUAAGCUCUCACCAUCAGAGUUUAUUGUGUGCAAACAAGUUAGUUUAAGCUACAAUUUUUUCAUGUGAAAACAAUUUUUUAUUAUUCUUAUUAGUUGUUGUAGUUGCAGCAGCAGUGCCCAACUAGUGAAAAGAAUUAUAAAAUAUAUACAAUAUUAAAAACAACAAUAUGGAUAAAAAAAAUGGUUGAAACAGAACAAAGCUGUUACCGGGGGGCGGGGGGAAGCAGAAUGAAAUUUAAAGCCCAUUAAAAAUCAGGCAAGAGUUUUUACUAAUGGCAUGCCAAAAUGUUCCACUGUGUUUUCAUUGAACAUUGUGCACUGAUUGAUGAGAAAAGGAACUGCAUCUGAGAACUUUCAAAUAGGAAAGAAAUGUUUACCGGGAAGAAAAAUAGACAUAAGAAGAGCCUGCUGGAUUAGGCCAAAUGGGGCUCAUCUAAUCCAGCAUUCUGUUCUCACAAGGGCCAAACAAAUGCUCCAAUGGGAAACCAGCAAGUAGGAUUUGAGCGUAAGAGCAACUCUCCCCUCCUGUGGUUUCCAGCAACUGGUAUUCAGAAUCAUUGCUGCCUCCAACUGCGGAGGCACAAAGCCCAGCCAUCGUGGCUAGUAGCCAUCGAUAGCCGUCUCCUCCAUGAAUUGGUCUAAUCCUCUUUUUAAGUCAUCUGGAUUGGUGUCCCUCACUACCUGCUGUGAGCGUGAGUUCCAUAGUAAAACCAUGCACUGUAUCCUCUGCAACUUGACAACAAUGGAAUUGGCUCAAAACCAAACACCCACCAAAACACUCAAGGAAUUCUCAGGUGCCCUGACAAAUAGAUGGGGAAAAUGACCCUUUCGUAGGGGAAGCAAACUUCCACAAAACCAUGCUAGUUUUCAGAGCUGUCUUUUCCAUAGGGCUUAGUGGUGUUUUUGAAUUAUGGUGCUGGAGUUGAUGCUUUUGAAUUAUGGUGCUGGAGGAGACUCUUGAGAGUCCCACAGACUGCAAGAAGAUCAAACCUCUCCAUUCUUAAGGAAAUCAGCCCUGAGUGCUCACUGGAAGGACAGAUCCUGAAGCUGAGGCUCCAAUACUUUGGCCACCUCAUGAUAAGAGAAGACUUCCUGGAAAAGACCCUGAUGUUGGGAAAGAUUGAGGGCACAAGGAGAAGGGGACGACAGAGGACGAGAUGGUUGGACAGUGUUCUUGAAGAUACUAACAUGAGUUUGACCAAACUGCGGGAGGCAGUGGAAGACAGGAGUGCCUGGUGUGCUCUGGUCCAUGGGGUCACGAAGAGUCGGACACAACUAAACAACAACAACAGUGGUGCGUCACGCCAGGGCACCGGCCUCUCAGGGGCGUUCCAGCAAGUGGGGGAGCUGUGUGGCUUUGACAGUUGCCUCCCCUUUCGCUGCACGCCCGCCAGCUGUGCCCCGCCAACUUUAAGGCUGGCGGGCGUGAAGCUUCCCUCCCAAGCCUUCUCAGGAGGACAGCGAUCCCCGCAGAGGCUUGGGAGGGAAGCUGCACGCCCGCCAGCCAUAUGGUUGGCGGAGCACAGCUUCCAUCCUAAGCCUCUGUGGGGAUCGCUCUCCUCCUGAGAAGGCUUGGGAGGGGCGCAACUUCACUCCCAAGCCUCUGCGGGGAUUGCUCUCUCACAGCGGCAUGGGGGAGAGUUGCGCCCCCUCCCCAUGGCUGGCAGUGUGCAGCUACGGCCACCCCAACACUAUCUGUGGUAAUUUGGGGGUAAUUUGCACCCCAGCGCCACAUCUGCUAAAAACGGCCCUGCUAGUUUUAUUCCUUCUAAGGCUUGGUAAAGAUAGGGCCAACUGACCUCCUUAGCAAGGAAGGCCCACAAUUGAGACUCCUGUGAGGAGGUUUCUAGGUGAGGAAGGGCGCCUGAGGUGACUGUGGCGGUCUGGUGAGAGGGCAGCCUCCUUGCCCCAAACCCCUUUCUGAGUUUCUGUUCUGACAGUCCCAACAUUGUUUGCUGCUGAAGGCAAACCGAUAGGUACAGAAGGGAAAUUGUAGGGGAGGGGAGUUCUUCUUCUGGGAGGCGAGGUAUGCAUUUAAGGGCUUGCACUUACUCUCUCAGGAGUAUAAUUUUGCGGGAAUGUGUUGCCAGGACAGCAGGCACCUCACGCCCGCCUGAUUUCCAUAAUCCCUAACAGAAGCCCCUUUCAGAGUUAAGGAGGCAUUAGCACAUAAAUGCUCCAUUUGAGGUCAAGUGAGCCUCAGAAGUGUCAGCGUUUUCCAGGGCCUGUGGCCAAGAAAAGCGUGUUGGGGCUGGAGCCGGGCCCUGCGCACGUGCGGGCCCUGGGUUUCGGCUCCAAAGGCAGCGCCUUUAAUCUGAGAAACAUUGCAGGACACGCUGUGCGCCACUUGGCAGUGAAUUCUCCCAAGACAACUUGUCUCUCUCCAGGUGUCUUUUAACGCUUGAUACAAUCACUCCUGCAAUUUUGAGUGAUUUUAAAGAGCUUUAUCUUGGGAUAAUUGGAGCUGUGUGGAAACAGGGCCUUUCUGCGUCAUUUUUUCCCUCGGAGCUUUUGCUCUGUCUUUUCCCCUCCUCCCUCCUUUUCCAUGUAAUUCAACAACAAGGCAUGGAAUUCAGGCUUAAUUUGUAAUUAGAAAGGCGCUGGGAAGGUGUGUUCCUCGUUGAGAGCUGUGCUCUUGGACCAAAAAGCACUGUGACUUAGGAGCAAAACCUCCCCCAGUGGUGGUAUAGUGGUUAGAGUGUUAGACUUGGACCUGGGAGACCAGGGUUCAAAUCUCUACUGGGCCAUGGAGCUCCCAGGUGACCUUGAGCCAGUCACUCACUCUCAGCCUAACCUACCUCACAUUGUUAUGAGGAUUAAAUGGGACAGAGGAGAACUAUGUAGGCCACUUUGCACUCCCUGGGGGAAAGGUGAGGAAUAAAUAAAUAAAUGGGUUGAUAAUUCAGAGAUUCUCAUCACUUCCACUAUUUCCAAUGUGCAGGCAGUGAGUGUCAUAAACAUCCCCACCCAGGUACAAGAGGAAAGUAUCAGCUAGCUUUGGGAAAACACCAAAGUGUGCAGAAAUAGAGGAAUGUUCAGCAGUGGGAAGGGAGAGCUCAGCAACAGCCCCAUGCUCUGUAGCCACUGAAUUUGGACUUACUGUUGGGAUGGGCCGGGGAGGUGGGGACAGACCAAAAACCAUAAAAGGAAUGUAAGAAGCUUCCUGAUAUUGGGUCAGGCCAUUGGGUCCAUCUAGCUCAGUAUUGGGGUCUCUCCCAGCCCUGCCUUGUGUCAUGGCCCUGUCAAGCAAGGAAAGUCGAGAGUGAAGAAUUAACUCUUUAUUAUCAAAAGUACACUUACAAGUUAAGAUAAGGCAUGCCCAUCAGUCCUGUGUUUCUCAGCUGCUCCCAGGUGUGAACCCAAUGAGGCAGUGAACCCAGCAGAGAGGCCCCGUCCCCCACUUAUGUAUCUCCCCAACCUGAGCUGUGCACAAGCAAGUGAAAACUACACCUGCGUGUAACCUGUUUCUGCUCCUCCCACUUCAGUCCUCCUGGUCCAGGGAGACAGUGGAGCAAGAUAGGUGGGGACACGAGGAGGAGGUGUGGAAGCCCGUGACUCUACACCAGCCUGACCUGCCUCUCCCUCCUGCUGCACCUGUUCUUCACUCUCCGAUCCUGCAGCUUCUCUUGCCUCUCACUCUCAUCUCCUGGCUGUCACAGGCUCCCCCAGUUCACUGGUUCCUUCUUCUAAGUCAGUCUCCAAUCCCACUUCUCCCCACACCCAGUCCCUAACUCAUCUGUAUCCAGCCACCACUCCUCAGUGUCCAGCCAGUCCCUGGCCCCUGGAGAUGCUGAAGAUUGAACCUGGGACCCCCCCUUUCAGCCCUAAAGCAGGUGUACUGCUUCCGAGCUUCCCAUGUUGCUUAUGGGAGUGAAGAUAUCUUAAAGUUGUAGUUCAGGAGACUGUUUGGAUUCUUUGUGAGAUAAAGGGAGAAUAGAAAGGAGAGGGGGAAUUCGGUGAAGAGGGGUGUGGGCAGGGCUUUCACUUUCUGCUUCAGUGUGGCUACUGUUUUUUCUGUCAGGUUUCUGCACCCACACCCACAGAUGUGGCCUUUUUUGAGGGGGUGUGGCCUGGGAGAGUUCUGGGGGCCAGAUAGUGUGCCCUGCAGGGCCACAUUCAGUCCUGUAGGCCUGGCAUUCUACACCAAUUUUGACUAGUACUGUUGGCGAUCUGGAACAGGACCGGGAAGUGGCAUGUGCCCUAGAGAGAGUCCUGAGGGCCACAUAGAGAGCUCUGCAGGGCCAUAUUCAGCCUGCAUGUCUGAGGCUCCCAACUCCCAUGAAGAGUACCAUUUUAUGUGCGACUGCAGAGUCCUGCGUGUUGAUUUAAAGCAGAGUCUCUGGUGCCCAGCGGAAGGAUGAAGAAUACGUGCUACAUACUCUAUAUUGCUUUAUUUACACUUCAAAGCUGGUAUAUUACAGAAAGACAUCUUGCCUCUGCAGGAGCAGAGAAAUGCAUCCUCUCUCCUCAACAGCUCGGAGAGAAUCACACAGUGAAAAACAGGAAACCAGUGUACGUCACAUCCAGUCUCCCUUUCCCGUGAGAAACUCCAACAGUACAGACUGUGGAAUGUAAAACAAUGUCUUGUGACUGCAGUUGCUGCUCAGUGAGGGAAAUCAGAAACCAACAUCCUCCCCCUUUCUGUGAACAUCACUGGGCAGCGUGUUCGUACAAUAUCAGUACAAACCCAACUUCUGCACAUAGGUACAGUGUUGAUCCCUUGAUAUAAUCUUGGACAAUACAUCAGCAGGAAUUUCAUUACCUGGCAUAUAGGACACCGUUACGAGUCCUUUCUGAAUACAUUCCCUAGCAUGCUGCAACUUUAAUUGUAAGUGCUUUGUGCUUUGCUUACUACCUUCAGACUUCAGCAAAGCCAAACAUGCUUUGUUGUCCUGGUAAACCUGGAUUGGACAUUUGACAGGAAUUUUCAUAUCUUUGCACAAUUGUACUAACCAUUCACAAUCCUUAAGUGAAUAAGACAGUGCAUUCAGUUCGGCUUCACAAGUACUUAAGCUAACUGUUGUUUGCUUCUUGCAUGACCAAUCAAACAGACUCUGAUUGUACAUAUAGCAAACUCCAGACGUACUUUUCCUGUCUGUAGCGUCACUUCCAAAACUUGCAUCUGCAAAUAUCUCAAGACCACCAGACUUCUGAUUGUUAAAUCUCAGUCUGUAAUGCAUAGUGCCUUUCAAAUACCGCGCUAUGCGUUUCAGAGCUUUCCAAUCCUUGACACUAGGAUUGUUGACUUGUCUGCUUAGCAAAUUACAGCUAACAGCAAUGUCUGGUCUUGAACAUCUGGCAAUGAAGUUUAGCUUGCCUAGCACACUCCUGUACAGUGUAGUGUCAGAAAAUGCUUCGUCAGUGUCAUCUACCUGAUAACCUGUUGUCAUCGGUGUGUCUACAGGGUUAGCAUCCAUCAGAUUUAGUUUGCUUAACACAUCAGCAAUUUUCCGUGACUGGUGUACUAGAAUGUUACCAUCUUGAUCUCUCUCUAUUUCCAGAGAUAGGUAGUUGUUUACCUCACCAAGAUCUUUCAUGUCAAAGUGCUCUUUCAGUUGAGCUAGGGCGCUAUUGUACAUUGCGACAUCUUUCCAAAAGAAUAAUAAAUCAUCAACAUAAAACAAACAGUACAGUUUCUUUUGCCCCUCCUCUUUGACAAAUACACAUGGAUCAGCUUUCCCUUGCUGAAAACCUAGAGAAAACAAUACUUCAGUGAGUUUUGUGUGCCAACACCGUGCACUUUGUUUGAGACCAUAAAGGGAUUUCUUCAGAGCACAAACAAAUCCCUGUUUUACCUGUACGCCAUCAGGUGGAAGCAUAUAAAGUGAUUCAUCUAGAGAUCCGUACAGAAAAGCUGUAUUAAUAUCAUGGUGACUAAUGUGUAGAUUUUCCUCUGCAGCUAGCUUGAGCAUAAGCCUAAUGCUUUCAUAUCUCACUGUGGGUGAAUAGGUCUCGUGAUAGUCUUCACCUGGUACCUGUGCAAAACCUCUGGCUACCAAUCUGGCUUUGUGUCUGACUAUCUUGCCAUUUUGAUCUGUCUUCGCUUUGAAGACCCAUUUGCUUCCAAGCAGUUUCAUUCCUGGAACUACUGGAACUAGCUCCCAUGUUUUGUUCCUUUCUAAGGAAUCAAGCUCAGCCUUCAUGGCAUUUAACCAUGGCUCAGCUUCCUUCGAAUCCAAACCCUGGAUUUCUUGGAAACUUGAAGGUUCAAAUACCUUCUUGGAGCUUUUAACAGCUGUUACUGCUAUCUUAGCAAACUCAUCAGCAAAUCUCUUUGGAGGUUUGCCUUUUGUGGCUCUUUGUGACCUACGAAUUAGCCUUAAGUCUUCAACACUCUCCUCUUCCUUCUUAGGAGAAAAACGACCUAUUGUGAACAAUGGUUCCUCCGAUUCUUGAUCAGAGCUUUCAGAGGGUCGCAUAGAGGCUUUCGCACUCUCGAAAUCCUCUGAAUCACUCGAUUCAGUUUCAGAUUCAGACUCAGAACCUUCAUCAGUGGGUGUGGGUUGUUGUGGUUGCUUUUGACUAUCCUCAGUCUCAUCACCGUCAUCAGGAUAACAUUGGAAAAUUCCCACAUUCUCCCCCCACUUUGCAUUGUACUCAACACUUCUCGUGAGCUUAAUUGUCUUAGAGUCAGUCAUCAUUAUUCUGUAAGACCCUUUCUGAUAACCUAGAAAGAUACCAUGCAAUCCACGCUUGUCUAACUUGGAGUUUUGUGGUGAGUGAACCCACAUGUCAGAACCAAAAAUCUUCAUGUGUUUGAUGUAUGGCUUCUUGCCAAACAUCUUCUCAUAGGGGGUACAUCCAAUCGCUGAAGAUAAUCUGCGAUGGUAACUGUAAACAAAACACGAGAGAGAUUCGGCCCAAUAACUCUCUGGAAGAUUGGCAUCAUGCAGCAAGGUUUUUAAUCCUUGAAGCAAAGUCUGAUUUGCCCGUUCCGCAAGUCCAUUCUGCCAUGGCGAGCGAGGACUAGACAAAUCGUGUUGAAUUCCUUUCUCAGUCAGAAAAGCUUCAAACUGCUGAGAAGUGAAUUCCCCCCCGCGAUCACUGAAAAGAGUCUUUAUCUUCUUACCAUGCACAUUUUCCAACCAAGCACAGAAUUCCUUGAACCUAGGAAAAGUCUCCGAUUUCUGCUUGAGAUUGUACACAAAAAUAUAUCUAGAAAAUGCAUCAAUGAGAACCAUGAAGUAUCUAUUUCCACCCAAAGAGGGCGCGAGUGGUCCAACCAAAUCAGCAUGAACAACCUGGUAUGGUUCUGUAGCUUUCCUACUAGACACCUUACCUUUCGCAGCCAUUUUCACCUUGUUUGCUGCGCAUGCUUUGCACUUCAUGUGGUACCUGCAGGGUUUAAUAGUCAUACCUUCAACCAAGGCAGGCAUUUUAGAUACUGCCUCAAAAUGCAAAUGACCAAAUUUUCGAUGAAAAUCGUGAAUACAUUCUGCAUGCAAACUUUUGUUAGAACCUGCAAUGCAACAAGUGUCAUCCUGCACCACAUCAUCAUAAUACAAAACAAACAAAUGAUCAACAUAUUCUGCAUGCAAUACAUAAUCAUUUUUCUUUGUGAUGAUGCACUUCUUGUUCUUGAAGGAAACGUCAAUGUUCCGCUCAUUCAGCUGUCCAACGCUGAGCAGAUUAUGUUUGGCGUCUGGCACGUAAAGCACAUUCUGUAUCGAUAAGUCCAAACUGUGAAGAACAACAGUUCCGUAGCCUUUACUGGGAAUAGUGUGGUCAUCCGCCUGGUGAAUCGCACCUUCCUGCGGUGUAAAAGACACAAACAGUUUCUUAUCGUUGCACAUGUGGUGGGUGGCCGCUGAAUCAACAACGAAGAAAGAUCUAGACGUCUUCUGGACCUCUGCAACCUUUGGAGUGAAGCGUGAAACCAUAGCCUUGUGCUGCGUUGUCCUGGACACCGGACCUUUGCCUUUGCCUCGGCCUUUUCCGCGCGAUGAGCUUCGCUGCGCUGCUCUGUCUUGGCCCUGGGAUGUCUGCAUUCCCUCUUCAUAUGGCCUAGACGUCCACAUGAGUAGCAUUUCACUGCCUUCAAAGCUUUGGCGCCAUCUGGUGGUUCCACUGCACUAUGGGAUGACGUCUGUGAAGACUCCCCUUGCCCAUGCAGCUAGCACCCCGGCGAUCUGCUUCAUUUAAAAUCACGGCAGUAACAAAGUCCACUGUCAGCUGAGCAGUUGGUUGCACAGCAAUCUGGGUUGCAACAGACUCCCAACCUGAACCCAAAGAUUGUAGUAUCAUGAAAGAAUACACAGCCUCUGGAAAGUUGAGUCCUCUCUGUUGCAGCUCAUGUCUCAGAUUUUGCAUCUCCAUUAGAUGUAAACGUACAUCUCCACCUUCAGCAAGAGCCAUAUUAUGCAGCUUGUUAAAAUAAAACAUAGUGGAUCCAGCUUCUGUCCUUAAGUGAGCCUCUCUCAGAGCGUCCCAAAUUUCUCUGGCUGAGGUCUUAUCACGCAAUAGACAGAGCUCUUCUGGGGAUACUAUCAAUGUAAGAGUUCCCCUUGCUUUGGAAUCCUUAGCUUCCCAUGCAUCUGUAACUGGAACUGGGGGGGUUCCUGUAAUCACUUCAAACAAACCCUCUUUCCGCAGAAUUGCCUCUGCAUACUGAACCCAGUCGCUGUAAUUUUUCUUGUUGAGCUUAGGAAUCCCACAAGCAUCCUGAAGGGCCAUCAUGACUCUGGCAUUAGCCUUCAGCGUCAUAUGCUGCUUUAAAUCUUGCUGCGUCACUGCUGCAGCUGCCUUAUCCAAAAGCGCACUUAAAAGUUACUUUCGAUUUCCCCAGCAUAGUGACUUUUGCCUGGGAGCCUUUUGCCUAUUCCCGGCAAAACCGGCUUUAAAAGUUCAAAGUCCAGCCAUAAAGCCAUUAAUUUGAAGCUGGCAGGCUGCCCGGAGCAGUAGCACAUACCUCAUCAAUCACUUCUACGCGCAGAGCAGAUUCCUUUCCGAUCCGUCCCUCUGCAUUCCGAUCCUUUGCCGGCACUCCGAUUCGACCUCUGGAGUCCAUAACCACGUGUUGAUUUAAAGCAGAGUCUCUGGUGCCCAGCGGAAGGAUGAAGAAUACGUGCUACAUACUCUAUAUUGCUUUAUUUACACUUCAAAGCUGGUAUAUUACAGAAAGACAUCUUGCCUCUGCAGGAGCAGAGAAAUGCAUCCUCUCUCCUCAACAGCUCGGAGAGAAUCACACAGUGAAAAACAGGAAACCAGUGUACGUCACAUCCAGUCUCCCUUUCCCGUGAGAAACUCCAACAGUACAGACUGUGGAAUGUAAAACAAUGUCUUGUGACUGCAGUUGCUGCUCAGUGAGGGAAAUCAGAAACCAACACUGCGGUCAUCUGCUCCAGGCUUCUUGCAGCUGUCUAAACUCACGUUCCGAUUUCCCCUUCCCUCCUUCCACAUCGGUUCUGUCGUGCAUUAUGCCUUGAAGGCCUGCAUUGGCACAGGAAGCACAGCCGAGAGAGCCAAAAACCUGCCAUUCUCCUCACUUGGGCUUUUUCUAGGAAUGCAGAUUUCAUUAAAGAGCACAGCCAAUUAUGUGAAAGUGAAAACUACACUGCCGCUUCCUUCACCCCUCAUAAGCCUUGUGAGUUUGAAUGGGUGCCAGCGAGGCAGAUGGAGUAAGUUACAUUGGUACCAGUCCCUAGGAAGGAGGAAAAGAGGCCCUGCUAUUGAUCCGUGCAAAAUAUGUUGCCAUUUCAACAUGGCAAGAUGUGGGAGGUGUGAGGGAGUCUUUGCUCCUUCUCUUGCAUCGGUUCAAUUUAAAAGUGAGCAUGCAAAAAAAAACAACAACCACAGAGCGGAAGAAUUCAGUCUCUUUACUGAAGCAAAGAGAACUGAUUUGUGUUGAAGCACGCAUAUAUUGGCACCCAAAGCAGUGCUGGCACACCCACCCCCAAAACUGGGGAGCCUUUUUCAGCUCAAGGGCCAUGUUCUCCUCAUGGGCAACUUUCUGGGGGCCACACAUCAGUGGCGGGUAUGGCAGAAGUAGGUGUGCUCUCUCUCCCCCCCCCCCCAUAUUUCAUCAAGGCAAGUGAGAGUAGUUAUCACAGAUCAAGGACACAUCCAGCCAAGUAAAAUCACCAGCAGAGGCCACAAAGCAAGGCCAGGGAAGGCUGUGGCUCAGGUGUGUGUGGCCUAAGCAGUCUCAUGGGCCUGAGAUUCUUCCACUCCUGUAGUGGAUUAUCUUGAUGAAUUCUGAGCUAAUUUUUGUAAUUGUGGGCUCAUUACGCUGGCUCCAAAAACCUACAAAACUGCAGCACGAUGCAGUAAAACAAUAGGACCCCCCCAAACAUGGAAGUCACAGUAAUCACUAUUAUUAUAUAUUAAAUUUUUAUACCGCCCUUUAUCUGUAGAUCUCAGGGCAGUUCACAACAUAAUGUCUGGGCUGCUGCAUAAGCAGGUCAGCACUGCUGUGCUCUCAGUCUUGCCUGUGCUCGAUGUUCUAGGUCAAUAGGCCACAACGACUGAGUGGCCCCCGAAUAAGGAGUCCCAGACUUCAGGCAGUGUUCUGUUGCCUGCACUGGUGUAAAUCCAUGUAGUUCCUCUUCACAGAAGUUGCUCCAGAACUGUAUGGAGUGCGCCUUUCAUUUUUCCCUUCGAGGCUGGUUGAUAUUUUGUGGGUUGGUAGGGGGAGAGGUCUUCCCUGUGCAACAUGAAUUUACCCAUGGAAAUCCUCUUGAUUUUGCAUUUUAAAUAUCUGGCGCCUGCCUUUUUAAGUGAACUGAUGUAUUGCACACUUCCUGGUCUAAUCAGAGAGCAUAAUAAUAUUUUGGAUGUUUCAAUUCUUUGAAAUUUAUGAUACAGAACAUGGGCUUAAAAAUGUACCAUAUGCAUUAAAAUACACAUUUUCUGAUUAAAUAUGUUUAGAGAUGCAUAAACAUAUUGAGUAAAAUAUGUACUAAAUAUUAUUUUGUAUUAAAAUGCAUAUUUAAAUAUGUGUGCCAUAUUUUUAUUUUUUUAAUCACAGAAUGGGUUGAAAGCAGAAUGUAGCAGUAUUAUGGUUAAACACAUGUAAAAUUGAUACGGAAUUGCAUCUGAUGUUAGUCAUACCCAGAGAAAUGGACCUAUGUUGGUCAUGGCCAUUAAUUUCAAUUGGUCUCCUUGUGACUAUGGCUAACAUUGGAAGCAGCAGAUUGGCUGUAAAUAGAUGGAUACCACCAUCAUUAUUAUGACCUUUAUCAAUACAUUUUUGGAAUGAUUUUAUUUUCUUUUUUUUAGUGCAAAACUGCCCUGGAGAGUAGAGGGUGGCAACAUCUCAGGCUCUUGCCUGUCAGUGCUGCCCACAGGCUGCUUCUGCUGCAGCCUUGCAGAAUUGCGCCUUUGUUUUCAGAACUCAACCAUGGAGAGGAAAGAUAUAUGUCUGGACUAAACAUAGCAAGAGUGCUUUCAGAUUGCCCCCAACACCCUAAAAAUGUUCCACCUGUCUUCACUGUUACUUUUCAACAAAAACUGUACUACUGUCUAAAAGUUGAUCGGCUCGUUGAUCUAAACUCGUUGAUCGGCUCACUUGUUCAACCUAAUUCUUUAUUUGCAGAUCGACAGGACAGAAACAGCUGUGAACAACCUCAAUCCAGCCUUCUCCAAGAAGUUUGUCAUAGAUUAUCGCUUUGAGGAGGUUCAGAAGCUGAAAUUUGCCUUGUUUGACCAAGACAAGUCAAGCAUGCAGCUGUACGAACAUGACUUCUUGGGAGAAUUUUCCUGCACCCUGGGAACAGUGAGUGUUACUACCUGCUUAGUGGAGUCCCUAAGUUUCUGCUUCCAAAGCAUUGCCGGUCAUUGGCAAAUUGUUGCUAGUUCUUCAGGCAGUGAAAUAGAUUAGAAGGCAGGACGAACAGGAGCAUAAGCAGGACCCUCCUGAAUUAGAUCAUAGCUCUGUCCCCUUUCCAGCUGUUAUGCUUUUGGAAAGCCCGCAGCAAGACGUUAAAGGUAACAGCGCUCCACUGUUGCUUAUUCCCAUCUAUUCUAGUUUACCACCAUGGUAUGUGAAGGUCCUGUUUCACUAUCAAGCCUAUUCUCCAUUUAAUAGACCAAUCAUUCGUGCACUGAUUUAUCUAAUGCUUUAAAAAAAACCUCACCUAAGCCGGUGGCCAUUACAACAUCUCGUUGCUUAAAUUACGUGCUCUGUAGAGCAGUGCCAGUCUUUGUUUACCAUGCCAAUAUCUGAACCCCUGGGUGACCCCCUCCCAAAAAAAGCCUCUGUAGGCAUCUUCCAAACAUUUCCCCAAACAUUUAUGAGAUUGCCUUUCAGAUAUAGGCAACCUCACAAAGCAAUUUACACUUAACAUUACAGCAAAACAUCAGGGCAGCUUUGAAACAAUGUGGUUAGACUAAAGAACUGAGAAUUAGGAUGGUGGGGGGAAAUCUGCACCACAGAAAAUGUGAAGAAUUUGCCAGCCUUGCAUAACCAUGGGAAGAAUUGCAUUUCAGGAACAAAUGUCCCAAGUACCAUAAAGAAGCCAUUUUGGGGUGACUGUGGUUCCUUGCUCUCAGUCAUCUCUUGGAUCCUCUUUCUUUUCUUCUUCUUCUUUCUCUCCUCUAGAUGAAGAUUCUUUCCAUCACCUGCUCCAGUUAAAGCUAGUGAUGCAAAGGGAGACUGGCACUCACAACAGGCCCCACUUUGAGUGCAGAUCCCAGCUGGCUUUCUGUGAGCCCCACUCAGCCCCUCAGUACUUAGCAGUCUUCUCCUGAGCCCAACUUUUUAUCCAAAGGCAAGAGCAGCCCAUGAAUAGCCUUGGGAAGGAGCUGCCUGAAUGGCAUCUGAGAAUGCCAUUCUCUCUCUCUUUAAUUUCACUUUUACGUCAGGCUUCUGCUAGCUUAGUUCGGCUAGACUCUUGCAAUGCACCUGAUGAACCCUGUGGUCAGAUUGAAUGGAAAGACUCCUUCUUUUUGUCACCCCCUAGCAACCUCGUUGGCCACGUAAACUUGAAAACCAAGGAGAUAAAUCCCUUGGUUUUAGGCAUGAGGUGCAUGCAUGCUGAGAUCAGGAACACAAGUCAGAUCCGCCUGCUGAGCCGCUCUCUGCAAAUGCCCUCUCCUGUUGUGCUUCCGUCUCUUUCUCUCCUCAGCAGCGCUGAGUGUUUUCCGCAGGUCCAAGGCAGGAUGUGAGCAAAUAUGAAAUGUCACCAUUCAGCACGUUGUGCAAGUGCAUGUUUGAACAGGGAUCUUAACUCUGUCCAGUAUUGGGUUUUUGGUUUUAGUUUGUUUUGGGGUGAAGAUUUUUUAUUUCAUUUUAUAAUAUAUAUAAAAUAGAGAGAACAAUUAUAACAACAGAUGGAAAUUAAAAUAGGAAAAACAAACUAUAAAAUAGGCACGUAGAAUGAGUACAGUCACACAUGAGUUAUAAGUCCAAGUAGAGGAUAUUAGCGUUAUCUGAUUAUCAGCUAUCAUUCCAGAUCUGUCCAGGCCUGUGACAAGGGUUGCCUUGAAAAUGAUGGCUCUGUUGUAUAUGUAAAAAGGAAUGCCAAAUCAUAUAAAACGUAUCUGGAGCUUCUAGUCCUUGUCAGAAUCUCAAAUUAUGCAUCAUUUUCUCCAUUUUGGCUAGAUUCCAGAAUGAGUGGUACCAAGGGCCCAGUGUAAGGUUUUGGGCUGUUUUCCAAUGAGUUUGCAAUUAAUGUUCCAAAUGCCAAGAUAAUAAAUGAGGCCGAUUCUUUUGGCAAGUUGGCAUCAUCAAAAACAUUAAUUUUGGGCAACAAACAAUAGUUUCUUUAGUAAUUUGUCAAAAUUAGUAUCUGUCAAAAUUAAAUCCCUCAAAUCUUGCAACAACUUAGCAUUGCCACCAUAAAUAAUAAUGACUACAUCCAGGAUUGUACUCUGUCGGAUCAUUGCUACAGGCCUCCCUUUGUUUUCUGUUCUUCUCCCUUAGAUUGUCUCAAGCAAGAAGAUGACAAGAGCACUCCUCCUGGGGAACGGAAAGCCAGCUGGAAAAGGAAUGAUAAUGGUAUGGGGCACAUGAAAGCAGUGGUAUCAAGAGGGCGGGGACUUGGAUUCUGAACUUAAAUCCCAGUUCUGCAUUUGGGAUAUAGCUGGAAUCCUUUUUAAGCCCUUGGUUUUUUAGUGACUGCUGUGGGAGCCACCCUGGCUGGUCACUUCACUCCCCAAGAUCUACACACUCCCCCCAAAAAAGGAAAACACACACAAAGUGUACUUUUCUAAGGAACUGGAGUAAAAGGUUGCUCCAGUAGAAUUGAUCUGAGCCCUGAAAAGAACAUAGAACUGAAAGAAGUGGGAAAUGGAGCCACUCUUCCAGAUUCCUUCUUCAGCUCUUUAUACUUUUCAAGAGAGAGAAAAAGUUAACCACCCUCUCAUUUAAAACAGAUUCCUCUUCCAUCCCUCUGUUUUGCCUUAUUUUUUAUUAGAAGAGCAAAAAUAACAACCAAAGGGACCAGAGCAGCCGAACUUCCAAGUCCCGAUUCAUUCAUUUCCAUAGCAAAGCUUAAGCAGAAAUUUCAGUGCGUGCUUAAACCUCUCACCCUGGAAACAAAGCUUCACUUGGACUGGGUGGCAUCCAGGUUUAAAAAAAUGUUCAGACUUAUGUCCAUAUGAAACCAUUUGCAUCAAAAUGCAUAUGCCAUGCACUCCUUUAUUUCUUCUGCAAAUUUGUGCGCAAUCUGCAAACCCAUAAGUGGCAUGCAAGAUAAAUCGGGAUAAAAGGUUUGGUUUAUGGGGAUGAGUAGUGUUAGUGGUAAGAGGAACAGGGCUUACUACUUAGCAACAGGUUUCUUAGCAACAGUUUUUCCUCUCUUGCACACUUGUGCACACAGAGCAAUGCCUUUCCCAUUGUAGACAUGUCUGGCUAGUUUUGCAAAUGAAAGGAAGUGAUAUUGGCUUGCAUUAAAAGCGCGCACACACCGCCCUCCAAUCCUACUCAUCUAUAAUUAUCAAUUGGGAUGAACUGUUUGCUGCACCCUUGGUGCCUAUACAUCAUCAUGAUAUAUCAAAUGCACCAUGAGCCAUGCUGUGCAUAUUAGCUCACUGGUCCUUACGUUGCAGCCUUGGGUUCACCGAUGCUGCUUCCAGCUAUGCUUUCAAUGCCUUCAACCACUGUAAACCCACUACAUAUUGGUGUGUGUGUGUGUGUGUGUGGUUGCGUCUGAAGCCAAAACUGAGUAUAGUCAAAACCCAUUUGGUUCAAUGGCAAGUGGAUUUGCCAAAGUCAUUUUUCCUGGAACCAUUUUUCCCUUUCCACCCACUUUCUGCCCCCUUUUAAUUUUUUUAAAAAAAUAUUUUGCCACAUGCGGAAAGUUGAAUGUGCAGAAGUUGUGGACUUAUUAUAUGAUUCCAUAUUGGAAACAGGAGAGAGAAAUGGCAAAGAGCCAGAGGUGUUUUUGAAGGGUUUUUUCCAACUUACAUUUUAAAUGUAACCUGACAAGUAGCUCCCUCUACAAUAGAAACCCACAAAUUCUGUGCAUGUUUCUUAUCCCAGGAACCUUGUUCCUGCUGAGCAAAGUUGAAUCUAAAGUGAACAAUGGUGUUGCUUGAAUUGCCUUCACUGCAGUAAUCUUGGUGUAUUGUCACCAGCUUGCUGAGAUGUGUGGGCAGAGGAGGCUGGUCUAUGAUGUCAAAUGGGGAAUUGCCCUAAACCACCUCAGUCUGCCCACAGCCAGUCUCUGGAUACCUGCCUUCUUCCUUACAAUCAGUCCAAGCUGGAGCUAAACAAGAACAAUCACACAAAUUGCCCAUGAAUAUAUGGGAGAACAUAAGAAGGUGCCUUCUACCAAAUCAGACCAUUGGUCCAUCAGUACUGUUCACGGUGACUGGCACUGGUUCUCUGGGGUCGCAGACAGAUGCUUCUCCUAACCUUACCUGGGGGAUGCAAAGGGGUCAACUUGGGACCUUCUGCAUGCAAAACAGAUGCUCUGUCACUGAGGAUUCUCUAGCUGUGAUUCCUGCAUUGCAGGGGAUCAGUCUAGAUGACCCUUGGGGUCCCUUCCAGUUCCACAGUUCUAUGAUUUCAUGCAUGUUGACCAAGAAGGCACUCACCAGAGAAUAUUUUCAUCUUGAAAUGGAAACAGCAGGAUGCUCAGUUGUUGUGUUUCCUGAGCUUUGAUGUAUGCAAUUGUGCAUACAUUUUUCUAGUGCAGGAGAGAAGGAAGAGCUUGGAUAGGAUUGGCCAAGCACACUUCGUUGCUUAAGGCAAAGGGCAAGAUCACACACACAAACACAUUCCACACACAAAAGCUAACUGGGCUAGCAUUUGACUCUUAUUUCAGCACUGGUGAUGGGACAGCGUCCAAGUGAGGACAGCAGGUUAGUUCAAGAGGGUGCAUACGGUCCACACAACCUCUGCCUUCCAAGCCCUCACUGCCACUCAGGAUGUGCCACCUGAGGCAGCUGUCGCACUCAGUCCAAUGGUAAGGCUGGCCCUGAGUUUGGCUGCUGAAUCCCUGCAUGGCAAAAAUUGUGAGCAGCAAUCCACAUAAUUAAGGCCCCAUUAAUAUUGUCUGCCCAACAGAGAUAGGAAAACAGACAUCGUCCAGCUCCUUCAAAUUAAAACAGCCAGAUGGACCGUCAUUAAAAUGGAGAAAAAAUAAAAAUAUCGCUAUUUCCUGUGUUACAGGCUGCUUUAAGCAUACUCAUUGAUGUGGGUGGUUCCUCCCGCCCCCCCAACCAUAGGAACAAAUAUAUAUAUAUUUACAUAGCUUGGCAAAAUAGUUAUUGGAGGAGAUGUUGGACUAAAUGGGCUACUAGCCUGAUCCAGCAGGCUCAUCUUAUGUUCUUAGGAGCAUUUGGCCAUGCAGCUCCCACUGGUGUGGAUGGGGUACAUUGGAUAUCUGUACAUAAAACUCAGAAAUAUCUAAAAGAUGCCACACCAGCCCAGAUUAUGAUUAAAGUGGAGUAAGAAGGAAAAGGUAUUGGCAGCAGGCUUCCGUGUGGAGGCACCCUCCAGCCCAGCACCCUGGAGAGAGAUCUCUAAGGACUUCCUAAUUGUGAGACAUUGACGCCCAUUGAUAAAAUGUCUACCAGCUAUCCUGGCCCCUGAGUCAGGAGCCUGUGGCCCUGCAGAUGUUGAUGGACUGCAACUCCCUUCAGCCUCAGCCAGCGGUCAGCAAUGGUAGGAGCUAUAGUCCAACAAUAUCUGGAGGUCAUCAAGUUGGAGAAGGCUGUUCCUAGCACUCAAAACUGCCGUGGAGAAAGAGGUUGAGCUCAGGGCUUGCCUUUUCAGUUUGAUGGGCUGGUGACAGCAGCUGCUUUAUGAUGCAAAUUGCAGUCUCCUCUGAUUUGGCUGCACCAUGGUGGGCUAUCACCUCCCUCUGCUGAUCAGGUGUGCUUGAUUUUAAUGCCAUGGGAUCUGCUGAAAGCAUCUUCAUCUGUGCUUGCCCUCCCCAUGCACUCAGCCAGUCACCAAUCAAGCAGGAAAUCUAUGCAAGGAAACUGACAGUGGAUUUAGAGAGGGGAACGGUGUAACUUGAACACUCCGUGUUCAAAACUGGCUGCUCGCAGGGCUGUUGUGAGGAUAAAACAGGCAGGAAGAAAACUAUGCAAACCAUUUUGAGCUCCUUGGGAAAGGUGGGAUAUAAAUGCAAUGAACGAAUAAAUAAAAUUGUUUUAAAUGGUGCUUUGUGAGGAAUUAAAAGGACAGGCCUCCAAGGGGCAUACUAACUAGACACAGACCCAAUAUCUGUACCAGGCAGACUAGAUUUUACAGGAAAUGUGAGGGGCUUUUUUUAAAAAAAGCAGGGAAACAGCUGAGACCUACACAGAAGGCAGGAGGAUGCAGCUGGGUCCCAUUGGGCUGGUGGGCUGUGCCAGGAGAAAAGGUGGAGUGGGGGGGGGGAGGUUUAACCGUUUGAGGGCAGCAAAAUGGCAAACUCCCUGGAGAUGCUCCAUGCUGGAAUGAGGCAGUGGGGCUGACCGACUGCCAGCACGUGUAGGUGGCUCGAGUUGUGCAUGAAGCAAGCGUCGCCGAGGCCAGCCGGAUGAGGCUGGGAAGGCAGCCCCCUCCUCCUCCAGUGCAGGAUGCGCUUUCUGUGCUGGCAGCCGCUUGCCUCUGCUCAGAGGGAGCUGUCUUCCUCCCACAGAAUGAGAAACAUAGUCUUUCUUUCUCUGUGCUGGGGGAGAAGGGGAGCCUGAGGCCUGAAUGUGGGCCCUCCUGGCCUUAGGGGAGGCUCUUCCUCAGGCACUGCCCCUUCUCCCCAGCCCUGCCCUGCCCUCUUCCUGAGUGCUUUUGCCCAGCUGGACUGUGUGCUUGAUCUGGGGAUGAUGCUUCUUGCCUGCCUGGAUGGAGAACGUACGUGUGUGUGUGUGUGUGUGUGUGUGUGUUUUCUCACAUAGAAACCUGCGAAUUUUGUGUGUCUGGAACACAGAGCCGCAGCUAUUUCUCUUCCCAUUCUUGCCACUUCCAUAAACCUGGAAGAGGAAAGUGACACUCUUUCCCACUUUCCUCUCUUGACUUCAUGUGCUUUUCCAAGGUGCUUUUCCUACACUGCAGGGGAUUGGACUCCAUGUCCCUUGGGGUCCCUUCCAACUCUACAACUCUGCGAUUCUAUUAUCUCAAUUUUUUUCACUUUGCGGUUGGACCUGUGUUUUUAGAAUUCUGUGCUCUAGCCUAGGCUAAAUCUACUGAAUUCCUGGACCAGAAAUGCCAGUGAUGGAAGCUAUAAUCCAGAACAUGUGGAGGGCACCUGGUUUGAUGAAAUCCAUGUUGCUGGGCCCUCAGCCCUUAUUCAGUUGAAAAUAAGGCUCCUGUGUGGAAAAAUAAAAAUGCUGGACUCAACCUCUGUUCUGGCUGCAAGCACUGACAUCCAGCCAUUGUGCUCAGGAGGAGAGAGAGAGAGAAAGAGUAUGAAGAACAUUUGCAAAAAAGAAAAAGAAAAAGCAGCCUUGGCAUCUUCUUCUCUUCCACCCACAGUGCCUGGAACCGCCUCUCACUCCUAUGUUCCUUUCAGCACCUAUUCAUGCAAAAUAAACCCCAAAGCAGAGCAGCCGCAGGGAGGCCAGUGACAGACGUCUCUCAGCACCAGGCUCUGAGACAGGGAUCCCCACUCGUCGCACAUGGGCACCCUAUUGCUCAGAUUAGCAGAGCUGCUGGCUGGAGGAUGGAACUGCAGGCAGUUCAAACCAGGAUGCUCAACACUAGAUCACGGUCCCAGGAAUCUGGUGACUCUGGAAAGCCAGUCCCAUGCCAUCGACAGCAAGGCAGUUGGGCAACCUUGUUGCUCAACUUCAAAGCAACGUACAUUUGGAUUUUUGAGCAAGUGCUGUGGUCACUUCUCUGCUGGCUCUCCUGAAUCAGCCUGCCAAAGAUGCAGAAAGCACACACACACACUGCGCUUUCCCAAGAGAUAGGGGUAAAAGCUGGACCGCAUAGAAUCAUAGAAUUGCAACUAUAGAAUCCUUGACAGAUGGCCAUCCAAUCCCCAUUUAAAAACCUCCAAUGAAGGAGAGUCCUCCACCUUCUGAGGGAGUCUUUUCCAUUGCCAAACAGCUCUUACUGAUGGAAGGACGUUCCUAAUGUUUAGUCGGAAUCCCCUUUCUUGCCAUUUGAAUCCAUUUGUUGGGGUCCUACCCUUUGAAGCAGCAGAAAACAAGCUUGCUCCAUCUUCCAUGAGACAGCUCUUUAGAUAUUUGAAGUUGACCAUCACAUCACUGCUCAGUCUUCUCUUCUCCAGGCUUAACAUCCCCAUCUCCCUCAGCCGUUCCUCAAAGGAAACUUUGAGGUCCUUGAUCAUCUUGGUCACCUGCUCUGCAUGCAUCCGUAGAAGACCAAGUUAAGAUUUAAGGAGUCUGUAGACUUAGUCCUAUCAUAUACUCCGGCCCCGUGCAGCUUUGCUUUUUCACUUCGGGGCCUGCAUCCGCAUGACACUAAUGAGGAAAGAAGAGGCGCAAUUAACCAACUCGCCUUGUGCUCUCUCCACCAACAAAGGCUCUUUCUGACUCACUGCUUUUUAUUCAGAUCAUGCUGGAGAGUAAACAGCAGCCCAAAGGGAAGAGCUAUUUCCAGUUGUGGUCAAUGUCAUUUCCCCCCCUAAGCAAGAUCUGAGUGGGGGGACCAGAGGAGAGACACCCCCACUGACAUGAGCAGCUGCAGGGGGGGGAGCAGUUGCCCCUCCUUGGAUAAUCACCAGGUCCCCAGUUUUCUUUCUUUCUUUUUUAAAAGUGCAUUUCUAACAUUUGUAGACCCUAAGGAAGCAAAAUGUGCAAGCACUGUUUUCUUUCUCUCUUUUUUCAGAAUCUACCCUCCAGAUGUUUUGGACAAUAGUUGGCAUCAGCCUUUGCCAGCAUGGCCAAUGGUUAGGGCUGAUGGGAAUUCUAAUACAAAAUGUCUGCAAGGCACCAGUUUGUUCUGUUCCAUUUCUCCUGCCUUCCAGUUUUCCAGGGUUUUUCUGCAACAGUCUGUCAGCAUUCUGUGGACACUGAGCAAACUCACUCCACCUUAGGCUGUUCUUGGAUUCCCAACCCCCCAAAAGUAUUUCCCCCCCCCCUUUCAAAUAAAAGAGAUUUUAGCUUUGGUUCCCUCAAUCCUGUCAGAUACCUCUCUGCUCUGUAUGGCUGUUGUUGUUUUGGCUACAUAGGCGGCAGCAGCACUCACACCUGAACAUUGGGAGUAGAUGGAAUGAUUAUUUAAUUAAAGCAUUUCCACACUGCUCUUCAGCCAGAAAAAAAGACUCUCAGAGCAGCUUGCAAAUUCCAGUGAUAAGACAGUCCUUAUCCUCAGAUUUAGAACCUAAAACAUAUGACACAAAAAGAAAAGGGAUUGGGAGGGAGGAGGGAGGAGGAAAGAAAAAAAAACUCAGGCAUGAUUUCUUGGUUACAAAAAUCCUAUGAUGAGCAGCUGGAAUGGGGGAAAAUAUAAGGAACAGAAGAGCCAAAGUGUGCUGGUGUUUCAGCAGAGCAAAUGAAAUUCUGCCAUCCCAUCCCUCUCCCUUCCCUGUAGCUGUGUUUUUCCACAAGCUAUGUUUUUCUUCAUCUUUGGGGGCUCGAACAUCUAAUGUGUGAAGAAUGACUGGAAUUUUCUCUUGUCUUCCAGAUAGCAGCUCAAGAGCUGUCGGACAACCGUGUGAUCACUCUUAGCAUGGCAGGCAGGAAGCUGGAUAAAAAGGUGUGUGUUUGGGGUCCUGCUUCUCCCCACCCCCCCAAAAAAAAAUUCAUAUGGAUGCAACAUGUAGCCAGUUAGGUGAUGCUACAAAUGCUUGUUUUGACAUUGCACUGCACAGUGUUGAAUGCAAGGCAGGAGCCCGGUCCUCCAGCGUUGUGCAGCAGAGACCACGCACAGACACGAAAGGGCUUUUCAACCAAUGCUGAACAGUUGGCAACUGUGCUUGGGAUGCAGUAGAGGUAGAGGAAAGGAGUGUAGGAGCCAGCAAUUUUAAUAAGGCACACAAAUUCUCUCCUUUCCCAGACCUGUUCAUUUGCCUUCUAACAGUCUACCCUGCCUGCAUACCAUGAGGUCUAGAAACUUGCCAAAGGAAAUGGAAGCAAAGAGUCUCAAAUAGGCUUUUCCUUUCUCUUGGAGGGCACAAAUCCUCCUUUAGUUGAUUAGCUCUGGUUCCUACCCAGCUCUCCUUUCAGUUGCCAGAAACAGCCUUUUAUUUUCCUGAGCUUUACAGAUACAACUUUAAUCCUGCCGGCUGUUUUAUGUUGCUGGUAUGAUUUCAUAGCUUUUAUUGUACAUUUUUUUUAAAAAAGUAUUUGCUUUUUAGGGUUUUAUUUUUGUAAGCCUCCCUCAGAUUGUGAGUGAAGGAUGAUAUAAAAAAGACUUUGAAUUAAUGCAUAAACGAAAUAAUCGGUCCCUGUACCAAUAGAGAUUCACACCCUGCAUGGACUUCUGAGAAACCCCUGUGCAUCUAUAAAUAAAGUAUGUAAACGGACUGAAAACAGGCAGCCCUUGAAGAGGCAAAGCUCUGAAAGGCCUGUUGAAAGAGAGAGAGAGAGCCCUAGAACUCUGAGGAGAGACAGUUUGUUUUCAGGGUGGUGCAAGUCAAGGUCGAUGGCUCCUUCCAUAAGCGUACUGCCUGGUGCUUUUUUUGAUCUGCAUUGCAUAUUUUUUCCCUCUGAGAUGCCUCUGCUCUUCCUGUAUUCCCCCACCCUCUAGUUCCCUAGGAUUUAUCUUGUGAAUGCUCAUCGGUUCAAGAACACAUCUCCAACUGAAGGCUGCCUGGGAUGGCAUUGCAGUUUCCCACAGACAAUAGUAGUAAAAGUAGCAAAAGAAAAGGUUUUAAUAGACCCUCUUGCCUGCUGCUCUUCUGUUCCUGACUGCAGCCUCCAUUGCUGCUUUUCAGCAGCUUAAACUCUAAGAGAUUAGUCAUGUCCUCUCUAGUAUCAUUUAGUUUGGGCCAUGGCUGUUGGGGAGCCCUUUAAACUCUUGGACUGGUUCCAAGAGUUGGCCUAGUUGGGGAUCUGCUGGGGUGUGUCCACACACCAGUUGGGGAGCCCACUGACGAAACACGCGACAGUGAGGAGGUAGAGGGUGCAAGUCCAACCGCUACAGUCCCCGGCAACCCUGCCAAAGUUGUUGAGGAUUUGCAUUUCGGCGUGAGCACCAAGAGACCGUUUCGAGCCAAUAAUAUUUGUUGCUUUGGGGAAAUCAGACCAUCUGUGGAUGCUACUGUUUACCCUGUGCUUAGAUGUUUUAAGAUUUACAGGCAUUCAUUUCUUAUUCAUUCAAAUUGUAGCACUGGGAGGACCCUGCAAGACACAUUGGGUGCCUCUGAUUUAUAGCCUAAGGGGAAAGACUUCCUCUCUCCUCCUAAUUCUACAUUACCUGGUGCUGAUUUGAGGCAGCUGAGCUGGGGUAAUUGUAUAACCGUUGUGAUUAUUUUCCCCUCUUUCAUCCCCCUUGCAGGACUUGUUUGGAAAAUCAGACCCAUUUUUAGAGUUUUAUAAACCAGGAGACGAUGGGAAAUGGAUGCUAGUCCAUAGGACAGAGGUAAGCAGGGUCAUCUGUUAGCAUCAAUGAACUCCCCCUUUGAGAGAUGCAAAUAUCAGUGUUUUGCAGCAAGAUCACAUGCUGUCCAUGUCCCAUGCUGCCAAGGACCAGAUAUUUUGGGUGAUGUUUUUGAAUAAAGUGAAGCUGAGGUGUCCCCAAACACCUCAAAAACCUUGAGUGGGUGUGUCUGUGUUGCAAGGGAUAACAACUGGCUUUUGUGAGUUUGAAAAGCAGUUUCAAGGCAGAACUGGGGAACUAUUAUCAACCAGAGGUCCACAUUCUCUUCUGGGCAACAUUCUGAGGGCCAUGUGCCAGAGGUGGGUGGGACCAGAGACAAAAAUAAGUGGAAGAUAGAAUGUAAAUGUUGUAUACUGUAGCCUAGUUUCUGCACACAAACACACUUCAGCCCUUGAUAUGGACUAGCAUCCAGUUCAAGGGCACCUUCCAGCCCAGAAAAAUUAUGUGGGGUACAGAGCAGGGCUGGUGGGGGAUGUGGCUGGGGUGACUUCUGAGGGCCAGAUAGGGAGGUUUGGAUAGCCGCAUUUGGCCCCUAGCUUGAGGUUCCCAUCCCCAAUGCAGAAUGAGUUGCAUUGCAAAGGCAAAAAUCAAUAUGGCCCAAGAAGAAUUAUGCAGUGCUCUUUAUACUGCAACGAUUACGUCUAAAUGGAGAGAAUGGGGACUCUUUGCACUGGCUUUUGGUAACUGUGUCCAGGUAGUUAUCUUGACUGUUUAAAAAAAACACUAUACCACUAAAACAUCAGCAAUCAGUUCCAGGGGUGCCUCUCCAGUUUUGGGAGCUGCUGGAAAAGGCAUAAAUCAUAAAUGUUUUUGGAGUUUUUUGGUGAGAACUGGAGGUCUUGUCCCCCCAUGGCCUAGCAGGACAGACUCCAUGGGCUUCAGACCUUACAGCUGAACUGCUAUUGUCAUUAGUAUUAACAUUCCUGGCUGAAUCCCUCUAGAGACUUUCUAAGACACCUCUUGCUUUCAAGUGCCUUUGGGAGCAAUGAAAAAAACCUCUGUCCUCAAGUUUCAAAGUAAAUGUCUUGGGUGCUCAUUGACAGACCCAUUCAGAUACAGUGGUGCCCCGCAAGACUAAUGCCUCGCAAGACGAAAAACUCGCUAGACGAAAGAGUUUUCCGUUUUUUGAGUCGUUCCGCAAGACGAAUUUCCCUAUGGGCUUGCUUCGCAAGACGAAACGUCUUGCGAGUUUGUUUCCUUUUUCUUAAAGCCGCUAAGCCGUUAAUAGCCGCUAAGCUGCUAAGCCGUUAAUAGCCGCUAAGCCGCUAAUAGCCGGGCUUCGCAAGAUGAAAGAACCGCAAGACGAAGAGACUCGCGGAACGGAUUAAUUUCGUCUUGCGAGGCACCACUGUAUUAGUUUUUGAAUGCAGCAAAAGCCUGGUUUGCCCACCCCUAAGCAAAUUUUUCUCCCUCCAAGACUUCACUGAUGUUAGUAGUGACAAAAAGAAAAAGACCCAAAGCAGAUACAGUUCCUGUGUGUGAAAAGAGCAGGCAGAAAGCAGUUUCUUAAAAAAUAUAGCUCAGUCGGUAAACACUGAGACUCUUAAUCUCAGGGAUGUGGGUUAGAGUCCCACAUUGGGCAAAAGAUUCCUGCCUUGUAAGGGAUUGGACUGGAUGAUCCUCGGGUCCCUUCCAACUUUACAGUUCUUUGAUUCUACCCAAGCCCGAGCUUUUACAAACCACUGCCUUCCUCUUUUGCAGGCCAGAAAAGAGACAGACACUCUCCAAGGAGACAAUUAUCAAUACAUUUGUUUUCUUCUUCUGUGCCAAUCCUAAAUACAUUAUGCAGAAACCAGUGUCAUUGAUUUAUGAGUUCCUUAAUGCUGAUUUCCCUUCUUAUAUGAUCCUUGAAAUAUUAAAGAGCUCUUGGCAUGAAGGCAGAAAAUGGCUCAUUUUGGAUAUAAUGCCCCAUUUAGCAUUACAUAAGUGACCAUAAACUAGCCUUGGGUUCACAUAUUCCCUGCUCCGCCUCCCCUUCUCUGGAGGGGCCACAAGGAAGAGAUGGGAAGCUUUCACUUUCUGCAGGUUUUUGCUACAUCUGAAAUAGGGGUGGAGGAGGGAGGGAAGCGGGUCACCUUAAAGCACAGUUUCUUGACACAAGCCAGGACCAGCAUUAGAAGUGUUACACGGUGUGGGGUUCAGAAGUCCACUUUGCACCAAUGGCGGUGCAGUUGUGCAGGGAGGGACAGUGUUGUGUGGAAGAGCCCUAUCCUUCCCAGUUGAUUUGUGCUAUUGUUGACUGACACAUUGUGUGAUUUUUCUCCCAUGUUGGGUUGUAAGUGUGCAUCCUUUGAGACUCCCACACAGUGCUCCAGUGUCUGACAGUUCUGCACAGGGAAGUCUCAGUUUUACAUCACAGUUUCUCUUUGAUCCUUUCCACUCCUUUGCAGGGAAGCGUUUACAGUCAUUUUAACAUUAACACUUAAUCCGUGCUCUAACUGGCAAUGCCUUCCUCUUGACAAGAGGCCAAUCCUGCCUCACUCUUCAAUGCAAAGCCGAUCCUCUCUUACUGAUGUGAGUUCAGAGACAAGGCUACCUUUUUUUACAUCAAAAAAGCAAUUAUAUUUGUAAAUCAUUUAGGCUUUGCAGGUUGAAUGGGGAGCACGUUGCAGUCAUUGCAGGGGUAGAAAUAGGGGAAGGUAGAAUAAAUGCAUUUGUAAGUGAACCAAUUUCUGGUACACAUUUUGAAUAACCCAUGCUGGUGGGGUGGUAGUCUCCUCCACCUGAUGAGAGGCAAUAGGACAAAGCAAGGGUCCCAGGACUUGGGAGGAAGGCCCGGGAACUGCUGCUUCCCACUGGCAUCUACCACCUUGAGGCCGUUGCCUUGCUCUGCCCAAUAGUAGGGCCGGCCCUGGUGUCUAGCUUGGCCCUUGGUGUGUUGGCCUUGAUUGUGAAAUGAUCUCCCCCUGUGCUUCUCCCGUCUCUCCAAAUUGCAGGUGAUUAAAUACACGCUGGAUCCUGUGUGGAAGCCGUUCACUGUGCCUUUAAUAUCUCUGUGUGACGGAGACGUCGAAAGGCAGAUAAAGGUACCAAGAGCCCAAGUCUCCCUCUGUUUCAGUGGUUGCCAACAGUUUGGGGUGCAGGAGGGCAUUUUGGAAUUUUGAGAUAGUGCCGAAGGUACCAGUCAUAGAAUGGCUGCUUCCAGGCUUGUAAACUAGCAGAAAAUGUUAGGUCUUUUUGUUUGAAAACCUUCCUUUGUUUCCAGACAUUGUGAAGUUGGGUAUGCACAGCAUGUUCUGGUGAUUAUGAAAUCAUGGACUCCACUCCUCCACAGAGUAAUUUACAACAUUUUAAAAAUCGUUUUCUUUUUCUUUUAAGGUCUUCAAAUGGGAAUUUCUUGGAAGUUUCUGGAAAUAGCAAUAUUUGGUACCAUAACCUUCAUCUUUAUCCAUUAAUUGGAUCUGUUCCUCUGUAAUUACUAUUUCUAGACAGCAUCUCAUUAUUUCUGACACCUAGUUCUAAUUCUUGGAAAAAAAUUAACGAUCCCAUUUCCGAGAAAGAUGAGUUUCUUUGUCACAAAAAAUGUGCAGCUCAGUUUCAGGCUUCUUUAAUGGGCAGCCCAGCAAUAGGCAACAUGAGGACACCUGUUUGCUUCUUUAAAGAAAACAAAAAACCCCACUCACUGCUCUGCUUCUCCCUUUUCUCCCACCAGAUCAUAUGUCAUGAUUACGACAACGACGGAGGCCACGAUUUCAUCGGGGAGUUCCAGACUUCCGUUGCCAAGAUGUGCGAAGCCCAAGAUGCCUUUUCGGUAAGCUCUAGAGAACCACUUUGGAUGUGAAGAAUAGGAAAAUGUUCUGGCCUGAAGGCAUUGUAGCUGCAGGUAGGGCUGGGAGAGAUUCCCUGCCUGAAACCUUGCAGAACUGCUGCCACAGUGUAGACAAGACUGAGAUAGACAGACAUUACAAGGCAGAUUCCUAAAUUCACCUUGCUAAGCAGAUUUGGGGCUUGUCAGUCCCUGCAUGGGAGACCACCUGAGAAUUACAUGUUGAGUUCUGUGAUGUAAGAAACAUGGCGGGAUAUAUGUGUUGUAAUAGUAGUCAUAAGAAGAAGAAUGACAAUAGAAGAAGAAGUCUCUUUAUGCUGAGCCAUUGGUCCACCUAGCACAGUAAUGCCUUGUCUUGUAGUGGUUUUCUGAUGUGUCAGCAGAGAGUCCUCUCCUAGAAGGACCGCCUCUCCCCAUAUAAACCAACAUGGACGUUGCCUUCAUCAUCCAAGGCUGAUGGAGGUGACCUUGCUGUCUCCCUGCUCAGAGGCAGGGUGGUGGUUGUGCAGGCCUGCAACAAGGUUUCAGGAAGGGCCAUAGCGCAGCGAUGGAGCAUACAUGCGCACACAAUUUAUUUGUAUGGCGCUUUUCCAUGGUUCAAACCAUGCACAAUGCGGUUUACAGCAUGAACAAAUGUACAUCAUUACAGAUAUAACAAAAGUAGCCAUAAACAGUAAGUAAGACACAUCAAAAAGUGCACAACCAAAUAGCCAAAAAUGUCACUAAAGGCACCCCCCAACAACAACAACAACCCCUCACGGGAGUCUGUUCAGCAUCUUCAGCUUUUGCAGCUGGAGUCAAUCACAGCCCUCCCCUCCUAGGCCAGGUGGAUAAAGGCCUGCAAGGCAAGAAGCAGGUCUUCACAUGCAGAAGGCUCCAUCUCCAGGCAGAUGCCUGAAACUCUGGAAAGUCGCUGCUGCCAGUCAGUGUAGCCAGUACUGAGCUAGAUGCAAUGGUUUGACUCAGUACAGUGGUACCUCGGGUUACAAAUGCUUCAGGUUACAGACUCCGCUAACCUGGAAGUAGUACCUUGGGUUAAGAACUUUACCUCAGGAUGAGAACAGAAAUCGCACGGCGGCAGUGGGAGGCCCCAUUAGGUAAAGUGGUACCUCAGGUUAAGAACAGUUUCAGGUUAAGAACAGACCUCCGGAACGAAUUAAGUUUUUAACCCAAGGUACCACUGUACAAGGCCACUCCCCCCUUUAUUGGUUUUGUACUGCUGUCUGUGUGGAUGAGUAGCAAAAAUCCAACUGGAUCAUUAAAAAACAAAACACAACCUGUUGCUGCCUCCAUAACUCACGUUCCCCUACGCUGCUGCAUUGCCAGGGAGGUUGGACUAGACGACCCUUCGGGUCCCUUCUGGUUCUAUGAUUCCAUGAUUCUGCUUUGUCUGGAUCGAUGUGCCAUCUUCGUUCCUUUACUUGCAUUCUCUUGGUUUGUUAUUUUCAGUUCUCUCCAACCUCUCGCUCAUUAGCAAGCCUUUACGUUGACGGUCAAAGAAAGUACUUCUUUUCCACACAGUCAUUUAACUAAUGGAAUUUGCUCCCACGUGAGGUAGUGUUGGGCACCCAUGUGGAUUGUUUUAAGAGAGGAUUAAUGAAGGAGCAGGCUAUCAAUGGCCAUGUCAGUAUGCACCUGAAUAUUAGUCACUAGGACUCACAAGUGGGGUGCCCAGGCCCUGCUCGGGGCUCCCCAUCAGGGCAUCUGGUUGGCCACUGUGAGAACAGGAUUAUGGGCUCUGCUAUUAUAAUUUCUCCUACCUAUGGCACACCCAGUUAUAUAAGGGAUUGGAUGGAUGUUAAACUAAGAUGCUAAACUAAGAACAGUUUUUUUUCAAAGGCCCAAACAUUUUACCCUUUGCAGAAUGGGAGAGCCAGAUUAAAGGGUAUCCCUAGAAGUCAAGCUGGAUUUUGUAAUUCUCAGACCCUUGAAGGUCUUAUUCACUUGAUAUGUGAAUGUGAAGGGCAUGCAGAUUUCAUUUUUUUAAAAACCUACCCAUUGCUACUUUUGAAGACGGAUUUUCCGAGAUAAGUUGCUCUUCCUGUCAGAGACUCUGAUAAAUAUGCUACAUUUAGAGCAGCAAAAAUCCUCACUCCGGCACCGCAUGAUCGAUGGAAAUUCUGCUGAUUAUCAUAGGGAUGGCAGCUUUCUUCUGCGUCAGAUUGUGAUAUUUUAAAAGGUUUUUUAAAAUUUUAUUUGUAUCAGUCUCUCAAAUGUUAUUAAAUGCAUAAGGUUUGCUUAGUUGAUACCUGGCCAAAUGCUUGUAAUGGCAAGUAAUUAUAUUACAGUUUUUUUAAAAAAACACCUCAUCUGACCUGUUUAUCAACCUUGUGGGAUUUAUUCAAAUGUUUGUGAACAUUCUCAUAGCUCAGAGCAUGUUUUGCAUGGGAAAAGUGCCUUCUUCAAUCGCUGGCAGGUUCAGGCAGGGUCUAAGAAAGCCCUUAAGAGCUGCUGCCAGUCAGUGUAGACAGUACUGAGUUAGAUGGACCAAUUGUCUGUCCUGGCAUAAGGCAGCUUUUUAAAUCUCAGAGGAUGUCUAUAAAAGUUCAAUAAAGUGCCAGUUUUUCCCUAUUAUGUUCAGAGACCUUUUAUAUUGAAGGAUGUUAGAGAAUUCUCUUCCGUUUCAGGUAGAUCAGACUACCGUAUUUUUCGCUCUAUGAGACACACCGGACCAUAAGACACACCUUGUUUUAGAGGGGGAGAACAAGAAAAAAAAUAUUCUCUCCCUCUCUGCGCAGUGCCCCUUCAGCGAAGCAGCAGGAGAAACGGAGCCCCUUCCAUUUCUCCUCCUGCUUCGCUGAAGGGGCGCUGCACAGAGAGGGAAAGCUGCGCAGCGCCUCUCCAGUGAAGCGAAGCCAAGAGGGCAAGAAGGAUCGGUGCGCACCAACCCCUCUUGCUCUCCUGGCUUCAGUGAAAGCAAUGCGAAGCCUCCGGAGCGCAGCGGGAGCGCUCCCGCUGUGCUCCGCAGGCUUCACGUUGCUUUAGCUGAAGCCAUGGAGCCUGCAUUCGCUCCAUAAGACGCACACACAUUUCCCCUUACUUUUUAGGAGGGGAAAAGUGCUUCUUAUAGAGCAAAAAAAUACGGUAUCUAGUGGUCUAAAGGUUAUGUCACUGGUGUCACCCAGAGCAAAGUGAGCAGUAGAGGUCGAUCUGUGAAUUGAUAAAGUCCCAGUAGGUCAGGUUCACAAUUGUUCACAAUCAUUACAUAUUGACUUCAGACCUUCCUUUUUGCCUCCUACGAAUGUGUGCAUUUCUAUCGACAUGCUCCAGGUGGAAAGAAAAGGUUCUUUCAGAGAGACAGCUGGGGUGCUUCUACAUAAAAGCUUAAAAAUAAAAUGGGAACACACGUUUGUUUACUUAAUGAGUAAUCAACAUCCUUCACCCCCCAAAAGACACAUUCACAUAAAAAAGGACUUGGAAUACUGCUGUGUUCAUCUGCCAUUUCCGCUUUUGUUUCUGUCAAGUGCUGAGUGCUUCUAAAUGGAGUUACCUGCUGUCAGUAACCCAGGCAGCUCUUUUAUUCAAAACACCAGGCUCUAAAGACCAGAAGGGAAUGGCUUUCUCAGCUCCAUCGUCUGGGGUACAUCCAUAGCUGGUUGAGAAAUUCAAUUAAGGGAGCAUUUUAAUGCAGAACCUACUAGGAGACACUUCCUUGCUCUAAAUCCUGGAGAGCUGCUGCCAUUCAAGGUAGACAAUGCUGAACUAGGUGGAUCAGUGGUCGGUCUCGGGCAACGUCCCGUGUUCUGAUGUAGUUUGCAGUUUCCAAACUGGCAAGCAGACCCAGAUGCAGCUAACCUUCCAAAGGUGCACUUUUCUGUAUUGAGUGGUGCAGUUCCCCAACCUAACAAAUCGUGGCUCAUUGUGGCAUUUUGCUGGCAUUGAGAGAAUGAGAACCAGUUGUGUGCAGGAUUUCUGCAUGGCAGGGACCCUUGUGGUCCCUUCCAACUCUACAGUUCUAUAAUUCUAUGAUUCAGGAUCUCUUGUGUUUAUUGUGACCUGUCUUCCUUCCAUUUCCUUUUUAAAUAGGUAGAAUUUGAAUGCAUUAACCCCAAAAAACAGAAGAAGAAAAGGAGCUACAAGAACUCAGGAAUCAUCAUUGUGAAAUCCUGCAAAGUGAGUACUUCACACAAAGCAUCUGUCACCAACCAUGGUGCCCUCCAGAUGUUUUGGACUACAACUCCCAUUGCCCCCCACUGAGACUGAAGGGAGAGGUAUCCUAUGGGCACCCCCAGACUGUUGCUUUUGUGGGGGUAGGAUUCUAUCACAUACCAGCAAAUCCGGGUCUUGCAGUUGUAACAGACUGGGAGGUCAUGUGCAACAAACCCACUUCCUCAAGAAGAUCAGUUUUUCCCCAAUAAGGCAUGUGACCGGGAGGGAUGGGAAAAUGCUGGAAAACAUUGGACAGUGCUUUGAUACAGCAUUGUCCAGCCUCCCUCAAGCAAAUCAGGGGAAGGCUCAUUAAACAGGUAAUCUGGAAGCGAUUCCAAACAUCUGGAGGGCGCUGGGUAGGGUGAGGCUGUUGCGAAAUGUGUUGCUGCUCAAAAAACAUGUAUGAAAACUCUUGCAGCUGCUUCUUGGAAGGAAACGUCGGUGGCAUUAUUUUCUUCAGAGGCGGUGAAUUGGAAUGGUGGUGGUUCUUUUCUCCCACAGAUUUGUAAGCAAGGCAGGGGGAAGAUUAAGCUCUCCUCCCCCCCCCCGGGGUGCUUUUCCCUAGAAGAAAUGUAUUAUUGUAUAAUCUUUAAAGUUGCAGUUAUGGUUAGUUCAUCCUAACUUUAAAAACAACCGUUACUGGAUUUGCAUAAUGUUGUGACCUCAGGAAAGGGAAGCUAUCAACGCUGAGCUUGAAGGGGAGUAGAAGGGAUGAGAGAGGACGGGGAGGAGGGAAGCCAUUGAGAUUCUUGUGAGCUUCUAGAGAUGCUACAAAAAGGGGAACCAGAUGGUUGGUGCUUCUAGUUCAGCAUUGUCUACACUGACUGCCAACAGCUCUCCAGGGUUUCAGGAAGUGGGACAUUCUUAGCCCGGCUUAGAGACUGAACCCGUGACCUUCUGUAUGCAAAGCAAAUGCUCUAAUAUGACUCCCUCCCCUUCCGUCCGGUAGGAAUGCCCAAUGUGGUGCCCUCUAGGCAUUGUAGGACUACAACUCUCUUCAUCCAUAACUAUUUGCCAUGCUCGCUGGGGCUGAUGGGAGUUGUAGUUUUACAGCAACAAGUGGACAUCCCCUUGGCACCCUCUUCUGUAGGUUGCUAUUGGCCGUGGCUUCUGGUGGAUGCAUCUUUGCUUCACACUGUGUGCUGCUUCAGGUAUUCUACGCAAAUGUUAUCAUAGAAGCAGCAAACAUUCUUGCCAGGAUGGUCCUGAUGCAGGAGGUAUGGUGUAUGUAUGCAUACAUGCUCAGUAUUCUUCUUGAUGACUGCAGUGUUCAGCAAUCUUUUGCAUUUCUAAUUGGACUCGCCACAGAUAGAACUUUGAACACAAUGGAGCUAGUUUUUGCAGUGCACACAUGGGCAGUUUCUCUUUGAUACUACCAGCCAUCAUAUUGCUUCUGAAAUUUUGAUGGUCAACAGGACCUUAGUUCCAUAGAGGCAAACGGUCAAAAGUGCCUUAUAAUUUCAAAAGUUUUUCUUUCUGCUUACAAAUGUUUAGGGAUUUCUGAAAAUGCACUUAUAUUGCUUCCCUUCUACCCCCCUUCCUAACCAUUUGAAUUCCCUUUUCAGAUCACCAGAGAUUACACCUUCCUGGACUAUAUCCUUGGGGGCUGCCAGUUAAUGUUUACGGUAAGGAUCUUUGCCUCUUUGUGCACAAAGCGCUAUAAUAAGCAUGAGGUGAAGUGAAUUCGUUUGGGAACGUGCCAUUCUGCAUCCUCUCCUCCCUUGGACUUAAUCAAAUGACAGGCCUAAAAAGAUCCCAGGAAAUCAGGGUAGCCUUGAGGAGUCUCCAACUCCAGUGUAAGUGCUGUGGAUCUGAGCCAAGCUGCCUGUAUCAGCCCCUGGCUGUGAUCGCAAACGAGGCAUGAGGUGCAGCAGAACGAAUGACAUCAAGCCAGCUCAACGGGGCAUAAGGAAAGCAACAUUGCAAAGCAAUGAACACAUUUCAUUUGGCCAAAAAACCCCAAUGCCGGGUGAAUUUUGCAGCACACACCAUCAGUUUUUGCCUCAGUUAGAAUCUGUAUUGGAUCUGAAGUUGUUACUGCUGAUUUAUUUAUUUAUUUAUUUAUUUAUUUUUAAAUCGUUGAUUGCUUCAAGAUGCCUUCAUGGGAAGAGAUUCAAAAAUUUAAUUUAAUUAAUCAUCAAUUUCCCCAUGAAUCCAAGUUCAUUUAGGGCCACUUUCUGCCUGGGCUCAUUUUGCAGGCUUGCUUAGUAACCUCAUUUCUUAAUCAAAUGAAGACUGAUGCCUCAGUCAGACAGGUCUGACCCAAGACAUAUUGCCUCUGGAGGCAGGAUAUCUGAAAUCUCAGUUUAAAUACAUGCAUCUGCACACAGAUAUUCAUUAAUGUUGGCCACAACCUGCCAGGAAGGUCAUCAAAAUGUCUAGGAGCUGCCUUUCAAUGUGGAUCCCACAGAACAACCUCUUGGUCAAGCCUGUAGCCAGAAAGCUUCUGGUAAUUGGGCCAAAACUAGGGCUGAGCCAAAUUCACCACCCGUUUUCACAGAUUAUUAUUAUUAUUUUGCUGGAGGAGGGGGAUUUGGGAGUUGAAAUUACUCAAAUGGAUUGGGGACGUAUUGUGCUACUGGUCUCUUCCUCUCUUUUUCUUAUAAGCUGUUUAUAAAUUUUUCUAAAAGAAAUGAUUAAAAAUAAACAACUUACACAUAACUCUCUAAGCAGCAUACACUCUAAAAUUGUUAAUAAAGCACAGCUAAGAUCAACCAAAAAACCCCACAACCAUAAUGUAGUCAUAGAUAAAAACACAGCUAAAACCAGUAAAACCUUUAGAGCAAGCCUAGAAAGCUGAAUCAUAUGUUUACUGGAAUAAAAAUUUGUCUCUAGCAGAUGCAGAAAAAAAUGAGGUGCGGGUCUCUGUCCAUUUGUGAGUGGGAUUUUUUAGAACUCAUGCUCUGCUGGCAGUGGCUGUAGAACAGCUCCAUCUUUUCUGCCCAGGAUGCCCCUGGGGUUUUGUACCAAUUAGCAUCUGGACUCAGUUCCAAGUGUUGGUUUUGUCCUAUAAAACCUUAUGCAGCUCAAGACCACCCCAGUACCUCAAAGGCCACCUCAUCCCACAUUAGCCUGUUAGCAAAUGCAUGUAUAAGCUGCAAAUUUGUGCAAAUGUCUCUAUUGGCACACUUGAAGAUUUGGCAGAUGUAGCUUUGGGCAUGCCAAAUGAUAGAAUCAUAGAAAUGUAGAGUUGGAAGGGACCCAGAGGGCAAUCUAGUCCAACCCCUCCACUGCAGGAAUAUCAACUAGAUCAUACAUGACAAAUGGCCACCCAACUUCUGCAAGGAAAGGAGAGUCCACCACCUCCCAGGGGAGUCCAUUCCGCUGUCGAACAGCUCUUACUCUCAGAAAGCCCUUCCUGAUGUUUCGUUGGCAUCUCCUUUCUUGUAACUUGAAUUGCUGCUCGCUUUAAUCCAAGAAGCAGAUCCUAGCUUUGGUUUGUUAUCUAGCAGAAUUUCCAAUGCUUUCCCACUGUUCUGACCUGUAUCAACGUUCCUGAGACCUCUGGGUUAAAUGUUCUGUGUUUCUUCACCUUAGACAUUUGCUGGUGUAUAUGCAAUGAGAGAUUUUUCAUUCAUUCUGCACAGGUGCGUUUGUGGAAUCUUUACUUCAGGAAGAGUGGAGGGCCUUUAAAUUCCACUGUAUUGAACACGUAUCCCCGCCCCCUGCUGCUUCAAACUUAUUUUUCCGAGUACAGUGUCCAAGAAUGUUGUGUCUAUGCACACAAACACACAAAUGCAGGCUGUAUUCUUUUUCCCCGUAUUUGUUGUUUUGGUCUAAAGAGACAUAAAGAGAAAGGGAGGAGGCGUUGCCAUAGGAACGGGAAUGAGUACAAGCAUGUUACGCACACAGCUGAACUAUUGCAUAAAGGUUUGCUGGCACAAAGGAGGAAAUGGUUCAUUUGGAAGCCAAAUAAACCAGCACAGAGGGCUGGAAUCAUCUGUUCAGAACUUGACUAGCUGGACGGGCUUCUGGAUUUCUCCUGAUGCUUGUCUAGCAGGUCUUGAGUUGUGGAAUGGCACCGUCAGGAUCCACUGAGUAACAUUGGAUGCCAUGGACCAGCGAUUGGUUGUUAUUCAGAUAGUGCCACCAAUGCACACAGUGCUUUGCAAAGUAGUAGCAGAGAGGUCUGUGCCCCAAUGAUCUUACAAUUUAAAAUGCAGCAUAGUGGAGACAACGGAGGAAGCUGAGGGAGGCAGAGGAGAGGAUGGAUGGGGAGAAUGUGGCCUUGUUCAGAUGUAACGCUAAAUCAUGAGGAUCUUAGGGUCUUGGAAGGUUCAUAUCAGGAGAGGCAUUGAGGGACCUGUGCGAUGAAGAACCAAUACUAAGAAAUAGUAUUGACAAAGUCUACUUUUUGCCCUGACCAGUUAGCUGUGGAUGGACCCAAAAGCCCUUUGAGGAAGAGGUGGCCACUCUGUUGAAGUGGAGCCAAGCUACACCUUAGGCUUUCCAGGUGUGGUGAACCAGUGGCCCUCCAGAUGUUGUUGGAUUCCAACUCCCAUCAGCCCCUGUCAGCAUGGACAGUGGUCAGGGAUUCUGGGGGUUGGAGUCCAGAAACAUUGGGAGAGCCCCAGUUUCCCUGUUGUAGAAAGGGGGGGGGGAUAAAUAACUGUUGCCCCCAGGGAACACCACUUUCCUGGUCUGUUUUUUGGAACCCGUGGAGUCCAGCCCCUGUGGCCACUACUACAAGAGGGCAUUGCUAUAGUAAAGGUGGUGCUGAUCUUUCCUUGCAGGUCGGGAUUGAUUUCACAGCCUCCAACGGGAAUCCUCGGGACCCCACGUCUUUGCACUACAUCAACCCCAUGGGAACAAAUGAAUACCUCUCAGCUAUUUGGGCAGUGGGGCAGAUAAUACAAGAUUAUGACACGUAAGUGCCGCUUCCCUCACAAGCCUCUGUCUGGAAGGGAUGAUCUAAAUAUUGCUUCAGAUGUUUUAUGUAUUUUAAAACAAAAUUCAUGGAGAAUAAGUCAAUCAAGAGCUGUUAGCCAUGACAGCUAGGUGGAACCUCCAGAUACAGAAGCAGUACACCUGGGAAACCCAACCAGAUGGGUGGGGUAUAAAUAAUAAAUUAUUACUAUUAUUAGCCAAAAGAUGCACACAGAGGGAAAACAGCAGAGAUCUAUCAACACAUGGGCCACCAAUCAGUGGUAGAGCAACUGUUUUGCAUGCAAGGGGUCCCUGGUUCAAUUCCAAUGGCAGGUAAAAGACUUUUUAAGUAUGCCAUAAUGGCAGCGAGAAUGUUACUAGCCCAGAGAUGGAAUGAAGGAGAAAUGCCAAUGAAAGAAGAAUGGCAGAUGAAACUGAUGGAAUAUGCGGAAAUGGCGGAACUGAUCGGAAAGAUCCAAAACCAGGAAGAUCAAGUAUUUUCUAAAGACUGGAAUAAAUUCGUAAUUUAAUUAAAAGACCACUGUAAACAGUUAAAAUCUUUGGCAGGGAUGUAAAGACACUUGUAAUGUGGAAUUGAUUUAAUGAUAAUUAUGGUUAUAGAAUAGCUAGAUAAGGGUGAAAGAUGCAGUAAAUUUAAUCUUAAAGAUGGAAGGAGGUCUAAGAGUUCGAAAGAACUCUGUAUUUUAAUGUUUGAAAUUGCUAUGUUUUAUAUGUAUAAUUUUCCCCCGAAAACUACGCACGCACGUGCACACAUACACGAAUACCAAUGGCAACUCCACAUAGGGCUAUGCAAGACUCUGCCUGAAACCCCAAAGAGCCACUGGCAGUAAGUGUAGACAUUAGUGAGCUAGACAAACCAAUAUAACUAACUCGGCAAAAUGCAGCUUUUUACAGCCUUAUCUUCCUGUGCCACCUUCAUGCCUUGCUUGUGAUCUUCCAGAUUCCCCUGGCUGGCCAUUUGGGAAAUGGGAUGUUGGAUUAGAUCAACCUUGUCCUACCUCGAAGUGUUCCAGAUGUUUUAGAUUAUGGCUCUCAGCAGCCCAAAGCAUCUGGAUGGUGACAGGAUACGGAAGACGGGACGGGGAGCUUGCUUUGAAUCAUCCGGGCUCUUCUUAAAUUCCCCCUGGAAUUCUGCAGAUUGUCUCAAGCCAGGGACAGAUUGCCAGCAUGGGGCAAAGUGCCCUUUCCAAAACAAUGUGUUUCUUGGCUUAUGUAUUUAUAUUCCACUUAUUAGACAUGUUUGGUUCCCAAAGGAGCUAACAAUUUAAAAUUGUUUAAAAGGGAGAGGAUUAAUGCCUGCAUGCAUCCCUUCCAUGUGGCUUGUGUAAUUCUCUAAAAGUUUGUAGUCCUCAUGAUGGUAGAGAAACACAUUGAUCUGGCAGUGAAGUUUGACCACACGCAUCUUGCAAAGCUGGUUGUGAGGCCUUGCAAACACAUCACCUUCUGGAACUCUUUGCAUAGGGCUUUGCAGGCUGAUCAGCAGUGCCUGCAACCUCCCCCUUUGACUGAGCCAGGUUUUUACCUGUCCCAUACGUGGGCAGGUGUGUGUGGCUUGGCCAAAUGGGGUGGCCAGGUAGGCCUAAUUUGGCCCAUAAGCAGGAGGUUCCUCUCCAUUCCUGAUUAACAGAAAGGCAUAUAACCACUGCAGAAAGGAACUUGGGAUGGAUGCACCUUCUUGUGUAACUUCCCAGCAAACAAGUCAGAAGGAAUGCACAAUAAAAGACUGAAUAUAAUCUCACCUCUGCAUAAGCUUUGUGUGAAUAAAUCAGGGUGAGUACUCAGGGAGCAGGAAUCUCUCCUAAGUAGUUUUCUGCAUAUCGUGUUGAACCGAUAAUGUUUAUUUGGGUUACAGAACCGUGCUGGAGAUGUGCAGCCUUGGCUAAGUCCAUACUUACUUUCUCCCUUGCUUCCCCCUCUCCCCCCUUUUUCUGAUUAUUUUGCAGAGAUAAAAUGUUUCCUGCUUUGGGAUUUGGUGCCCAGCUCCCCCCAGACUGGAAGGUAAAUCUGAUCCUGUUGUUGUAGACGUUUCCAUGCUUACAGUGUGUGUAUAUAUCAUUAGGUGAAACAAAGCUUUCAGGGUUUCCUUCUUGAUUCUAACAGUGCAGUUCUAUACUUAGAAGUACAUCCCAUUGAGUUCAGUGGGGCAGACUCCUACAUAAGCGUAGGAAUGGCCCCUCAGUCAAACAGCUGGCCCCAUGGCAAGCAUUCAGAGCAUCCUGGGGAACAGGGUCUGAAAUGGGGAUUCUAAGGCAGGAGUGAAAAGAAAGGGGGAUAAGGAGAUAGGAAGGUGUGUUUGCUUGUUCAGAAGUUUAGGCUAGGCUAGAGAAUCCAUCAGCUAAAACUACAAUUCUGCCUCAGCCCUCCAAGCUUGGAUGGGUGAGGAACAGUCCAUGCCAUUCACUGCUACAGGUCUGUACAGUUGGAUAUCAACUUAAGCUGAUAUCCAGAGUUUCUGCAAGAUUUCCCUCUUUCUCAUCUCCCCCCUGUAGCUCCUGACACCUUCCCCACCUGCUCUUGAUGGACCCCCUAACCUUUUGAAACGUAUUUGAGGGUGUUCCCAGGGGGUGGGGAAGAAGAAUCCCAUUACAUGAAUGAAAGUCCAUUCUGCUAGUGGAUGGGCAGCGGCGUAGCGUGGGUUGUCAGCACCCGGGGCAAGGCAAGUAAUUUGCGCCCCCUAACCCCUAACCUGCUGCCGCUGCCAGCUUCUUCUUGCUGCUGCCUGGGCUGGUCUGGUGUGGUUCUCUCCCGCGCUCAGCACUGCGCUGGGCGGCCGCUGCACUGUCCCUCCCCCAGAUAGUCCCUCGCUCUCUCUCCGCACCGCACGCCUGGCACCCAACCCCUCCACAGUGGGCGGCGACCCAGCGGCUCGGAUCGGAUUCGCACAGCCAGCACUGCAGUGAGAGAGAGUGAGCGAGCCAGGUAGGGGCAGAGAGCUGCGAGUGCGAGCGCGCCCCCCAGAUGUUGCGCCCGGUGCGGCCGGCCCCCCCUGCACCCCCCACGCUACGCCACUGCGGAUGGGCACAACUGGGUGUCACUCAUGUGGUUGGGAAUGACUGCAAUGGCUGUCAAACAUUAGGAGUCACUGCCAAGCCUAAUAAGAAGGGCAUGAGUGUCCCGGUUGUCCACACAACAACUCCAAGACAGAGGAGGUAAUCCACAACCAGCCAAAAAGGAAACCUGUGCCAUAAAAUGCGGGUUAGGAACCAAAAUAUUUUCUCUGAAAGCCAGACUACAAAAUGUUAAAGACUGCAAGAGCAGUAAUAGUGCGCUUUGCUUUAUAAGAUGCUCUGAGGGCAUUUUAUUGCUGGAAUGUAAAAACAGAUUAAUGAAAUAAAUACAUGGCUACAUAAAUUUUAUGACAGUGCUAUUAGAUGUUUAUGUAUAUGGAUUUUUGUUGUGUGGAAUCUAAUACUUUUACCUGCAAUAUUGAUAAACAGGAAUCUGCCCUGCCCAUAGAGGCAUCUAUGCUGCACCUCCACAGUUGGUGUGAAUCCUGCAUGCCCUGUUGGUGUCCAGGCAUGGUGCUGAUUCUUGGAGCCUCUUCACUUGGUCUCAAGUGCUACCUUAAUGAUUAAAUAUUCCAGUAACUCUCCCACUGUGCACAUUAUUCUUGCUAUUAAUACAGUGGUGCACACCCUGUAUCAAGGUGCCAGUGACAUUAAGUGCAGGAUCAGGCACUCGAUGUGCUGCUUGAGAGUGAGUCAUCCCCCUUCUUCACCAUUAAACAUUACAUUUGUCUGUCAUUUCCCCCAUUACAAUGAAUGCAGUAAACAUCUUUCGGUUCUGAAGGUGACCAAUUUGUUGUUCCUGAGAGCAGGAGGAGGAAUCAAAUGCUGACAUUUUAAUGGGAGGAAUUAGGAUGGGUGACGUGCAACUUUGCUUCUGAGAUGAAUUUUUUUUAGAUGAAGUAAGUUAAAAUGGCAGUCUAAAGGUUUGCAUUUUGGGGUGGUUUUUUUUUCACCCCUGAGCAGAGUGUUGGGUGAGUCUCUACUUUCUAGGACUGCAAGCUUCAGUAUUAUGUCUGAAUAAUCACUGAAAGCUUUAAUAAACAUUUGCCAGCCAUUUAACUGGAGAGACCGAAAAUAAAAACGCCAGGUCUCUGAACACUCAAAAGGUCCACCGCUGUGAUGAAUACAUGAGUGGGCAGCUUCCUUUGUCUUGCACCACAUCACAUGUGGGAUCUGUUGUCUAAUGAUUUAGAAAAAGGGAAAGUGAUCUGUUGGAACCCAAUUAAUGAAGUAAAAUAAGAAGUAAACAGUCUAGCAGACAUAAAAUUUCUUUCAGUACAAAAAACUCCAUCCUUAAAUAUCUAAAUUCAUAGUAGCAUAUAACUAGACUACGUCUUUGGUAAAAGCCAAAACACCUUUGCAGACACUUGCUUUGGUUUUUGCAUUAUUCAGUGUCCUAAGGACUGACUAAAUGUAACAACAAAAACAAAAUGCCACCCAUUGAGUGGGUUGCCCCAGCCACUCUGUGCAGCUUACAGCAAAAUAUAAGCACCCCAGGCUGUGGGGUCCCAGAUCUGUGCUCUGUGAUGUGGCCUGAAUGGAGCCACUGGAAACAUUAAUUGACAGGCCUAAUUGUCAUCUAUUUGGAUAUUGCAGUUAAAACUCCCAACCCUGCAUAUUAGAUCUGGCAAGCGCAGUAGCUCUGUGAAACUAGGCCUAAAAUUUAUGCUCAGAACCUGUCAAUAGGACACAUAACUUCCAUUUGUUCCUCAUGUUUCAGGUGGGUCCAGUGAUUGAUACACUUUUCUAGGUGUUUUUCCCACCCACCAAACAAAAAACAACACCUGUUUGCUUUUCAGAGAGGCAGGUCUAUUUUAUCUAAAUAGCCUAUAAGCCUGAUUUAGUUUCCAGCCAAAGAACAGGAUGACUCAAUACCUUUUCCAUGCAGGAAACCAGACCACCAUUCAGGAAGUUUAGGUUUGUUUUAGCUUCGGAAAUCUCUCACAUAUAACAACGCUUGUGACUUUGUGGGGGAUCUGGCCAGGGAUGGUGUGUAAACCUACCUCACAAUACACAAACUGAAACACAGCUACAUUUCAGAGUUCGCAUUUCUCAAAAUUUUGCAUUGCAGUUCUCUUAGCCAAGUAAUGUGUGCAGAAAUACAUAGGCUGAGGUGAAGUGUGCAUAGAAACACAUUUAUUAGUGAAAAGAACAUACAAAAAAAAAUAGGUACAUGUUGGCUGCUUUUGAGAAUGCCUGCUCUUAAUUUCCACCAUAUCUAUAACCUCGUGGAUGGCUAUCUGCAUUUUCUAUGGACUGCAGAUAACAAAUUGCAAACAUGGCUAUUGUUACAGUGAGGACCAGAGCAGGAAGCAGAGAUGACUAUUAAAGAUAAGAGACAUAGAAAUCAUGCUUUGUUCUCCCGAUGCUCUUGUUGCCAUGGUGCCACAGGAUGCUUUCAAAGGACUGAUAUGAAUAAGAUAUUCAGCACAUAAAAAAAAAAAACCAUGUUGGAAAUGUCAGAGAACAUCUUGAAAUGCAAAGGCCUCUGCGAAGGGGACCUCAAGAAGUCUCCUCUGUAGGGGCUGUGAGAGGGAACAAAUUCAAAUCCCAAAGCACUGGGGGGGAGGGAGGCUGUGGCUGCAGCCAUCUGUCAAGGUCCCUCCCAUGUGCAAACUUUUGGGGGUGGUGGGAAGACUAUGUCAAAUUAUUCAUUGUUUGCUCAUGGGGAGAAAGGGCCCUGAGCCUGCAAGUCUGGGAAAAGAAAGUGUCGUCUAUGGAAAUCACGAUGCUUUGUAUUGUGUCACCUGAGGACCUGUCCCCAGCCCUCUUGCUGGUCUGAAACAGGAUCUCUAUGCUGUUGACUGGGACUUGCAAGGUGAGGGGGAACCAAAAAGAACACUUUUUUGGGUUGUUGUUUACACAUUCAUGAAGCUUUUUCCUACUAUGCUAUAUGGAAAAAAAGGGCUCAGUCCUUAGACCUUUUUUUGCUAUAUGUAGGGGAGGGGGUUCUAGAGAGUGGGGAAGGGGGUGAUCCCCCUCCGAAAAAAACCCCUCUGUGCAUUGUUGGAAUGGGUGUUUUUAACUUAAUGGAUCAUAUCUCCUUGGCCCCAAUGCCCACUCUUAGGAUACAGCUUUAAUAAAUGCUCAAAGACAGACACUAAAAGUUCAAUACUGACUGUUUGUUUGUUUGAGAGUUAUCUCUCUCUUCCCCAAAAUUGGGAGCCAAGCACAGUGCAUGGUGUACUUGAAAAAGUAAUCACAAAGUAACCUUCACAGCAUAAUUUCCAUUGUCGGAGACAGUGAUGCUUCUGAAUGUCAGUCGCUGGGAAUCUCAAGUGGGGAGAGUUGCUACUGUUCCUCUUACACAGGAUGCCUGGCUGGAUGGGCCUCCUUGGGCCUGAUCCAGCAGGGCUUUUCUUACGUCCUUACAACCAAAGAAUGAAAAGACAUAAGCCCUGCAAUUGCCUUCUCUUUUCUCUUCCUUUCUUUGGCACUGACCCACUCAGUGCUCACCUGCCCUCCACAUUCCAUAGAUGCCACAAAGGGACAAAUUUGUGCCUAUUUGGUUCAUUCAUUCAUUCAUUCAUUCAUUUCCAUCUCAUUCAUAAGCUAGUCUUCGGGAUACCUGAGAAGCCCCCUGAGUAUGCAGGAGCCAGACCUUGCUUUGGGGUGGCCCAUUUUACUUCCAAACAGAGAGGCACAGGACCAUGCGAGUUUGGCGUGGGAGGGAACGGCAAUGAUGGUUACGGGCCGAAAUGUAAUGCAGUGCAAUGUGAUGACAGCUGCCUUCGGGGGACAGUGCAGGGGUGUUUGCGUGGCGGCUUUUGCAACUAAAGUUUAGUCCCAUGAAAAAGAAAGGUGAUGCAUUUAUUUGGAGCAAUUGUGCCUUCCUGCUCUUCAGCCAGAAAGGUUCCCAGAGCAGUUUGUGUGCAGACAGUUGAACCAGGCAUUCCCUGCCCUGCAGGCUCGCAAUCAAAAAGGCAUGAUGAUGAUGACACAAAAGGGACAGGGAGGGGAAAGUGGGAAACAAAGGCCAGGUGCUUGUGCUUAAAGUUUUUGGUCCUUUCAGUGACUUGCUGGAAUGGAAGCUGCUCAAGGGCUGGAGGCCCAGCCUGAUGGAAGGAGCUCCUCUUCUCACCUCUCCCACUGAAGCAAAAGAAGAGGCUUGGUGGAGCUAGCCCUGGGUUACAUGAAUUGCUUGCUAGCUCCAUCAUUACAUACAUUCAGUGGACAAGCAGAUGUGCAAAAAUGGGUGUGGUGUCCUUGUGGCACAAGGCAGUCUUUGGGGAAGGGUGGAGAGAAUGGGUUCUCCUAGUUUUAAUGCUCAGGUGAAUCUUGGAGGAAACACAUCCUGAAACUUGGGUAUCAGCCACAUUUUGCAAUAUGUUUGGGUGGAAAGAGGAGUAAAAUUAAUCCCCACUGCUUCUUUUUCAACCUUCGUCUUCCAGGUUUCGCACGAAUUUGCCAUUAACUUCAAUCCCACAAACCCCUUUUGCCUCGGUAAGUGCACAGUUCAUUUUAUUUCUGCUGUCUUUAAUUCACUGGCUUUUAAAUUUUAAUGCUGUUUUAAAAUCUGUACUAUGUUUUAUAUCUUAUUUCUCUACAUGCAGGGCAAUAUAUACAUUCUGUCUUAAAUGCAGGGGGUGCAAAGCUGAGAGGUUUUUUGGGGGGGGGGCGGCACGCCUUCUGAAAAGACACAGAAACUUCCUCUAAGUAGCUUCCACCACAGAAGUAUCCAGACUAAAAUAGCUCUAUAUGUGGGGUGUACAAAAUGCUUAGAGAAAAGCCCCAGUUCAAAUCUUUUAAUGAUAUAAGGCCUUGGCUGGCAGGGGCUGAUGGGAGUUGUAGUCCAACAACUUCUGGAGGACACCAGGGAAAGCUGCCUUAGGUGUUCCAACUAGGGAUGAGGAAGAGAUUUGAUUCUGUUUGCAUUUCCCUAAGAAGCCACCCAAUUCGCACUUCCCCAAACAAUAUGCAUAUCCAAACAUAACUAUCCUUCAAAAUCAAAAGGCACUCUCCUCAAAAUUCUGUGAGGCCAUUGACCAACCAAAUAAUGUGUACCAAAAUGCACAUAUUAGUGAAAAUUACAUACAGAAUGCAUUAUGGUAGGGAAAGUUGCUUACAAAAUGUGUGUAUAUUAGUAAAAAAAAAGGUGUAUAUAUUAGGAGAAAUCCAUGUUAAAUGUUGGCACAUUUUCACUGGGAACAAAUCACUGCAGACUGGAAAAAUGAGAAAGGGAAAUCGACAGAUUCCUUCCUCUCUAGUUCCAAUUGCCUUUUUGGAUUAGUGUGAAGCCUCCUGCUUCCGAUACCAACUAGCCAGAUGCCUCUUGGCAGAUGUUGCCUCUGAGUUUAUCCUGCCUCUGAGCAUAGAGGUUUUGUUCUAGUUAGCAGCACUUGUUGGGAGUCGUCUGUGAAUCCUCUGGGAAAUGCAACCAAAGCAGCCUCCACCUCUCACAGAGACAUGAAGCAGCCUGGAAGCGUUAGUAGGUGUUCGUACACGUUGCUUGAGUGAUAGGUUAAAGGGUCACCUGAGUUAACGGGGCGAGGAAUAAAUAGCUGGGAUGCAGAGACAGAAAACCCCACACACUUCCGGAUGGAGCCGAGCAGGAGGCCCCCUGCAAGCAGCUUGACAAGAAGCUUGAAAAGGUUGUUUCUUUUAUAAGAUUCUUUCCCACCGCCACCCAACGAUGAGGAUGAGACUGUCUCAAGUCAUUAAUUAAUUACCUAUAUUUAGGGCUACCCCCCAAUUAGAGAAGUCUUCGUCAUUUGGGUGAGUUUUAGGCCAGGAUCCUCUAUGCACUUACCUGGGGAUGAGUCUCAACUGGACUUUCUUCUGAGUAGACACAUGCAUGACAGGAUUGUGCUGCAAGGCUAUUUCAGGAACACAAAGGUUGCUAAAUCAAAACUUUGGGACAGGAAUUGGGGUUCACACCUGGAUUUGUGUGCAUUUGGGGGCCUGAAGCACUGACCACCCGUUCUCUUACUUUGCUCUAAAGGUGUAGAAGGCAUCGUCCAAGCCUACUCCACCUGCCUGCCUCACAUACGCUUCUAUGGACCAACUAACUUCUCCCCCAUCAUCAACCACGUGGCUCGGUUUGCAGCCCAGGCCACCCAGCAACAGUCUGCGACUGUGAGUUCAGGCACCUUUGCCAUUUGUCUUUGGAUAAAGUGUGUUUGGUGGGGGCACUGCUGGAUCUGCAAGAGGGCAGAGGCUGCAAGGAGGAGAACUAUUAGAUCAGUGGUUCCCAAACUUUUCAGGCCACCACCUUCUUGGUUCCAUAAACUCGUCCCCAGUGCCUCCUACCAUAUAGAAAGCAUUUAGCGGUUUGCAGAACCCAGUAUGGAAGAAAAUAACACAAUAAAACUCAAAACAGUAAGAAUCAAUUGCACCUUUAUUUAAAAUCCAGUUAAAACUAUUUCAAUUAAUUAACUGAUGAACUUGAUUGAGUGAUACCAGCUUUUUGAAGUCUGAGAGUCAUUUACACCUCUAGUGCGCCCUGCCACCCCCACUGUCUCCUAACACCCCCUUAGGUAAUCCCACUGCCAGAGCAUACCUUUACCUUUUUACCCUAGAUCAUAGAAUUGGAAGGGACCACGAGUCAUCUAGUCCAAUCUUCUGCAAUGCAGGAAUCUUUUGCCCAACGUGGGGUUUGAACCCACAACCCUGAGAUUAAGUGUCUCAUGCUCUACCAACUGGUACUGCCCACUUUGGGAACCACUGCAUUAGAUCCUGCACGUACAUGAUAAUGCUACUGCAGAAUUGAGCCCCUGGAUGACAUCCAAUGCACUGCUAGCUCACUCUGCUCUGAAAGCUCAUGGAUUGGAUCACCCGCCAUUAAAGACUUGCAGAAAUAAAUGUGUGCUUCGGAGAGAAUGUUUGUGUUGCUAUUUUGGUUCCACAGUUUGAGCUGCAGAACAGGAGAAGGAUUAAUUUUAUAACUCCAGUGUGUUGGUUGAAAAUACACGGGAAGAGAUGUACCCCAACUGUCCUCAUAUACCAGGAACAUUUGGUAGAGGUAGCCGAUCUGGUGCUACUCUCCGGAUGGUGUUGGAUUAUAACCCCCAUCAUCCCCAGCCAGUGUGGACAAUGGUCAGGAUGAUGGAAAUUGUAGUCCAAUAGCCUCGAUCGUCUACCCCUUCCAUCCCCUGCUGUGGUCCUGAUGAAAAUCGCCCUGCAAACCCUCACACCCCAGAAAAAGUUUCCAUUGAUACUAUUUCUUAAUGUAGAUAGGCCCUCUUUUAGGAAAAUGUCGAGAACUCUGAUGGGGGCUUAGCACAAACUUCUCCUUCUCCUGCACUAUUCGGUUGAGACGUCCUCCUGUAUUAAGGCAAUGUUGUCCUGCACCUUGUCUGAGGACAAGGGAUCAUCCUGCAGGUUUCACCAAGGACCAAGGAGCGCUAAUCAGGUGUCAGUUGUGUCUGUGCUUUGGCACUAAUCAUCAGGAAAUUUUAAUAGAUAACAUGCCAGAAGAGAAUAGAUCUUCCAUGAGGAAGCCUAAGCUAGAGCCAGUCACAUUCCCCAAUCUAGUUUCUCCUGGUUUGGAGAGAGAGCAGGGUGCCCUUUGGAUGUGAGCCAUCUCCAUCUUCCCCUGCCAAUCCACUGAAUCACCCCAACACACAACUCUUUUGGCCUUACUGAGACCAAUGUUCCAGUGUCAGGCCAGGUGCCCCUCCCUCCUUGCAACUGAGCAGGACUGUCCCAGCUCCUGGCUCAUCAUCUCAAACUGCUCAACCCAUGUCCCCAUACCAUGGAACGUGUCUGACUUUUCGCUUUUUCGCCCUGCUUCUUCAGCAAUACUUCAUCCUCUUGAUAAUCACUGACGGCGUCAUCAGUGACAUGGACGAGACGCGGCAUGCCGUUGUGCAAGCCUCCAAGCUGCCCAUGUCCAUCAUCAUCGUGGGAGUGGGGAACGCGGACUUCGCAGCCAUGGAGUUCCUGGAUGGAGACAGCCGCGUGGUCCGGUCUUACACAGGAGAGGAGGCUGUGCGUGACAUUGUCCAGUUUGUGCCCUUCCGGGAAUUCCGUAGUGUGAGUGUGAAAGGCUUUGCCAGCCCUAAGUGCUAUUAUUUUUAUUUAUUUGUUACCCGCCCUUCACCAUAAGCUGUGGACUUUUUGGGAUGCUGGCUUAGGUUAACGUUUGUUUCAGUCCAGAAAAGCUUGUCUUCUGUUCUUAAAUCACCACUGAGACAUACUGCCUGUCUUAGGGUCACUAAACAGAUAUAUGAAGCUGCUUUCUGCUCAGUCAGACUGCAACUCCCAUAUCGGCCAGGGUUGAUGGGAAUUGUGGUCCAAAACAUCUGGAAGGCUGGCCUAACCCUACCAACUCCACUGACCACGACUCUGUGGUGGAUGCCUUCAGGAUACAGAAAACAGGCAUAGUUAUACGUUGCUUUGAUAGCGCAGCAGCGGCUGAAUGUGUGAAGUGGCUUCAGGGAAAAGCCUGAAACUGUAUCUACUUACCGUAUUUUUCGCUUUAUAGGACGCACUUUUUCCCCUCCAAAAAUUAAGGGGAAAUGUGUGUGCGUCCUAUGGAGCGAAUGCAGGCUUCUUGACUUCAGCGAUAGCAACACGAAGCCUCCAAAGCGCAGAGGGAGCAAGACUCUCCUGGCUUCAGCGAAAGGAGCCCGAAGCCUUUGGAGCGCAGCGCGAGUUCCCACUGCGCUCCAAAAGCUUCAGGCGGCUAUCCCUGAAGCCUUUGGAGCGCAGCGGGAACUUGCGCUGCGCUCCAAAGGCUUCGCAACCUUGCCGCCGCUCCCGGACCUGUUCUGGGGGCUGGAGAAGCUCGGGCUUCCCCCGCCCCAGUCCCGCGGCUAAAUAUGAAGCCGCGCACAGCCUCUCCUGGCUGGAGAGGUUGUGUGCGGCUAAAGAGGAAGCCAAGACAGCGAGCGGGAUGGAUCCUGCUCGCUGUCUUGUCUUCUUUGCUCUUUGGGGGGGGGGGAGAGUUUGUUCUUGAUUCCCCCCCCCAAAAAAAGCUAGGUGUGCCUUAUGGUCCGGUGCGCCUUGUGGAGCGAAAAAUACAGUAUUUAUUUUAUUUCAUGGUGGAGAAGCUUGAACUGCACUGGCUUUCUUCUUUCAGGCACCGAAGGAAACCCUGGCCAAAGCUGUCCUGGCGGAGCUGCCGCAACAAGUGGUACAGUAUUUCAAGCACCAGAACUUGCCGCCCAUCAAUUCAGAACCUGCCUAGGGCCCAGCCUGCAAACUGUUCUUUGCCUGCAUGUGCCCCAAACGUGUCGAUGGCAGACGGUUGCAUGUCUUAUGUGGUUUCAAACAAUUUGUACUUUUUGAUUUAAGAUGAUUUAAUUUAAGAGACUCAACAAAGAGCCCUGACCACCCCAAAAGUGCAACAUGGGAAGCCACCAGGCCUGAGAUUCCUGGGCCAAGGAAACUUGUCAAUGCAGGACAUUUUCCCUUCCCAGCCCUGAGAAUCAACUUUUAAGUAUUUGAAUGUACUUUGUAUGAUUUUUUUUUUGUGGAAUGAGAGGAAAAUUUUUACGCCAAGAACUUUCCAAGCCGUGAAGUUCUUGAUAUCCCAUUGCCCAAAGAAAUGUGGACAGUUCAUGGAUGUGUCAUACUUCUCAUGCUCAAUGUUCAUUUUUAUACUGUGUACAUGUUAUAUUUGUUAUACUCAGGUUAAUAAACAACCAUGGACUCUUUGCAGCUUCAUGAAACCCUGGUGUGGUCAGUUUGGAGCUCUGCAACUCAGGUUUGACAGGUGAGACAGCAAUAGGAACCUGUAGCCAGUGGCCUAGAACAGGGAUGACAAACUCGAGGACCAUAACCUCUUGGCCAGUCCUUGUGUGUGUAUGCUAGUGGCAAGUGUGGCCAGUAUGUGCAUAGCACACACAGGCAUAUACAUACACACACUUAAUUUUUUCAAACCUGUCUCCCAA